CAAAACAGCUGAGUUCUGAUCGCCUCGCGUAUCAAAGAAAUAGGUAUCUUUUUGUCGUUCGCCAAGUCAUUAUUAAACUCGCGACAAAAAUUCCAGUUUCUGAUUCUCUAGAGGCCCUUGCCAUGAGGCAAGAAGCCCAGAGGUUCGAGUCAGUCAGCCCAAAUAUUCAAUCUCUGUACGACCUCUUAGAGAGAAUCGACAACGUCCCUCUAAAACGGAAAAUUCGAGAGCUCGUCAAUCGUAUAGAGGGUAAGUAGAGAACUUCAAGUUUUUAUGCCUCGAAAAUACAUUGCAACGUUCGAGAAAUUCCUUGAAAAUCUUGGUUCUCCCGUUUUACAUCUUUGUCGCUUACCACAACGAAUCUUCCCGCUAACUAAUAUUCGAAACAAAAAACAAACUAAGUUCAUUCAGCGAAGUUUUAACAGGCUCGGAAAGUGUCGUCGCUGCUCAAUAUCACCACACGACGAGUUACAGACGAGAAAUUCACCGCUCGGUUCCUGGAUGAGGUGGUUGUAUUAAUAUUACGAGUGUGCACGUGAGUGUUUAAGUUCCCCGGUAAAACACUCCCGUCCGUAUAAUAACUGUGGUUACUAAAGAGGUUGUAAAUACGAUUUUGACUUUUUAAUUCGCGCAGAUUUUUGCACUACUUUCCUUUGUGCAUAGUGCUUUUCAAUAAAGCAAUAGAAGGCUUUUUCCGUGUUCACACGGCCUCAUUUACAUAUAUGGGUGAGGGAGGGGUGGGAGAGUCCCUCUAAGUUAUUCAUCCCGGGUUUGUUAAAAGUCGCAUUUAUUUUGCUUCAAGUCAAGCUGUUAUGCAAAUGAUCACAACUUCAGGCUUAUAAAAAGUUGAGUAAACUGUUUUUAUUAAAGGCAGAACUAUACUGUAUCAAUUAUCUGUGCAUAUACCACUAGCGUAUUUUUUUUUACAAAUGUGAAGAUUUUAAUGGGAACCAAAAAAUAAAACGGAAAUGCAUGUUACGAAGUGGCAGGUUUGCUGGGGCGUUGGAAAGGUCUGGGACCCUAAACGUAAUAAACAUUUUCUGAACCCUGGCAUCCGAAGAGCGUAAAUUAUAGAAUUUACUAGUGAGUUAGCUAAGAACAUAGAUUCAUGUCCGAAAAUUUAAUCAUUCAGCCUAUUCCUUUUCUUUUUUCCUUCCAUAAAGGCGAAUCUAAUAAAAUAGAACUUUUUCGACGUUCACUGAAUAAACGGAAUGCUUUGUCACUAGUGAUCUUUAUUGCUUGAAGGAAAUUUAUGGCCUCCAAAAAAAAAAAAAUUAAACCGAUCUACGAGAAAUACAGUAGAGAGACCUGCUCCUCUUGUCGGAGCUGUUAUUAGAAAUACGGUUGUUGUUGUUGUUUCCGCUCUUAAAAUUUCAAAGACACAUCUCUUUUUUUUAUUUUCCACACCCAGAAGUUUAAUCAUUGUCUUUUCUCGUUUGGGAGAAAUUUCUUCCUUUUUCAAUAUCUUUUUCGUCGCGUUACCAUUAUCAUAAGAUUAUCAGUGACAUAUUUCUGUCCAUAUUGAUUCAAUUUGCCUCAUCUCAUCGAAGGCAGAAUUUGCAAACGAAUUUUUUGAACUUACCUCACUGAUAACGAAAGUGUUUCUAUUCUUUAACAAAUAGAGUUUAAGUCAAAUGCAGAAAGGGCGGUUUUCAAAUAGAAAAGAAAGCAGCAUGCUGAGGAAGAGUGCAAUGCAGACUAAACCUAUCAUUAUAAGAACUCCAAUUUAGUUUUUCCGAAUGAUUGACAGAUAAUAGCUGAAAGGAGAACGACAUUUUUAGUGCAGCUGAAUAAGACUUACAGACAGAAGCAUCCGCCUAAACUCCGCAAUUGUUAGUGUAAUUAAAGUCCCUGUAUCGUCGUAAAUCCACCUUCAAAACAGCCGAAUGUAGAGAAUCAUCAUAAGCACUCCAAACGAGUGGAAAUAAAUAGUUUGUAAAAUCCUUCAAUGGAGGUUUGCAAGCUUUUGGUUUUUUCGGGAGAAAUUAUAUCAUUGAAGCUUACUGACUUUGAAUGAGUUUUUUAGAAAUAAGAGGUGCAUUUCUAAUUUGUUUUUCCUUUUUAAAGGAGUUUGGGUAAACUCGAGAAGUCAAACUAUGUAAUGGCGGCUCUUGCGGCAAGAUGUAACUUGAUUGGCACUGCGAAAGUCAGAUAGAGAAAUAGAGUUGAGAAUUUUAUCCGAUUAAUCACAAAUUCAGAUUGUCGGUAACCAUAGCAACAGAAUUAUAUUUGCUACCUUUCUUUUGUACUUUGACUCAUUUUCAAUCGGUGUAAUUGGUGUAAUACAUAUCCAGAAGUUUGAUGAUUCAGCCUCUCUCUCCCUUUUUCGAACAAAUUUCUUCUUUUCUGAUUUAUUAACUUUUCUUUGUGUGUUACCUCGCUACUCGCUGGCCUGACCAAUUUGGUAUUAAGGUAAGGUUGUAUGUCUGAUAAUUUCCGUCUAGAGCUAUAUGAUGACGUGCGAUAAAUCUCGCUGCUUAAUAACGUUUGAGCGGGAAAAUUUUCCGAUUAAAACGGUUUGAACAUCAUCAUUUAAUGAUUUGUUGUAGUUUGUACCGUUUCUAUCCUUAAUCAACUCUCAUACCACUAAAAAAUAAAAUGGAAAUGCAUGUUGCUCAACUGAGAAGUUAAAGUUAUUUAAAAGAAAAACUUCAUCAAUAGUUUUGCUACCAUUUAUCUACGCUCUUUAAAGGUUACGAAGAGACAGGUUUGCUGGGGCGAUACGAAUAAGGUCUAGGACCCUGUAAACUAGCUGUAAUAAACCCUCUCUAAAUCCAGGCAUCCGAAGAGCGUAAAUUAUAGGAUUUACAAGUGAGUUAGCUAAAAAAAUAGAACCAGCACAGACAUCUGAAUAUAAACAUUCAUAAAACAAGUGGAGAAAAGGAGGAGAUAUGCUCCACAUAUCAUCGCUGGUAGAAGCAAAGUAACGAUACAAGUGAGACGAUAAGCGCAGUAUCUGUCAGUUUGCUUUCUCUUUUGUACCUAGAUUGGAAUUGGGGAUGACAACUACAUCGUACUUUGAUAAUAAUGAGGGUGCAAGAUACACAGAUAACAAAAAGAGAAACUGCAUAAAAUAGGAGAUACAAGAAGGCAUUAAUUACCACCAGAUCAGAAAUUUCCCAUAAGAAAAUAUGAGCGACUUCUCUAACAAUAGCUAUUAACCAAAUGACAAUAAUUAUGGCUCUAUGAACCCAUUUCCUCACAAAGCGAUGUCUGAAUGGACAAAAUGUUGCGUCUAAACGUUCUAAGGAAAUAGCAAUAAGAUUUGUAAGGGAAGCGAAAGUGUAACUUGAUUCGCAAUGCGAAAGUCAGAUAUAGAAAUAGAGUUGACAAUUUUAUCGUGAUUAAGCACCAAUUAAGAUUGUCGAGGACGAUAGCAACAGAAUUAUAUUUGCUACCUGUCUUUCGUGCUUUGACUCAUUUUCACUUUCCUUUUUUUAAGUGUGUAAUACAUAUCCAGAAGUUUGAUGAUUCAGUCUCUCUCUCUUUUUGGAGCAAAUUUCUUCUUUUUACAACAAUACGACAUUCUUUUGACAUACUCUGAAUAAGCAAAAUCUUUUGUACAAGAGAUCUCAAUUGCCUUAAGGUUACUUCCCACCUUUGCGGGUGUCCUUUGACAAAAAAAUCGUAGGCGCGCUAGUUUCACUGACAUGCCUUGCAAGCUAUAUAUCAGAAGAAAGCUUGAUAACUGCAGUAUACGAUUAAAAUAUAUAAUAAAAGCUAGUUUUUCCCUUAGGAAGUGUCAGGAGCCGGUAAAGCAUGAAACGACCGAUGGUUCUUCCGUUGAAUUUAUUGGGCAGCACGAGCAAAAUGGGAUAUUUGAGCUCAUUAAGGUUCGCAAACGACUCGCGCCACGCCAGGAGAUUAUCUCGCCUCCUGAAAACGCAAACCAAUGGGACAACGAGACCUUCUGGUGUCAAUGACAAUGGAUCAAGAUUUUCCGGAAAGGUUACCUAUGGCAGACACGCUUUUUUAUGUCCAUCGCUCACAAAAAGGGGCAAAGAAAAACCCGCGGUAAAAAUGGAAAAACCGAAAAAUGUGCUGAGAAGUAAGACAACGAAUCGACAUACAGCUUUCAAAUGUACGAUUCGGGGCGAUUGUUAAUGUUUUUGUAUCAAGGCUGGUACUUGCAUGAAAAUAAAAGGAAAACUCGUUUUUAACUUUUUGUAUGACAAGUUUUGGUUUGACGGCGACUACUAUGUUCUCCACCUUGGAGUCCGCCAGCACUAGUCGACAGAAUGGUACUCUUUCUUUAUUUCUUGUUUAGGCCCGUUUUUUUCUUUUUCUUUUUCUUUUCUUAUCAAGGACUUUCUUCUGAUUUUAAUUUUUUCAUGAGCAAAGAUUUUUCCAUAGGCAAAGAGCUUCCACGUAAGAAGUUCGACAAGUGCGUGACGUAAACAAAAUUAUGCAAAUAACAUGAAACAGCGAGCUUCAAGAUGAGUGGUUGCCGCAAAUAUUUCCCAAGGCAUGACACUUUCCUGACUUAUUAACUUUUCUUUGGAAAUACGAGUUUUCUUUGAAAAUCGGGUACUUUUGAGAUUUCAAUUUUUUUUCUUUGGAAACGUUAGGUAAAAUUUUUUAAUUAAGUUUAGUCAAAUAAUUAAGUUUAGUCAGCAUGGAGGCCCUUGACGCUCUCGGCAAGGACUUUGUUUUCGAGAGAGAUUUCGACUGCAUUAUACUCUGAAGAUACAAGAGUAUCAUUUAAUGCUUGAAACGAUUGAAUAGAUAUUUUGAUAAUACAUUUCUGGCGUCUCAACUAAGGAGCUCCUUCGAUAUGAAAUAUCAUUUCAGUAAGUCCUAAACAUCAGGUGAGUGUGGGAACUUAUCUAGUGAAAUUUCUGUGCGAGGGUACGAUUUGUAUUCGGCGUUAUUUGCGAAAAGGGAAAGAAAUUCUACUCGCUGGCCUGACCAAUUUGGUGUUAAGGUAAUGUUGUAUGUCUGAUAAUUUCCGUCUAGAGCUAUAUGAUGAUGUGCGAUAAAUCUCGCUGCUUGAUAGCGUUUGAGCGAAACAUUUUUCCGAUUAAAGCGAUUUGAGCAUUAUCAUUUAAUGAAAUUCUAAGAAAACAGGCUAUUCAUUGGCAUUUCCUGGUGCAGGAUAACAUGCGAUGAACUUCGUGUCUUUCUUGAGUUAACUGAGGGUGAACAGUGAAUUUGCCAUCCGUUUUCAGAUAUCAGAAAACGUUAGUGUAAUGUUGAAUUUUUCAGUCUUUCACCAUUUCGGAAAAUUAACGGUGAGCGAGGGUUUUUUUGCCGUGCUUGCUGUUGUUUGCGGUGUUAUUUUCCGGAGUGGACAUACCAUUACAACAUUUUCGUUGGCCUUUAGAAAUCGAAAAUACAUGGUUUUGGUGAAAAACUUCAUCCUUUUUAACUCUUAACCACUGUUGAGUCGUGUGUAUUUAUAGAGUGGGUCAGCAAAUCUGCACUGUAUGUCGCGCGAGGGGCAAGAGAAAAUGGUUGACUCCCCGCGAGUGAAGCCGACGCUCUAGGUCGGUGUCGAUCCUUUAUUAUCCUUUGUAAACAAAAUUUCGAUCAUUGAGUUAAAUUAUAAAAAUUUCUUUGGCUUACAUUGUGCGCUUUUAAGUUAACAUGAGUUGUUAGUUCCACGCGAGGGUCUCACCUUGAAAAAUGCAAGCACGCUAGUGAAGCUGACAUUAACGCCUGUCCCUAUCUGGAAUACAUUCGUAUUAUGACAAGAAAGGUCUGAUUAAAGGUUUUCGGUUACUCUGUACAUGCAAUUUGGACGCCAAAAAGUGCCAAAAAAGUAAUUACCGAAAGUUCAUCCGAAUCGCAUUUAUCGUACUAUGGGCGCGAACUCAGUUCUUCUCUUCCGCCUCAGCCUAAUUUGAAUAAAUAUUUUUGGUGGGCAAAACUCGUCAUGAACAGGAACAAUAGGCAAGCUAUACUACACCUGUCAGUCGUUAAUUCAAAGAAAGGUCCGGAUCUAAGUGAACCCAAAUGGCCGGCAAAACAGCUUCGUUUGGAGAACUAAUACCUGAAUAUUAAAUAAAUGGAGAGGAAUAGUUUCUAGACACCUUGAAUGGAGUGUUGAAAACUUUUGUUGUUAACAGGAGAAGUUACAUCACUGAAGAAGGCAAUUUAACUGCCUGAGAAAACAUUUCAAAAUUGAAAUACGAGGCAUUUUCUCGUGUUAGUAUUUAUGAAUGGUCCACAAAAUUCUCUCUUUUCCUAUAAAAAACUUCUCUGGUCGAUUUUAUAUUUCUUAUGCCUGUUUAUCAAAAAUAAACUUCUCCUGUAAACUUGGUUCCUUGUUAUAUUCAGUUCAAGAAAUCGCCUAACUUAACUCAGGUUAUUAAUUACAGCUGUGGAUGUUAUUUCCAAUUAAGUAUUCGCAAGAUACAUGGGUAGAAGUUUUACGAACAGAAAUCUUUAAAGCGGUGAUAAAGACAGUGCAUCUUAUAAUAUGGAGUUACAUAAAAAUUGCGUUGUUGAAAGUUGGUAAUAAUUUCUUAAUUAAAGACUUUAUUUUCUUACAAGGUAGGUCAUAAGUAAAGCAAACAUACUGGACAAGACUUCAAAGUUUAAUCAUAAAUUAGACAGUCUUAUUGUUUUAAAACUAAUACAGUUGUAAUCUCAUAUCUUAAAUUAAAAAUACUUUCAUAAGUAAGACAUUUAUUGACAGUCUUGCCUGUCACUGUCCCACAGGCGGGAUCGUAAUUAAAGCAUGUUAAGUUGAGUACAGCUGAACCGAAAUUUGGAUGGAAGCGUACACUUGCUGUAUUGAGUUAAUUUGGACGAAGCUCUCUACUUUAUCGUACUUAAACUGCAUAAUACAAUCGAAGAUGAGCUAUUUCCUAGAUCCCAGAGUUGAAUUUUUAAAAGCUGUCGGUUAGUACCUGAAAAUAUAUAAUAUUAAAGGAGAAAAGUGACUCAGCCGACAAAACGUUCGAAAAUAGAACAACACGGUGACAUUUAUUUCUUUAGAUCUAUCGGUGCAUUUUUACUUAAUUUAAGAGUAACUCCAAUGGGAAAAUAAAGUAUUCUCUCUUCAUAAUGAUUCCGAUUUUUUUUAUACUGGCUAUUUGAAGAUUCCUCGAUGAUUUUUCCGUUCCACUCAAAGAAAAACCUAACUAACCGGAAGCUCACUAACCGUUGCACUUAUAUCAUUGUUUAGUUUUCUAGGUGCGUCACUUUUAAUUUUAAUCAUUUCGAUGUUUGUACCGUUUCUAUCCUUAGUCUACUCUCAUAUCACCAAAAAAUGAGAUGGAAAUGCAUGUUGCUCGGCUAAGAAGUUAGAGUUAUUUAAAAGAAAAAUUUUAUAUAUAGUUUUCCUACCAUCAAUCUACGCUUUCCUAAGGUUGCGUAUUGGCAGGUUUGCCGGGGCGAUACGAGAAAGGUCUGGGACCCUGUACACUAGUUGUAAUAAACCUUCUCUAAAUCCUGGCAUCCGAAGAGCGUAAAUUAUAGGAUUUACAAGUGAAUUACCUAAAAAUAAAACUAACAUAACCAUUUCAAUAUGAACAUUCAUAAAAUAAGUGAAGAGAAGGUUAAGACAUGCUAUAUAUAUUGUCCCUGGUAGAAGACAAAGUAAAGAUACAAGUGAGACGAUAAGUGCAGCACCCGUCAGUUUGCUUUCUCUUCUGGACCUAGAAUGGAUUUGAGGAUGACGACUACAUCGUACUUUGAUAACAAUGAGGAUGUAAGAUACACAGAUAACAAAUAGGAAAACUGCAUAAAAUAGGAUAUAGAAGUAAGUAUUAAUUACCUCAAAAUAACCAAUUUCCAAUAAGAAAAUUUGAGCGACCUCUCUAACAAUAGCUAUUAACCAAAUGACAAUAAUUAUGGCUCUAUAAACCCAUUUCCUCACAAAGCGAUGCCUGAAUGGACAAAAUGUUGCGUGUAGCCGUUCUAAGGAAAUGGCAAUAAGAUUUGUAAGGGAAGCGAACGAGAAUAAAUGCAAAAAUGUAAAAGAUAAACGAGAAGACCAAAGAGUAUCUCGUCUGUACUUCCACAGCGAACAGUACCCCGCCAUUUUGUAUUCAAUCUGUAGCAGGCCAGAGACUGCGCCCACUAAGAGAUCGACUAUCGCCAGAUGGAUGAUCAAAUAUGUACUACGCCGCUGUAGCUGCCGCAUCUUCUUCACAAAUACCACAAUAGUGAUGAUAUUGAGGAUGAAAAUGGCCAGACAUUCGAUGAUGAGGACCACAAGCCAUGGAAUGCACUCUGAAGCUAAGGCGAAAGGGUACAUUUUCUCUGAGCUCUGUUAACUGCUAUGAAAAUAACAGAAAACAGUGCAGUUAGAGAUAAAAUGGAAUAUGAAAUCAAUAUUCUCAAUAACGAAAUAUGUCAAAUAUUGUUUUUCAUGUUUUUUAACGUGUUUUGACCAACUAAGUUUCGACCGUCGACUUAAAUUGAUCCUCAUGUUUCUUUAUGCGAGAUUCAUAUCCGGAAAUUUAAUCAUGAUCAGCCUGUUCCUUUUUUUUUUUUUUUUUUUUUUUUUGAUAAAAACGAAUUACUUCCUCAGAAGAAAACUUAUAGUCUCUAAAAAAAGAUGACAACAAAAUAAUUUUCAAAUCUUCCGGAAAUACAGUGAAUGACCUGCUCCUCUCCUCAGAGCUGCUAUUAGAAAUACGGUUGUUGUUGAUGCCGCCUUAAAAAAUUAACUGUAGGUACGGUGAAAUAUAAAUAACAUUUUUAACAGCAAAAACAUCUCUUAUGUUUUAUUUGCCACACUCAGAAGUUUAAUCAUUGUCCUUUCUCGCUUUGGAUAAAUUUCUUCCUUUGUCAAUAUCAUAAGCAACAAGCGUGAGAAAGAUAUCUUUCUCGUCCCGUUACGAUUAUAAAGAUUAUCAAUGACAUAUUUCCGUCCAUAUUGAUUCAGUUUUGCUCAUCUCACCGAAGGUAGAAUUUGCAAACCAAUCUUAGGAAUAUUUUGAACGUGCCUCACUGAUAACGAAAGUGUUUCUAUCCUUUAACGAAUUGAGUUAAAGUCAAAUGCAGAAAGGGCGGUUUUCAAAUAGAAAAGAAAGCAGCAUGCUGAGGAAGAGUGCAAUGCAGACUAAACUUAUCAUUAUUAGAACUCCAAUUUAGUUUUUGCGAAUGAUUGACAGAUAAUAGCUGAAAGGAAAACGACGUUUUCAGAGCAACUAAACAAGCAUUACAGAUAAAAGCAUCCACCUGAACUUCGCGAUUUUUAGUGUGUUUAAAGUCCUGUAUCGUCGUAAAUCCACCUACAAAACAGCUGAAUAUAGAAAAUCAACAUAAGCACAUCAAACGAGUGGAAAUAAAUAGUUUCUAAAAUCCUUGAAUAAUGGUUUGAAAGCUUUUGGUUUUUACGGGAAAAACUAUGUCAUUGAAGCGGAAGUAAGGGAGGUAAGCAUCAUCAUUUAUAGGCAUCAAAAGAAACAAUCCAACAUUUUAAAAACUUUUCCACAUGCUGUAAUACGAUAACAAAGAUGGCAAGAGGAGAUCAAGUCCUCUCUUCAACAUGAUAAAUAUUGUACUCAGUAAUGAAACAGGAAGAUCUUUUAAUCGUCUCGUCACGAACGUGUAACGAAGGAACAAGCUUUUCGCAAGGUCUCAAAAUCCUCAACCGUUUCAUAGGCAUUAAAAGAAGGAAACAAAACCAAAAUUCUAAAAUUUUCCACAGGCUUACAGAGGAUUUCCAAUAACCUCUCUCCACCCAUUUUAACUCGCUUUACCUCCUCUCCCCAAAACCAGAGUUUGUAAACGAAUUAAAUUUUACUAACAUACCUCACUGAUAACGAAGUACCUCGAUCCUCUAAAAAAUAAGUUCGGGUCAAAUUUGACCAAAGGCGGUUUUCAGAAUGAAUAAGAAAACAACAAGCCUCGGAAUAGAGAUAGAGAAUAAACACACCACUAUCAAGACUCGAAAUUAGCUUUCAAAAUGUUUGACAUAUGACAUCUAGAUGUCGUACGACGUUUUGACUGCAGCUGAACAGGAACAACAAGUAAGCUACACUACACCUGUGGGUCGUUAAUUCAAAGAAAGUUCCGUAUCUAUGUGAACCCAAAUCGCCGGCAAAACAACUUCGUCUGGAGAAUCAAUAUCUGAAUAUCAAAUAAAUGACAACGGGAUUGUUUCCAGAAACCUUGAAUGCAGUUUUGAAAGCUUUUGAUGUUUACAGGAGAAGUUAUAUCACUGAAGAAGGCAAUUUAACUGGCAUAGAAAACAUUUCAAAAUCGAAAUACGAGGCAUCUUUUUUAAUGUUUUUAAUUUUGGUUCACAAAAUUUUCUAUUUUCCUUAAAAAACUGCUUUAGUCGAUGUUUCAUUUAAUAAAUUUUUUUCUUUGAUUUUAAGUUGAAAAGUUAUGGCAGCAUGAUCUAAGGUGUUAAGACUAGAACUAACGGUGAUAUCAAAAAAAUAAACUUCUCUUGAAAGCUUGGCUCCUUAUUAUAUUCAGUUCAAGGAAUUGCUUAUCGUAACUCAAGUUAUUAAUGACAGCUUUGGAUUAUAUUUCCAAUGAAGUAUUCGCAAGAUAACUGCGUAGAAGUUUUAUGAACAGAAAUCUUUAUAGCGAUAAUAAAGACUGCAUCUUUUCACAUGUAGUUACAUAAAGACUGCGUUGUUGAAAGUUGGUGAUAAUUUAUUAAUUAAAGACUUCAUUUUCUUACAAGGUAGGUCAUAAGUAAAGCAAACAUACUGGACAGGACCUCAAAAGAAUAAUCAUAAAUUAGACAGUCUUAUUUUUUGUUGUAAUAUCAUAGCUUAAAUUAAAAACUAUUUUAAUAAAUAAGACAUUAUGAAGACAUGCGUUUCAUUGUCUCACACGUGGGAUCGUAAAGGAGGUAAUAAGAGCAUGUUAAUUUGAGUGCAGCUGAACCAAAAUUUUGGGCAGAAGCAUAAACCUGUAUUGCGUUAAUUUGGACUAAGUCCUUUACUUUAUCAUAGUCAAACUGCAAAAUACUAUCGGAUAUGAGCUAUUUCCUAGAUCAUAGAGUUGAAUUUUUUAAAAACUGUCGGUUAGUAACUGAGAAUAUGUAACAUUAAAGGAGAAAAACGAUAGGUUAAUUCAGUCGUCAUCGUCGAUUAUUUUCCAUUCCACUACAAGAGAAAGAAAACCCUCCGGAAGCCCAUUAUUAAUCGUUGCACUUGUAUCGUUGUUUAGUUUUCUAUGAGCAACAAAAUGCAUUGCUUUUCAUUUUAAUCAUUUACAUGUUUGUACCGUUUUUAUUCUCAGUUAACCCUUAUGUGAGUCUUCUCGUCUAAGUAAAGCAAACAUACUGGACAGGACCUCGAAAGAAUAAUCAUAAAUUAGACAGUCUUAUUUUUUGUUGUAAUAUCAUAGCUUAAAUGAAAAACUAUUUUAAUGAAUAAGACAUUAUGAAGACAUGCGUUUCAUUGUCUCACACGCGGAAUCGUAAAGGAGGUAAUAAGAGCAUGUUAUGGGAUAUUGAUCAAAUGAAGCCUUUAAGUGCUACUGUGGUUCCUUCUUUCUUUAUUCACUCCGAGCUUUCGCCGUUCUACGGCAUCAUCAGGGAGGACGAUAAAAUAUUUGCGCUAUGUACACCACCACAAAUAUUUGCGCUAUGUACACCACCACAGACCAAACUGCCCCAUCGCAGACACCAAUUUAUGCCUACAGAGAAACACCGUUUAUCAGCUCACGUGCAAAGCUUGUGGCGAAUAUUACAUUGGAAGCACGACACGAUUCCUACAUGAUCGAACAAAAGAACACUUGACCAACGACAACUCGUCGGUAAAAAAACAUCUCACAACACACCAUCGCAACAACGGCCAUAACAUUGAAGUCAAAGUAAUCACGCGUCAAUCUGCGAUUGUACGAAGCGUAUUACAUCAGAAAGCACAAGCCGGGACUGAACUCCCGUGAGGAAUGCACUGAACUUAACGAUCUUCUAUUUUAAUGAUAUAUUUUAAUGAGCUAUUUUAAUUAACGGUUUUAACACAUAUUUUAGAACAUUUUAUCACGCCAUUAGUUUUCAUGCGUCCUACUGGCUAGUUUUACACUAUGCUAAUUUACAGUGGCACCUCCAACGUUUAAAACUAUAGCGCAAAUAUUGAUGAUGCCGUAGAACGGCGAAAGCUCGGAGUGAAUAAAGAAAGAAGGAACCACAGUAGUUCUUAAAGGCUUCAUUUGAUCAAUAUCCCACAUCAUUACGACAUGCUACUAAAGGACACGUUCAAACGUUAAGAGCAUGUUAAUUUGAGUGCAAAUGAACCGAAAUUUUGGAUAGAAGCGUACACCUGUAUUUCGUUAAUUUGGACCAAGUUUUUUACUUUCUCAUAGUCAAACUGCAAAAUGCUAUCGGAGAUAAGCUAUUUCCUAGAUCCUAGAGUUAAAUUUUUCUAAAAACUGUCGUCUAGUAACUGAGAAUAUAUAACAUUAUAGUGGAAAAAUUAUAGGUUAAUCCAGUCGUCAUCGUCGAUUAUUUUCCAUUCCACUACAAGAGAAAGAAAACCCUCCGGAAGCCCAUUAUUCAUCGUUGCACUUGUAUCGUUGUUUAGUUUUCUAUGAGCAACAAAAUGCAUUGCUUUUCAUUUUAAUCAUUUACAUGUUUGUACCGUUUUUAUUCUCAGUUAACCCUCAUGAGUCUUCUCGUCUACGCUCGGCUAGAAUUUCGAUGCCAGGAUUCAAAGACUAGAUUGUAUCACGUAACCAUAUUGCAAAUCCCAGAUCAUACAAUAUCCAAAGACAAUACGCGAUAUUUAAAGCGUAGUGUUUUAAGGUGUUUUUGGCUCCUGUAGUCUUUGUUUUGUUUGAGACGAUUUUGUUUAUGCGUUUAUUCGCAUAAUUUACAUAUACGAAUCUAAACUUUUGAAGACUGUAUUUUGAACGUAUGGAAAUGUAUACAUAAUGAGGCAAUUCAAGUGAGGAGUUAUUAUCAUAUUGCUGUACUACGAAUGGGGUGGGGAGUGGGGGUGUGUGAUAAAAGGAGUUUUUUAAACCGGAAAUGCAGAACUUUGGAGUACUUGCUCAAUGCACGAUUAAACACCCUGACCAGUUUCGGUGAACUUGUGGAAACUCGGGAAAAAGUUUUACAUUGCUUUUGUAAAGUAUAUUUCUCAAAAAUACAUACGUGUUUAGAACGUAAUAAAUAUAGACUCUCAUCUAAACACUUUUAUGGAUCACGUACGUUAACUCUAUAAAACUGCAGGAGUCUUACUUCUGUUUGCCAACCAAUCCGAAACCUAGAUAUUAUAAAGCCAGUAGUCCAUAAAACGAAGCCUGGUUUACUGCGGUAAUAAGUUUUCAGUAAGAAAAACAAUUUGAUAGGAGGUCGUCCAUGCAGGAUAACUCGAAUAGCCUCGGAAUAAAACCUACUUUAAAAGUAAAGAUGAAAAACGGUACAGUUUUGCAAGAAUAUCGUAACCCGUAACUGCCAAAAAGUUGAAGGUAGGAGCAAUUUUUUAACCGUUGGAUAAGGACUCUUUUUCUCCCUAAGAGGCGGGGCUGCAGGGGGCUGUGUCAACUUCAGAGGUCAUUAGUUAUGGCGGCUCUAGCGGCAAGGUGUCUCUUGAUUCGGAUUGGGUUAGUCAGCUGAUAUCAGAAUUGAAAUUUUUAUCACAACCAAUUACCAGGAUUGUUAGUGACGAUAACAAAAGAAUUCAGUUUCCUCGGCCUGAAUGAAAUAACAGGGUAUCGAUUUAUGUAAGCUGAACCUUGAUGUUGCCGCUAUGGCAAAAUGAAGCCUAGCUCUUUUCCUCGUUUCAGUUAUCCGUCCACAGUUAUAAUUUGAAAGAACGCAAAAACUGAUGGUACAAAGUCUUUUUUAGUGAAACAAACACUCGCUGUCUGAACACAUCAAAUUCAAAUAUCCCUCGUACUUUCCAACCAUUGUGAACCACCCCAACGCAAGUGAAAAUGCAAACGCAAGCGUCAACGCAAGGAAUAAACAAAUUUUCACUCUUGAGUGCAUUUGCGUUCGCUUCCCACACGUGUGAAUCGGUGAAAGCUCAAUCAUUGUCGGCCAUCUUGUAAAGAUACUUCUACUGCGCUUGCGUAUCUCUCUUUCCUUGUGUUUGCUUUGGACCUGGACAAUGUUUCUUUUAUGUUGAGCCGUUCUGUUUUCAUUUCACGACGUUCUACCCUUCUCCAUAAAAAAAAAUGAUAAAUAGAAUAAAAGGUCUGCGUUUUGGACUCUUUUGUUCGACUGGUCGAAAAAUUAGGGAUAUUACACGGUGGCGAGAGUUUAUAAAUUUUUUGUUCGAGUGGCAAGAACAAUAUCUAACGAGUGAGCGCAGCAAACGAGCAAGAUAUUAAUAAUAUCACGAGAACAUCUUAUUCACUUUCAUUUUAUUAUGUGGACAAUAAAUACACGUGGUUGAGAUUGUAAACCUGGCUUUAAUAUUAAUACUGGGCCUUAACAGAAACAAAAUUCCCGGUGUCUGAUUAUAAAAAGAUUUUAAAAUAUGUGGAGUCUAGUUAUAAAAAGGUCUAAAAAGGUUUUCGAGUGGCAAAAACAAUAUCUAACUAGUGAGCGCAGCAAACGAGUGAGAUAUUACUCAUAUCACGAAAACAUCAAAUUCAUAUCUUUGAACCUAUAAUUUUAAUUUUAUUAUAUGGACAACAAAUAUACGUGGUUGAGAUUGUAAAACAUGGCUUUAUCUUUAAUACUGGGUAUAAAUAGAAACAAAACUCCUGGUGUCUAAAUAUAAAAAAGUUUGAAAAUAACACCGUCAGUUAGGCCAAGAUGCAUGUAAGCUGGUUUUAUAAGCUUAAUUAAAAUUCGAUAACCGACUCUGACUAAAAUCAUUAGAUACUUUUAUUUUCAGCCUCUCUUCACUACAAACCUUUGAAGGCUGUUCAAUACGGAGAGAUAAAAAUUGACCUAUGUUUAGUCGCAGCUUUCGGAAAAUUCCCUGAAAAUCUUAGUUUUCUCGUUACCUUGUUGUUCGAGAAAUGCAUUUACAUCUUCGUCGCUUACCACAACGAAUCUUGCCGUCAGUUAAUAUUCCAAACGACAAACAAACAAAAUUCACUCAGCAAAGUUUAAAGAGACUCAAAUCCUGACAUCGUUGUUCAAUAUCACCACACCACUUGUUACAUACGAAAAAUAUGCCACUCGGUUCCGGGAUGUGGUGGUCGUACUGAGAUUACGAGUGUGCACGUGAGUGUUUCAGUUCCCGUUAAAACACUCCUGUCCAUAUGAUAGCUGUGGUCAUUCAAGAGGUUGUAGAUACGAUUUUUACUUUUUCACUCGCGCACAUUUUUGUAUCGCUUUGCUUUGCGCAAAGUGCUUUUCAAUUAGGCAAUAGAGGACUUAUUUAAUGUUCACGCAGCCUCCUUAACAUUUGAGGCAUUUCCCGGGCUUGUUGAAAGUCGCAUUUAUUUUGGUUCAAGUCAAGCUGUCAUGCUAAUGAUCACAACGUCGAGUAAGUUGAGUAUACUGUUUUUAUUAAAAGGCAAAAUUAUGGUGUAUCAAUUAUCUGUUACCUGCGUAGUUUUUCUUAUUGUUAAGAUUUUAAUGGGAACCAAAAAAUAAGAUGGAAAUGCAUGAUGCUCGACUAAGAAGUUAAAGUUUUUUAGAAACAAACUUCAUCAAUAGUUUUCCUACCAUUUAUCUACGCUCUCCUAAGGUUACGAAGUAGCAAGUUUGCUGGGCCAUCAGAAAGGUCUGGGACCCUGUAAACUAGCUGUAAUAAAGAUUUUCUGAAUCCUGGCAUCCGAAGAGCGAAGAGCCAUAGUAUUUUCUUUGUUAGAGAUGACUUUGUCCUAGAGUUUUUGCGUUCAUUCACAUAAUUUACGUAGACGAAUCCAAACUUUUGAAGACUUUAUUUUAAACGUAUGGAAAUAUAUACAUAUACGUAUGGAAAUAUAUACAUAAUGAGGCAAUUCAAGUGAGGAGUUAUUAUUAUAUUGCCAUACUUUCUCUCGAAUGGGGUGGGGGAGCAUGAUAAAAGGAGUUAUUUAAACCCGAAAAGCAGAACUUUGGAGUACUUGCUCAGUGCACGAUUAUUCACCCUGGCCAGUUUCGGUGAACUUGUGGGAACUCGGGAAAAGGUUAUCCAUUGCUUUUGUAAAGUAUAUUUCUCAAAACUACACACGUGUUUGGAACGUCAUAACGAUAGACUCUCAUCUAAACACUUUAUGGAUCACGUACUUCAACUCUUUAAAACUGCAGGAGUCUUACUACUGUUUGCCAAUCAAUCCAUAACCUAGAUAUGAUAAACCCAGUUGUAAAACGAAGCCUGGAUGGAAUGUUUCUUGAUGCCUUUCUUAUGAAAUGUACAGUAAGAUUUUAAUUUCGGCAAGAUAAUUUGCUCUUUUAUCAACAUUAAUAUUCUUUGCACUGAAGUAGCUGGUCUAAUACACUGAACUAUAAGACUCGUAUAUUGAUGGCUUUGUUGAAAAUUCCUUUUUUGAACUAAUCAGCCUUUUUGAAACAUAGGAAUCCCAAUUUAUAUGUGGUUGCAGUGGCUAAGUUUUCUGGCUCAAUAUCAUCACAUCACGGGUUACAUAAGAAAAAUACGCCACUCGGUUUAGGGAUGUGGUGAUCGUAUUGAUAUUACGAGUGUGCACAUUUUUGCAUCGCUUUGCUUUGCCUAAAGUGCUUUUCAAUUAGGCAAUAGAACACUUUUAGUAUUUACGCAGCCUCGUUAACAUAUGACAGUCCCUCAGUUCCCGUUAAAACACUCCCGUCCAUAUGAUAGCUGUGGUUAUUCAAGGGGCUGUAAAUACGAUUUUGACUUUUUCACUCGCGCACAUUUUUGCUUUGCUUUGCCUUGAGCAAAGUGCUUUUCAAUUAGACAGUAGAAGCCUCGUUAACAUAUGGGGGUUGGGGAGGGGCUGGGAGUGGGGUGGUAAAGUACCUCUAAGUUAUUCAUCUCAGGCUUGUUAAAAGUCGCAUUUAUUUUGGUUCAGGUCAAGCUGUCAUGCAAAUGAUCACAACGUCGAAUAAGUUGAGUAUACUGCUUUUAUUAAAAGGCAAAACUAUAUUGUAUCAAUUAUUUGUUCGUAUGUCACCUGCGUAGUUUUUCUUACUCAUGUUAAGAUUUUAAAGCGAACCAAAAAAUAGGAUGAAAACGCAUGUUGCUCGACUAAGAAGUUAAAGUUAUUUAGAAACAGACUUUAUCUAUCUAUGCUCUCCUAAGGUUACGAAGUGGCAGGUUUGCUGGGGCGUUAGAAAGGUCUGGGACCCUCUAAACUAGCUGUAAUAAACCUUCUCUGAAUCCUGGCAUCCGAAGAGCGUAAAUUAUAGGAUUUACAAGUGAGUUAGCUCAAAAUAGAACUACCACAGCCAUAUCAAUAUGAAUAUUUGUGGAACAAGUGAAGGAAAAGCGAUGACAUGCUAAAUAUAUUAUCGCUGGUAGAAAACAAAGUAACGAUACAAGUGAGACGAUAAGCGCAGUACCCGUCAGUUUUCUUUCUCUUUUGGACCUAGAAUAAAAUUGCGGAUGACCACUACAUCGUACCUUAAUAGUAAUGAGGAUGUAAGAUACACAGAUAACAAAUAGAGAAACUGCAUAAAAUAGGAUGUACAAGUAAGUAUCAAUUACAACCUUACUAGCAAUUCCCUCUAAGGAAAUUUGAGCGACCUCUCUAACAAUAGGUAUUAACCAAAUGACAAUAACUAUGGCUCUAUGAACCCAUUUCUUCACAAAGCGAUGCCUGAAUGAAAAAAAAUUUGGAUGUAACCGUUCUAAGGAAAUAGCCAUAAGAUUUGUUAGGGAAGUGAACGAGAAUAAAUGUAAAAAUGCAAAAGAUAAAUAAAAAGACCAACUAGUCCUUUGUCUGUAAUUCCCUAGAGGACAGAACUGCAACAGUCUUCUUUCAAUCUGCAGCGGUCCAAAGACUGCACCCGCUAGGAGAUCGACCAUCAUCAGGUGGAUGAUCAAACAUAAACUCCGCCGCUGUAGUUGACGCUUCUUCUUCAUAAAAAAAACAAUGGUGAUGAUAUUUAGGAUGACUGUGGCCAGACAUUCGAUGAUGAGGACCACAAGCCAUGGAAUACACUGCGAAGCUGAGAAAGGCUGCAUUUUCUCUGAGCUCUGUUAGCUGCUAUGAAAAUAACAGAAAACAAUGCAAUUUGAGAUAAAAUGAAAUAUGAUUUCAAUAUUCUCAAUAAAGAUACAUGUCAAAUAUUGCUUUUCACGUUUUUUUUUUAUGUGCUUUGACUAAGUUUCGUCUGUUAACUUAAACUGAUCCUCGAGUUUUUUUUAUGCGGAUAUGAAUGUAUAUCAUAGCCUAUUCCUUUUUUUCUUUCAAUAAAGACGAAUUUAAUAAUAAUUAUAGAACUUUUUCGAUGUUCACUGAAUUAGCGGAAAGCUUUGCCACUAGUGAUCUCAAUUGCUUGAAGGAAAUUUAUAGCCUCCAAAAGCAGAUGGCAACAACAGAGAUCUUCCGGUCGGUCGACAUCAUUUAAAUAGGCACAAAUACGAGGAAAAGAAAUAAUGAGUCUAGAUAUCCAUUUAGCUCUGAGUUUUCCUCAAUUUGUACUCGUGUUAUUUUUUUUUUUCUGAGUCAGUAAAACUAUGAUGUUUGUUGACUUUUCUAUUUAAAAGCGAGACAAUUAAUUAAACUAACAAAACUUAAUAAACAUUGCUCCAUUCGAUUUUUUUCACGUGAAACUAAAAAUUAUUUCCCGCCCCCUUAAAUCGGAAGUCUCGCUUGUGAAUGAAAUGGAAGCUUCUUGCUCAUUAGAACCUCUCCUUUUUUUAAUUUGGUUCUAUCUCUCUUAGGGUGUUGGUUCAUUUUAGACUAUGCGUUUUUAUCUUAUGACAAACUAAUUUUGAGUAUGAAUCGCGACAUAAUUAGAUUUACUUGUCUUGAUCGUUCAUAUUUUUUCCUUUGCAGAUUUAAUAUAGCGUAAAACAUGUAAAAUCGUGAUGAAAAAGCCAUGUUUGUUUCAUUAGAAAAAUUAGUUCUCUUCUUGAGAUGACCAACUAACAUGAACUGAAUCAUUUAUAGUAAGUGCACGUUCCGUUGACUGGUAAUUUUCCGUCGAUGUUGUGUUUGCCUUGGUGGUGUCUGCUCUCAAAUCCCGUGGAUGUUUCAUUAAAAAAAAGCUUUUGGUGUUUACAGGAGAGGUUAUAUCACAGAACAAGGCAAUUUAAAUGGCUGAGAAAACAUUUCAAAACUGAAAUACGAGGCAUUUUUUAGUGUUCGUACUUAUGAAUGGUCCGAAAAAUUCUCUCUGUUCUUUUAAAAAAACUUCUCUGAUCGAUUUUAUUUUCUUAUAUCUGCACUGAACUAGUCAUUUUCUUUUAUUGAAAAUAAACUUCUCCUGUAGACUUGGUUCCUUAUUAUAUUCAGUUCAAGAAAUCGCCUAACUUAACUCAGGUUAUUAAUUACAGCUGUGGAUGUUAUUUCCAAUUAAGUAUUCGCAAGAUAAAUGGGUAGAAGUUUUACGAACGGAAAUCUUUAAAGCGGUGAUAAAGACCGUGCAUCCUAUAAUAUGGAGUUACAUAAAAAUUGCGUUGCUGAAAGUUGGUAAUAAUUUCUAAUUAAUGACUUAAAUUUCUUACAAGGUAGGUCAUAAGUAACGCAAACAUACUGGACAAGACUUCAAAAGUAUAAUCAUAAAUUAGACAGUCUUACUGUUUUAAAACUAAUACAGUUGUAAUCUCACAUCUUAAAUUAAAAAUACUUUCAUAAGUGAGACAUUUAUUGACAGACUUGCGUUUCACUGUCCCACAGGCGGGAUCGUAAUUAGAGCAUGUUAAGUUGAGUGCAGCUAAACCGAGAUUUUGGAUGGAAGCAUACACUUGCUGUAUUGAGUUAAUUUGGACGAAGUCCUCUACUUUAUCGUAAUUAAACUGCAAAAUACUAUCAGAGAUGAGCCAUUUCCUAGAUCCUAAAGUUGAAUUUUUAAAAGCUGUCGGUUAAUACCUGAGAAUAUGUAAUAUUACAGAGGAAAAGUGACGCAGCCGACAAAACUUUUGAAAAUAGAAUAACACGGUGACAUUUAUUUCUUUAGAUCUAUCGGUGCAUCUUUACUUAAUUUAAGAGUAACUCCAAUGGGAAAAUAAAGUAUUCUCUCUUCAUAAUGAUUUCAAUUUUUUUAUAUUUGAAGACUCCUCGAUGAUUUUUUCGUUCCACUCAAAGAAAAACCUAACUUAUAUCUUUGUUUAGUUUUCUAGGUGCAUCACUUUUCAUUUUAAUCAUUUAGAUGUUUGUACCGUUUCUAUCCUUAGUCUACUCUCAUAUCACCAAAAAAUGAAAUGGAAAUGCAUGUUGCUCGGCUAAGAAGUUAAAGUUAUUUAAAAGAAAAAUUUCAUACAUAGUUUUCCUACCAUCCAUCUACGCUCUCAAAAGGUUGCGAAGUGGCAGGUUUGCUAGGGCGAUACGAGGAAGGUCUGGGACUCUGUAAACUAGCUGUAAUAAACCUUCCCUGAAUCCUGGCAUCCGAAGGGCGUAAAUUAUAGGAUUUACAAGUGAGUUAGCUAAGAAUAGAACUACCACAGCCAUCUUAAUAUGAAAAUACAUCAUAAAACAAGAAGAGGAAAGGUGAAUACAUGCUACAUAUAUUGUCCCUGGUAGAAGACAAAGUAAAGAUACAAGUGAGACGAUAAGCGCAGUACCCGUCAGUUUUCUUUCUCUUUUGGACCUAGAAUGGAAUUGGGGAUGACGACUACAUCGCACUUUGAUAACAAUGAGGAUGUAAGAUACACAGAUAACGAAUAGAGAAACUGCAUAAAAUGGGAGAUACAAGUAAGCAUUAAUUACCUCGAAAUAACCUAUUUCCCAUAAGAAAAUUUGGGCGACUUCUCUAACAAUAGCUAUUAGCCAAAUGACAAUAAUCAUGGCUCUAUAAACCCAUUUCCUUACAAAGCGAUGCCUGAAUGGACAAAAUGUUGCGUGUAGCCGUUCUAAGGAAAUGGCAAUGAGAUUUGUAAUGGAAGUGAAAUAGAAUAAAUGUAGAAAUAAAAAAGAUAAACGAUGAGACCAAAGAGUAUUUCGUCUGUAAUUCCAUAGAGGACAGAGCCACUCCAUUUUUAUUUCAAUCUGCAGCGGCCCAGAGACUGCGCCCACCAAGACAUCGACUAUCGCCAGAUGGAUGAUCAAAUAUGUACUCCGCCGCUGAAGCUGACGCUUCUUCUUCACAAAAACAGCAAUGGUGAUGAUAUUAAGGAUGACAAUGGCCAGACAUUCGAUGAUGAGGACCACAAGCCAUGGAAUGCACUCUGAAGCUGAGGAGAAAGGCUCCAUUUUCUCCGAGCUCUGUUAGCUGCCAUAAAAAUAACAGAAGACAGUUCAAUUAGAGAUAAAAUGAAAUACAAAUUCAAUUUUCUCAAUAAAGAAAUAUGUCAAAUAUUGCUUUUUACGCUUCUUUAACGUGUUUUGAAAAACUUAGUUUCGUCCAUUAACUUAAACUGAUCCUCAUGUUUCUUUAUGCGAGAUUCAUAUUCGGAAAUUUAAUCAUUUAGCCCUUUCCUGCUUUUUAGUUCGAUAAAGGCGCAUUUAAUAAUACAAAAAUUUUUCGAUAUUCACUGAAUAAGCGGAAAGCUUUGCCACUAGUGAUCUCAAUUGCUUGAACGAAAUUUAAAGCCUCCAAAAACAGACGGCGACAAAAAUUUAAAGAUCUUCUGGAAAUACAGUAGAAAGACUGAGUAGAAAGACCUGCUCCUCUUCUCGGUGCCGCUUUUAGAAAUACGGUUGUUGUUUUUAUCGCCUUGAAAAUUUCAAAGACAAAUUAACUGUAGAUGGGUUGAAAUAUUUAUAACAUUUUUAAAAGGAAAAACAUCUCUUAUAUUUUAUUUUCGACACCCAUAAAGUUUAAUCAUUGUCUAUUCUCACUUCCGAUAAAUUUCUUCCUUUGUCAAUAUCAUGAGCAACAAACUAGAGAAAGUGGUCUUUUUCUUAGCGUUACGAUCGUUAUGAUAAUCAAUGACAUAUUCCAUCCAUAUUGAUUCAGUUUUCCUCAUCACAUCGAAGGCAGAAUUUGCGAACGAAUCUUAAGAAUAUUUUGAACUUACCACACUGAUAACGAAAGUGUUUCUAUCCUUCAAAGAAUUGAGUUUAAGUCAAAUGCGAAAAGGGUGGUUUUCACGAAGAAAAGAAAGCAGCAUGCUGAGGAAGAGGGCAAUGCUGAGUAAACUUAUCAGUUUUUCCGAAUUACCAUAGCAACAGAAUUAAAUUUGCUACCUUCUUUUGUGCUUUGACUCAAUUUCAUGUUCCUAUUUUUUGGUGCAAUACAUAUCCGGAAGUUUGAAAUACUUUGAGUAAGCAAAAGCCGUUAUACAAUAGAUCUCAGUUGCCUUAAUCGUUUUAUAAGCAUAAUUAGAAACAAACUAAAAUGUUCCACAUUGUAAAAGAUUGUCGAUGUGCGUAAAUAUGAUAACAAAGAUGGCAAGAGGGGAUCAAGUCCUCUCUUUAACAUGGCAAAUGUUGUACUCGGUAAUGAAACUAAGAAAGAUCUAUUCAUCGUCUCGUCACGAACGAGUAACGAAGGCUGAGAAGCAACAGGCUUUUCACAAGAGGUCACAAAUUCAUCAACUGUUUCAUAAGCAAUAAAAGAAGAAAAAAUAGCUAAAAUUCUAAAAUUUUUCACUGGCUGACAAAGGAUUUUCCAUAACUUCUCUCCACCCAUUUUACCUGGUUAUACCUCAUCUCACCGAUGUCAGAGUUUAUAAACAAUUGAAAUCUUAUGAACAUACCUCCGACAUAUAAUAUCUAAAUUUAUAAAAUAAUUCAAAUAGUACGCGCGCUCUGAUUGGCCAUAAAACCAUUUUACAUGAACUUAUGUAAACACGGUUUUCAUUCCUCUUUCAUCAGUUAUUUUAUAAAAGAAAUGUAAAAUGGUUUCCGUGUUUACAUAGCCUGAUGUAAACACGCGAGAGGUUGGGAGAACACUCGAUAAGCUGGAAACCACUCCGCUUGGCUUGGUGGUUUCCUACGCUUAUCUCGUGUUCUCCCAACCUCCCGCCUGUUUACUCAGGCUAUGUAAACACGGAAACCAUUUUACAUUUCUUCAGUCGGAAGACGUUUUGAGUGCAGGUGAACAGGAACAACAGAUAGCUAUACUACACCUGUUCGUCGUUAUUUCAAACAAGGUUCUGUAUCUAAGUGAAUCCAAACCGCCUACAAAACAGCCUCCUCUGGGGAAUCAAUACCUGAAUACCAAAUGAAGAAGAAUAGUUUCUAGAAACCUUGAAUGGAGUUUUGAAAGCUUUGAAAGCUUUAAGUGUUUACAGGCCUAGGAGAAGUUAUAUCAAAGAGGAAGCAAUCAUCUUCUUCAGUCGAUUUUUCAUUUCCUAUGUCUGCACUGAACUGGUCAUUUUCUUUUGUUAAAAAUAAACUUCUCUUGAAAACUUGGUUCCUUAUUAUAUUCAGUUCAAGGAAUUGCCUAUCUUAACUCAAGUUAUUAAUUACAGGUUUGGAUUAUAUUUCCAAUGAAGUAUUCGCAAGAUAACAGCGUAGAAGUUUAAUGAACAGAAAUCUUUAAGGCGAUGGUGAAGACCGUGCAUCUUUUACAUGUAGUUAUAUAGAGGCUGCGUUGUUGAAAGUUGGUAAGAAUUUUUUAAUUAAAGACUUUAUUUUCUGUACCUCAAAAGAAUAAUCAUAAAGUAGACAGUCUGAUUUUUUGUUGUAAUAUCACAUCUUAAAUUAAAAACUAUUUCCAUGAAAAAAAAAAAUUAAUCAACAGCCUUGUGUUUCACUGUCUCACAGGCGGGAUCAUAAAGGAGGUGAUAAAGGGGAAAAUGAUAGGUUAAUUCAGUCAUCAUCGUCGACUAUUUUCCGUUCCACUCAAAGCGAAAGAAAAUCCUUCCGAAGCCCAUUAAUCGUUGCGCUUGUAUCGUUGCUUAGUUUUCUUUAAGCGACAAAAUGCAUUGCUUUUCAUUUUAAUCAUUAAGAUAUUUGUACCGUUUCUAUCUUUAGUCAACUCUUAUAUGAGUCUUCUCGUCUACGCUCAGCCAGGAUUCACAGGCAGGAGUGUAUCGCGUAACCAAUUUGCAGAUCCCAGAUAUAAGAGGGCCUCAAUGCGGUUAACCGUGAGCCGUAAGACGGCCAAAGCAUUUAGCCUUUAGGCGAGAAAAUUGACAAAUUUUAACCGUUAGUCGUAAAAAGAGUUAGCCGUAAAAAAAAUUUUUCUGGUGAAAACAAUGAAAGGUGUUAACUGUUAGCCGUAAAUUGGCCAAAAAUUUUAACCGUUAGCCGUAAAAGCCAUCACCUCAUUGAAACCCUCGUAUAAAAACUUAAAGUCAACAUGCAAUAUUCAAAGCGACGGGUUUUAAGGUGUUUUCGCACCUACAGUCUCUUUUAUUUGAGACGACUUUGUCCCGGAGUUUUUGCGUUCAUUUACAUAGUUUACAUAAACGAAUCCAAACUCUUGAAAGCUGUAUUUUAGACGUUUGGAAAUAUAUACAUAAUGAAGCAAUUCAAGUGAGAGUUAAUAUUAUAUUGCCGUACUUUCUCUCGAAUCGGGGUGGGGAAGCUUGAUAAAAAGAGUUAUUUAAACCAGAAAUGCCGAAGUUUGGAGUACUCUCAAUGCACGAUCAUUCACCCUGGGUUUCGAUGAACUUGUGGACACUCGGGAAAAAAUCUUCCAUUGCUUUUGUAAAGUAUAUUUCCCAGAAGAUACACGCGUGUUUGGAACGUCACAACCGUAGUUAGACUGUAAACAUAGACUCUCAUCUAAACACUUCUAAUGAUCACGCACUUCAAUUCUUGAAAACUGCAGGAGUCUUACAUCUGUUUGCCAAUCAAUCCGAAACGUAGACAUCAUAAACCUAGUUGCCCAUAAAACGAAACCUAUGGACAGAAUGUUUCUUGAAUCCUUUCUUGUGAAAUAUACAGUAAGAUUUUUAUUUCGGCAAGAUAAUUUGCUCUUUUUAAAAACAUUGAUCUUCCUUGCACUGAAGUAGCUGAUCUAAUACACUGAACUAUAAGACUCGUAUUUUGAUGGCUUUGUUAGAAAUUCCUCAUUUAAACAAAUCAGCCAUUUUGAAACUUAAGACUCCCAAUUUGUAUUUGGUUGCGAUGGCUAAAUGUUCUGCCUCGUUUAAUGAUUUUUCCCUCUUGUUUUCUGCCAAACGCAAUAAAACGCAACGAUAAAGUGGUCGAAAAAUCUCUUGACAUCAAGAGAUGAAAAACGGUCGCAAAUUACAAACUAAAAAAAUAUCGUUUUACUGCGGUAGUUAGUUGUUCGUAAUAAAAUAAUUUGAGAAGAGGUCGUCUGCCCAUGCAGGAUAACUCGAAUUGCAUCGGCAUUAAACCUGUUUUUAAAAAAAUCGUAAUAUAAAAACCGCAGUCAAUAUUAUACCGAAAGCAAACUCAAAUAUUUACCGGCUUAGAACCUUAAUAGCGAGUCUAUAAUAAUUUUACUAGUAGUUUCGCCAUCCGUCUUUUUCUUUAUUUUGUCCUCUCAUGCUUUUGCGAAGCUAGACCCCGAUGUUCUAGAUCCCUAAUGUAACUUAGAGAGGCCUGCCCCAACGCAAAUGCAAAUGCAAACGCAAGCGUCAAUGCAAGAAAUAAAAUAGAGAAUAACACAUGAUAAUACAUGGGUGCGCUUAGAUAUGGAAUUUCUCUUCGAGUGUUUACAAAAUGAAUUGGUCCUUACCGGCGGAAGAAAUCAUUCAGGUAAACGGCCAUAAUCGGCUAUGGCAAAUCUUCCAGUUGUCGAUUUUCUUUCUCAGCCGCGAGAAAUGCCAUUACUAAAGCCACUAAAUACGUAACUUUCAGUUUUUCAUUUCGUAUUCUGAUAUUUUUCCUUUCUAAGAAAGUUUCAACGUCACUGUCUGUAAGCGUCGAUACGGAUAUUUCAGUUUUCCUGCAGCCAUAAUUGGAAAAUAUUCCGACAAACGACCUUGGAUUGAGAAUGGUGAAGGCUUUGCCGUUCUUUCAUCAACCUGACCGAGCGGCGCGAAAGGCGUGUAACGUGUCAGCAGCUGAUUAGCGAUAUCAAACACACUUUCCUCAGGGCUGGAAAUCUUUGUAUAACACAGUAGUUUGUAUGAUGAAACAUUUUCAUUUUCUGGAGUUUGUAUUUGCGUUCGCUUCCCACACGUGUGAAUCGGCAGAAGCUCAAUCAUUGUCGGCCAUCUUGGAAAAAUACUUCUUGCGCUUGCGUAUCUCUCUUUCCUUGCGUUUGCGUUGAACGUGUGAACUCGUUUGUAUUUCCAUUUGCGUUUGCGUUUGCAUUUCCAUUUGCGUUUGCAUUUGCAUCGCACGUGUGAACCAGUCUUCAGAUCCUUAGAUAGAACGACAUACUUAUAAUUAUAAAGCUGAAUGCGUUUUCAAUCUGACAAUUGGCAAUGUUUCUUUUAUGUUGAGCCGUUCUGUUUUCAUUUCACGACGUUCUACCUUCUCCAUAGAGAAUUAUAAUUACAAAUAAAAGGUCUGCGUUUUGGACUCUUUUGCAAACAAAAAAAUGGCCCCUAGCGAGGGUUUACGUGUUCAUAAACAGACACGCCUGCUGUAAGUACCCUCUGGUCAAUAUAUAGAGGAUAUUACACGGUGAAGAGAAGAGAUGAAUUGUAUGUUCGAGUGGCCAGAUCAGUAUCAAACGAGUGAGCGCAGCAAACGAGUGAGGUAUUAAUCAUAUGACCAUAGGGGGUAACUUUCUAAAGAAACUAUGGUGCUGCGUCGGUGGGAGAGUAUAACAGGGUAAUUAAGUGUCAUCAACUGAGUUGAAAACGUAAAUUGGCCACCGUAAAGAGAUUAAGGGCUGACGUUUCGAGCGUUAGUCCUUUGUCAUAGCGAUUGAAGGAAUUGUGGGUUUUGUGCGGGUUCAUAUGCAGAAAAUGGAGCAACGCUAUUGGUGAGAAUAUGGUGACGAGAAAACAAGAAUAGAUUAGUUGAAUGAAAAGCGCUAGCACUUGUUGAUACCAUGACGAUUAAGAAUGCCGAUUUGGAAGAUAAAUUUUUGUUCUAGAGUUUUGUGGCUUUCCGAAAUGCCUAGAUGUAGGGAAAGACCGCAAACUGUCAUGUGCUGUUUAGAAUGAUUAGGGAGACUGAAGUGUAUUGCGACUGGUUUGGAUGCGUCCUUGUCAUUUCAAUCUACGUCGCGAAGGUGUUCUCGGAAUUGGUCACCUAAUGUAUAACUUUUUGUAAUGAGUGCAAGUUAUGCAGUAAAUGACAUUGACUGAGGUGUACAUAAGAGAUCUUAAUGGAUCUCUUGGGUCCCGAAAUUUUACCUACGUUAUGAAUGAAAGGACAAGUUUUGCAUCGUGAGCGAGCGCAUUUGAAAUUUGCAGGUUGGUCAUUGGUUUGAAAUGAACUUCAGACCGAAAAGUUUCCAAUGUUUUUUUCACAUUUGAAUGAAAUUAGUGGAGGUUGUGACAAGAUAUUAACAAUCUCUGAAUCGUUUUGGAGUAAUUUAAAGCUCAUAAGAUCACUCAUCACUGAUCAUUACAAACCUUUGAAGGCCGUUCAGCACGGACAGAUGAAAAAUUGACCUGUGUUUAGUCGCAACUUUCGAUAAAUUCCUUGAAAAUCUUGGUUUUCUCGUUCUUUUGUUGUUCGAGAAAUGCUGAUUCACAUCUUCAUCGCUUACCACAACAAAUCUUGCUGCCAAUUAAUAUUCGAAACAACAGACAAACCAGUAUUUUAAGUCAAAUGCAGAAAGGACGGUUUUCAAAUAGAAAAGAAGUAGCAUGCUGAGGAAGAAUGUAAUGCAGACUAAACUUAUCACUAUUGGAACUUCAAUUUGGUUUUUCGGAAUGAUUGACAGAUAAUAGCUGAAAGGAGAACGGCAUUUUUAGUGCAGCUAAACAAGAAUUACAGAUAAAAGCAUCCGCCUAAACUCCGCGAUUCUUCGUGUGAUUAAAGUCCUGCAUCGUCGAAAAUUCACCCACAAAACAAAGGAAUAUAGAGAAUCAGCAUAAACUUUUUGUUUUUACGGGAGAAAUUAUAUCAUUGAAGCAGAAGUAAUGGAGGUAAUUAGAACGUGUUAAUUUGAGAGCAGCUGAACCGAAAUUUUGGAUAGAAGCAUACACCUGUAUUGCCUUAAUUUGAACGAAUUUCAAACUGCAAAAUACUCUCGGAGAUGAGCUAUUUCCCAGAUCACAGAGUUGAACUUUUUAAAAGCUGUCGGUUAGUGAUUGAGAAUAUAUGACAUUAAGGGAAAAAAUGAUACAGUCGACAAAAUGUUACAAAAUAAAAUUACACGGUGACAUUUAACUCUUUUGAUCUGCCGGUGCAUUUGUAUUUAACUUAACUCUAACUCCAGUGAAAAAGGGUAGUAUUUUCUCCUUAUGAUUCCGGUUUUUUUUUUAUACUCGCCAUUUGAAAACUCGACGUUCUGCCUUUCCCCGCAGCAAUAAAAACACCAAAUAUUUAUCAUUUGGUUAUAGGCUACACAAAUUGGUGGUUCUAAUGCCUCUAAUGGCAAGAAGCAGCAGUUAUGAUUUUAUUUAUUAUUUCAUUCUAUCUAAUUUCUCUCUGAGUUAUCUGUGCAGUUGCUGGUUAGGUUAAUUCAGUCAUCUUCCUGGAUUAUUUUUGGUUCCACUCAAAAGAGAAGGAAAACUGAGCGGAAGCUCACUAAUCGUUGCACUUGUAUCGUUGCUUAGUUUUCUAGAAGCGAAAAAAUGCAUUUCUUGUCAUUUUAAUCAUUUAGAUAUUUGUACCGUUUCUAUCUUUAGUCAACUCUCAUAUGAGUCUUCUCGUCUACGCUAAGUCAGGAUUCAAUUCAGAGACUGGAGCGCAUCGCGUAACCAUUUUGCAAGACCCUAGAUCAUAUAAAUCCAAAGUCAACCCGCGAUAUUCAAAGCAUAGGGUUUUAAGGUGUUCGGUACCUAUAUAGUCUUUGUUUUGUUUGAGACGAUUUUGUCCCGGAGUUUUUGUGUUCAUUUACAUAAUUUACAUGGGCGAAUCUAAAGUUUUGAAGGCUGUAUUUUAAACGUAUGGAAAUGUAUACAUGGUGAGGCAAUUCAAGUGAGGACUUAUAUUUUCGUACUUGCUCUCGAGGAGGCUAGGGACAGGGGAGCAUUAAAGAAGGAGUUGUUUUAAACCGGAAAUGCAGAACUAUGGAGUACUCUCUCAGUGCACGAUUAUUCACCCUAGUCGGUUUCGACGAACUUGUGGAAACUCAUUUAUCUAUUUUUUGUUUGUUGUUGUUUUCUUGUUUUUAUUAAGUCUCCAUUAAUGGGUGGAUCGUUAAUAAAGUGAAUAUUUCAACCCAAAUCAAUAAACGCAGCUUUGGAAAAAAUACGCUUUACCAGUAUUUUUCUCCCUGGGAGGCGGGGUUGCAGUGGGCUGUGUGUCAACCUCAGAAGUCAUUAACUAUAUGGGCUCUAGCAGGAAGGUGUCACUUGAUUCGGAUUAGGCUAGUUAACUUAUAUCAGAAUUGCAAUUUUUAUCACAACCAGUUACCAGGAUUCCUCAGAGACGAUAACAACAGAAUUUAGUCUCUUCGGUCUGAAUGAAAAGCUGAACCUCUAUUUCGCUCCCAUUGCAAAAAAAAGAGCGCGGCUAUUUUCCUCAUUUUAGUUAUCCGUCCCUAAUUAUACUUUGAAAGAAAGCAAAAAACUGAUGGCACAAAAUCUUUUUUAGCAAUACAAAUACUCGCUGUCUGAACACAUCAAAUUCAAGCGUCCUACGAACUUUCCAACCAUAUAUCCGAGAUGUUCUUAAGUUCCAAAGUGGCACAUUGACUUGGGUUAUUACACGAUUUGAAGUACGUAUAAUAUUUCUAUUGUGCUGCCUCUAAAAAGUUUAAUUAAUUUCCUAAGAGAGUAAUAGGAUUAGUACCCACACCUCCCUCUGUCAAUCAAUCACACCAGGAGACCUCAGCAAAACGCAAUUGCAAAUGCAAGGAAUUGAUCGUGUGAACCACCCAACGCAAAUGCAAACGCAAACGCAAGCGUCAACCCAAGUAAUAAAAACAUUUUCAUCUUCUUAAGCCAGUAUUUGUGUUCGCUUCUCACACGUGUGAAUCGGCAAAAGCGCAAUCAUUGUCGGCCAUCUUGGAAAAAUAUUUUUACUGUGCUUGCGUAUUUCUCUUUCCUCGCGUUUACGUUGGACGUGUGAACUCGCUUCCAUUUCCAUUUGCGUUUGCGUUUCCAUUUGUGUCGCACGUGUGAACCAGUCUUCAGACCCUUCCGUGGAAUGACAUACUUAUAAUUACAGAGCUGAAUACGUUUUCAGCUGAAAAUUGGCAAUGUUUUUUAUAUGAUGAGCCGUUUUGUCUUCAUUUCAUAAAAAAAUGAUAAAUAAAAUAGAAGGUCGACGUUUUGGGACUCUUUUGCUCUCACUGGUAGAUAAGCUUAGAAUUUUACUCGGUGGCGAGAAGAUAUCUAGGUUUUCUCGUUCUCAUGUUGUUCGGGAAAUGCCGAUUUACAUCUUCGUCGCUUACCUCAAUGAAUCUUGCUGCCAAUCAAUAUUCCAAACAACAAACAAACCAAGUUCAUUCAGCAAAGUUUAAACAGGCCCGAAUCGUGUCGUCGUUGCUCAAUAUCACCACGCCACGUGUUACAUACGAAAAAUACGCCUCUUGGUUCCUGGAUGUGGUGAUCGUAUUGAUACUACGAGUGUGGACGUCAGUGUUUUAUUUCCCGGUAAAACACUCCCGUCCAUAUAAAAACUGUGGUUAUUCCAGAGGUUGUAAAUACGAUUUUUACUUUUUAUUCACACAUUUUUGAAUUGCUUUCCUUUGCGCAUAGUGCUCUUCAAUAAAACCAAAAAAAAUUGUUUUCCGUGUUCACACAAUCAAUGUGGGUGGGGGAGGGGAUGGGUGGAGGAGGGGUGGGAGAGUCCCUCUGAGUUAUUCAUCUCGGAUUUGUUAAAAGUCACAUUUAUUUUGGUUCAAGUCAAGCUCUUAUGCUAAUGAUCACAAUCUUGGGCCUAUAAAAAGUUGAUUAAACUGUUUCUAUUUAAAGGCAAAACUAUACUGUAUCAAUUACCUGUUCCUAUACCUCCUCCUCCUCCUCCUCUUUUUUACAAGUGUUAAGAUUUCAAUAGAAAUCAAAACAUAAAAUGGAAAUGCUGGUAGUUUUCUUACCUUUAAUCUACGCUCUCCUAAGGUUACGAAGUGGCAGAUUUGCUGAGGCGAUACGAGAAAGGUCUGGGACCCUGUAAAAUAGCUGUAAUAAACCUUCUCUGAAUCCUGGCAUCCGAAGAGCGUAAAUUAUAGGAUUUACAAGUGAGUUAGCUAAGAAUAGAACUAGCACAGCCAGAGAAAUGUGAGCAUUCUGGCAAUAAUUUAAGGAAAGGCCACAACAUGCUGUAUAUAUUAUCGCUGGUAGAAAACAAAGUAACGAUACAAGUGAGACGAUAAGCGCAGUACCCGUCAGUUUUCUUUCUCUUUUGUACCUAGAAUGGAAUUGAAGAUGACGACUACAUCGUACUUUGAUAACAACGAGGAUGUAAGAUACACAGAUAACAAAUAGAGAAACUACGUAAAAUAGGAGAAACAAGUAAGCAUUAACUACGUCGAAAUAAUCAAUUUUCAACAAGAAAAUUAUAGCGGCUAUUCUAACAAUAGGUAUUAACCAAAUGACAAUAAUUAUGGCUCUAUGAACCCAUUUCCUCACAAAGCGAUGCCUGAAUGGACAAAAUGUUGCGUGUAGCCGUUCUAAGGAAAUAGCCAUAAGAUUUACAAGGGAGGUGAACGGGAAUAGCUGUAUAAAUACAAUAAAUAGAUAAGACCAAAGAGUCAUUAGUCUGUACUUCCAUAGCGGACAAAACAACGUUAUAACGUUUUCAAUCAUUAGCGGCCCAGAGACUGUGCCCGCUAAGAGAUCGACUAUCGCCAGAUGGAUGAUCAAAUAUGUCCUCCGCCGCUGUAGCUGACGCCUCUUCUCCACAAAAACCACAAUGGUGAUGAUAUUAAGGAUGACUAUGGCCAGACAUUCGAUGAUGAGGACCACAAACCAUGGAAUGCACUCUGAAGCUGAGCCGAAAGGCUGCAUUUUCUCUGAGCUCUGUUCGCUGCUAUAAAAAUAACAGAAAACAGUUCAAUUACAGAUAAAAUGAAAUACGAACUCAACAUUCUCAAUAAAGAAAUAUGUCAAUUACUGCUUUUUAUGUUUUUUUAAACGUGUUUUGACCAACUAAGUUUCGUCUGUUAACCAAAACUGAUCCUCGUGUUUCUUUAUAUCACAUUCAUACCCGGAAAUUUAAUCAUUCAGCCUAUUCAUUUUUUUUUCUUUCGAAAAAGACGAAUAUAAUAAUAUGAACUUUUUUGAUGUUCACUGAAUAAGCGGAAAGCUUUGCCACCAGUGAUCUCAGUUGCUUGAAUGAAAUUUAUAGCCUCCAAAGACAGAUGGCAACAAACAAUUUCAAAGACAGAUGGCAACAAACAAUUUAGAGAUCUUCCGGAAAUAUAGUAGAAAGGCUGAGUAUAGAAAGACCUACUUCUCUUCUCGGUGCCGCUAUUCGAAAUACGGUUGUUGUUGUUACCGCCUCGAAAACUUCAAAGACAAAUUAAUUGUAGGUACGGUGAAACAUAACGAACAUUUUUAAAAGCAAAAGCAUCUCUUGCGUUUUAUUUUCUACACCCAGAAGUUUAGUAAUAGUCUUUUCUCGCUUCGGAUAAAUUUCUUCCUUUGUCAAUAUCAUAAGCAACAAGCUGGAGAAAGAUAUCUUUUUCGACGCGUUACGAUUAUUAAGAUUAUCAAUAACACAUUUCCGUCCAUAUUGAUUCAGUUUUCCUCAUCUUAUCGAAUGCAGAAUUUGCAAACGAAUCUUAAGAAUAUUUUGAACUUAACUCAAUGAUAACGAAAGUGUUUUUAUCCUCUUAACGAAUUGAGUUUGAAUCGAAUGCGGAAAGGGCGGUUUUCAAAUAAAAAAGAAAGUAGCAGGCUGAGGAAGAGUGCAAUGCAGACUAAACUUAUAACUCCAAUUUAGUUUUUCCAAAUGAUUGACAGAUAAUAGCUGAAAGGAAAACGACAUUUUUAGUGCAGCUAAACAAGAAUUACAGAUAGAGACAUCCGCCUAAACUCCUCGAUUGUUAUUGUGAUUAACGUCCCGUAUGGUGGUAAAUCCACCCACAAAACAGCUGAAUAGAGAAUUAACAUUAGCACAUUAAACGAGUGGAAAGAAAGAGUUCGUAAAAUCCUUGAAUGGAGCUUUGAAAGCUUUUGGUUUUAGCGGGAGAAAUUUAUCAUUGAAGCAGGCAAGUUAACUGGCUUUGAACGAUUUGUUAGAAAUAUGAGGUCCAUUUGUAAUUUGUUUUUUUCUUUUUAAAGGAGUUUGGGUAAACUCGAGAAGUCAUAAACUAUGGCGGCUCUCGCGGCUAGGUGUAACUUUAUCGCGCUUAAUCGCCAAUUAAGAUUGUCGGUGACCAUAACAACAGAAUUAUAUUUGCUACCUUUCUUUUGUAUUUUGACUCAUGUUCAUGUUUCGGUUUUUUUGGUGCAAUAUACAUAUCCAGAAGUUUGAUAAUUCAGUCCCUCUCUCAUUUUGGAACAAAUUUUCUCUUUUUUUAACAAUACACCAUUCCUUCAAUAUGCUCUGAAUAAUCAAAAGCCUUUAUAAAAGAGAUCUCAAUUGCCUUAAUCGUAUUAUAAGAAUCAAAAGAAGCUAAAAUUAUAAAAUUUCCACAUACUUGUAAAAGAUUGUCGAUGUGUGUAAAUAUGAUAACAAAGAUGGCAAGAGGGAAUCAAGUUGGAAAAGGUUGUACUCAGUAAUGAAACAAAGAAAGAUCUUUUCAUCGUCUCGUCGCGAACGUGUAAUGAAGGCUGAGAAGGAACAGGCUUUUCACAAGAGGUCUCCAAUUCAUCAACAGUUUCAUGAGCAUCAGAAGGAGGAAAUAAGAGUACAAUUCCAGAAUUUUCCACAGGCUUCCAAAGGGUUUUCCAUAAACUCUCUCCACCCACUUUAACUCGGCUUACUUCAUCUCACCAAAACUAGAGUUUGUAAACGAAUGAAAUCUUACGAACCUACCUCACUGAUAACAAAGUACUUCGUAUCCCCUAAAAACUGAGUUAGAGUCAAAUUUGACCAAAGGCGGUUUUCCGAAUGAAUGAGAAACAGCACGCCACGGAAUAGUGAUAGAGAAUAGACACACCACUAUCACGACUCGAAUUUAACUUUCCAAAUGUCUGACAUAUGAUAUCUAGAUGUCGUAAGACGUUCUGAGUGCAGCUGAACAGGAACAACAGGUAAACUGUUCUAAACCUGUACGUCGUUAAUUCAAAGAAAGUUCCGUAUCUAUGUGAACCCAAACCGCCGGCACAACAGCUUCGUCUGGAGAAUCAAUACUUGAAUAUCAAAUAAAUGAAGAUGAAUAGUUUUUAGAAACCUUGAAUACAGUUUUGAAAGCUUUUGAUGUUUACAGGAGAAGUUAUAUCACAGAAGAAGGCGAUUUAACUGGCUGAGAAAACAUUUCAAAAUUAAAAUACGAGGCAUAUUUCUUAAUGUUUUUAUUUUGGUUCAAAAAAUUUUCUUUUUUCCUUAAAAAACUUCUUUAGUCGAUUUUUCACUUGAUAAUAAUUUUUCCUUUGAUUUUGAGUUGAAAAGUUGUGGUAGCGUGAUCUAAGAUGUUACAAUACUCAUCAGAAAAAAGAGUGCGACAUUGUGGAGAAUUGUAUAAAUGUCUGAAAAUUUGAGAAUGCAAUCAAUGAUCAAUUGCAAGUGCCCACCUACGCGUGUGGAUAAAUGUUGAGGGGUUUCGCAGACAUAGCAGGCAUUAGAGUCCGAAUGAGACGCAGUUUGUAGGGAUAAGGUAUAAAGCUAAAAUAAUUAGUCAUCAGUCAACAUCACCAACUUUAUCAUAUGAAUGUAAUAAUUUCUAUAUUUAAGACUUUAUUUUCUUGCAAGGUAGGUCAUAAGUAAAGCAAACCUACUGAACACAACUUCAAGAGUAUCGUCAUAAAUUCGACGGUGUAAUUUUUUGAAACUAAUACAGUUGUAAUCUCAUAUCUUAAGUUAAAAAUAUUCUCAUGAAUAAGACAUUUAUUGACAGCCUCACGUUCACUGUCUCACAGGCGGGAUCAUAAAGGAAGUAAUUAGGGUAUGUUAAUUUGAGUGCGGCUGAACCGAAUUUUGGAUUGAAGCAUACACCUGAUUUGCAUUAAUUUGGACUAAAUCCGUUACUUUAUCGUUGUCAAACUGCAAAAUACUAUCAGAGAUGAGCUAUUUCCUUGAUCAUAGAGUUUAAUUUUUUAAAAGCUGUUGCUUAGUACCUAAGAAUAUAUAAUAUUAGACGGGAAAAAUGAUCCAGCCGACAAAACCUUGGAAAAUAAAAUAACACGGUGACGUUUAUUUCUUCUGAUCUACCGCUGCAUUUGUAUUUAAUUUAACUCUAACUCCGAGGAUGAAGAUAGUAUUCUCUCCUCGUGAAGAUUCCGAUUUUUUGAUACUUGCCAUUUGAAAACUCGACGUUCUGCCUUUCCCUGUAGCAAUAAAACCAACAAAUAUUAAUAAUUUGGUUAUCGGCUACAUUCGAAGUGGUGGUUCUGAUACCUCUGAUUGCAAGCAGCUGUAGUUAUGUGUUUAUUUUUGAGACCCCAUCAUGUGUUCCCCAUUCUAUCUAAUUUCUCUCUUAGCUAUCUGUGCAGUUGCUAGUUAGGCUAUCUCAGUCAUCAUCCUCGAUUAUGAGCAUGAUAAAUAGAGAAUAAUACAUGGGCGCGCGUAGAUAUGAAAUUUCUAUUCGAGUUGAGCACGAGGAGAAAAAUUCCAUAUCUACAAGCAACCAUGUAUUAUUUUGUGUAUAACAAAUAGCCAUUUACUGGGAAGAAAAGCCGACUUCAUUAAUGAAUGAAAAUAAAUGAAUCGACAAUCCUCGAAUAACAAUCGUAGAGUGCGUUGGCGCUGACUCUUAAGAUGGAAAAAUGCGUUGAAUCGGUCGUAAUUUUCAAUUUAAAAAAUUCUCAUUUAUUGACAUUCUCCUUUCCGACGGAAGAAGUCUUUCAGGUAAACGGCCAAAAUCGACCAGUGUCGAUUUUCAUUCUCAGGCGAGAGAAAUGCUGACACCAAAGCUGCUGAAUACGCAACUUUCGGUUCUUCUUUUAGUAUACUGGUUUUCUUCCCCUUCUAGGAAAGUUUGUACCUCAUUGUCUGUCAGCGAUACGGAUUUUUUAGUGUUUUAGCCACCAUAAUUCAAGAAAGCUCUGACAAACAACUUGUAAUGAGAAUUGUGAAGGCUAUGCCGUUCAUUCAUCAACCUGACUGAGUGGCGCCAAAGGCGAGUGACGUAUAAGCAGCUGAUUGGCUAUAUCAACAUACGUGAAAAAAUACGAUAUUUCUUCACGUGUGUUGUUACGGCUUUUCUCAGGGCCGGAAAUCCCUCUAUAACACUGCAGUUUAUGUGAUAAAAGGAGUUAUUCAAGCCGGAAAUGUAGAACUUUGGAGUACUCUCUCAAUGCAAGAUCACUCACCCUGGCCGGUUUCGAUGAACUUGUGGAAACUUGGGAAAAAGUCCUCCAUUGCUUUUGUAAAGUAUAUUUGUUAACAAUACACACGUGUAUAUAACAACACAACCGUGUUUACGCUACAAAUAUAGACUCUCAUCUAAACACUUUUUGGAUCAAUAUCAGUAUCUGGGCCGAAGGCGCUAUGUAACAGAGCCAUUUAAAUUUACGAAAAAACAGCUUAUAUAAAACAGUACCAGUAAACAACCCUUAUGUAAUUCAGGUCAAAUGAAUAGCCUUAUGUAAUAAAUGUUUUUAAAAUGUACGACCUUAAAGUUUGUAAAAAGCACCCGUUAAAUGUUCAUAAAAUGCGACUGUUAAAUGUUCGUAAAAUGCGGCUGUUAAAUGUUCGUAAAAUGCGACUGUUAAAUGCUCGUAAAAUGCGACUGUUAAGUGUUCGUAAAAAUACUUUAAAUGCUCGUAAAAUGCAACUAAAUGUUCGUAAAAUGCGACCGUUAAAUGUUCGUAAAAUGCGACUCUUAAAUGUUCGUAAAAUGCGACUCUUAAAUGUUCGUAAAAUGCGACUUUUAAAUGUUCGUAAAAUGCGACUCUUAAAUGUUCGUAAAAUGCGACUCUUAAAUGUUCGUAAAAUGCGACUAAAUGUUCGUAAAAUGCGACUCUUAAAUGUUCGUAAAAUGCGACUCUUAAAUGUUCGUAAAAUGCGACUCUUAAAUGUUCAUAAAAUGCGACCGUUAAAUGUUCGUAAAAUGCGACUCUUAAAUGUUCGUAAAAUGCGACUCUUAAAUGUUCGUAAAAAUACGUUAAAUGUUUGUAAAAUGCGACUAAAUGGGAUCAAUAUCAGUAUCUGGGCCGAAGGCGCUAUGUAACAGAGCCAUUUUAAUUUACGAAAAAACGGCUUAUAUAAAACAGUACCAGUAAACAACCCUUAUGUAAUAAUGGUCAAAUGAAUGGCCUUAUGUAAUAAAUGCUUUUAAAAUGUACGACCUCAAAGUUCGUAAAAAGCGCCCGUUAAAUGUUCGUAAAAUGCGACUCUUAAAUGUUCGUAAAAAGCGACUCUUAAAUGUUCGUAAAAUGCGACUCUUAAAUGUUCGUAAAAAUACGUGAAAUGUUCGUAAAAUGCGACUAAAUGUUCGUAAAAUGCGACUAAAUGUUCGUAAAAUGCGACUGUUAAAUGUUAGUAAAAUGCGACAGUUAAAUGUUCGUAAAAAUACGUUAAAUGUUCGUAAAAUGGGAUCAAUAUCAGUAUCUGGGCCGAAGGCGCUAUGUAACAGAGCCAUUUAAAUUUACGACAAAACGGCUUAUAUAAAACAGUACCAGUAAACAACCCUUGAUCACGCACUUCAAUUCUUUAAAAAUGCAAGAGUUUUACUUCUGUUUGCCAAUCAAUCCGAAACGUAGACAUCAUAAACCCAGUUGUCUAUAAAACGAAGCCUAUGGACGGAAUGUUAAAUAUAUAUAUACAAUUGCCAACUAUAUAAUACAUUAAUGAAAAGAAGAAAAGGAGACUCGAAAGCGAAAGACUCACGAGGAAAUGUCUGCACUGGUUUUAAAUUUACGUCGUUGAUGUUCUUGACCAACAGAAUAUGCACUAACUAAAUGAACAUAAUUAUAAACUUCUAUCGAGUGUAGACCUUAGGUCAUACCCUUACGAUAAGAAUAUCAGGGCCGAUAUCAGAGAGCUGCGCACUAAUAUCUCAAAUCUCUCUUCCACUUAAUAUAAUAUGUUACAAAUGGUCUGUAAGUUGAGUGCUUCAUCAAACUUUCCUGAUGGACCGAUGCUGUCUUUUGUUACCAAUCUUCCUCGGAGUGUCUUGACAUUGUGCGGAAGAUACUAUGUUGAUGUUGUUGAAUCUGAGUGGUUAAGGAGAUGAAUUGUUUACUCAUACACCGUUGUAGAAGACGACUUUUCCCAGGUAAAUAUAAUCAUAACUGGGUUGAUGUUCGUUCAAUAAUUUCUCUUACUGUUCAUGUUGAGGACUAGCAAAAACCUCGAUCAGAAAUCCAAUUCUAAGAGAAGCAACGAGGGUGUUUGCCACUACAAGUAAUUUCUUUCGUUCUUGCCUUCCAAUAGUUUAUGUUUUGGAUGAGAUAGAGAAAAUGUCGGGACCCAAGAGAUCCAUUAAGAUCACUGAUCACUUUACGUGCAACUCCGCCAAUUAAUUAAGCAAUGUCAUUUACUGCAUAAUUUGAACUUGUUGCAAAAAGUUAUACAUUUGUGAAACAGGAAGAAGACUAGCUGACCGAUUCCGAGAACACCUUCGCCACGUAGAAAGAAAUGACAAGGACGCAUUCAAACCAGUCGCGAGACACUUUAAUCCCCCAAAUCAUUCUGAACAGCAUAUGGCGGUUUGCGGCCUCUUCCUAUAUCUGGGCAGUUCGGAAAGCCGCAAAACUCUGGAGCAAAAAUUUAUCUUCUAAAUCGGCACCCUUAAUCCCCACGGUAUCAACAAACGCUUUUCAUUCAACUAAUUCAUUCUUCCCACCAAUAGCGUAGCUCCAUUUUCUGCAUAUAAACUCACACAAAACCCAAAAUUCCUCCCAUCGCUCUAACGAAGUGCUAACGCUCGAAACGUCAGCCUUUAAACUCUUUACGGUGGCCAAGUUACGUUUUCAACUCAGUCGAUAACACUAAAUUACCCUGUUAUACUCUCCCAUCGACGCAGCACCACAGUUUCUUUAUAAACUAACCCUCUUUAUUCAUUUAUCUUAUAUAUAUUGCGGGAGGCUGUGUGUCAACUUGAGACGUCAUUAAUCAUGGCAGCUCUUGUGGCAAGGUGUUACUUGAUUCGGAUUGGGCUAGUCAGCUUAGAUAAGAAUUGCAACUUUUAUCACAACCAGUUACCAGGAUUGUCAGGGACGAUAACAACAUAGUUCAGUUUCUUCGGUCUGAAUGAAAUAACAGGGUAUUGCUUAAUGUAACUUGAACCUUAAUGUCGCCGCUUUUACAAAAAGAAGCUCGGCUCUUUGCCUCAUCUCAGCUAUCCGUCCCUAGUUAUACUAUGGAAGAACGCAAGAAACUGAUGGCACACAUCAAAAGUGGAAUUAAUUACCUAAGAGGGUAAAAGGAUUAGUACCCACACCUCCCUCGGUCAAUCAACGACACAAGGAGAACCUCAGCGAACGCAAACGCAAAUGCAAAUGCAAAUGCAAGGAAUUGCUCAUGUGAACCACCCCAACGCAAAUGCACAUGCAAACGCAAGCGUCAACGCAAGGAACAAACAAAUUUCCAUUUUCUCGAGCUUGCAUUUGUGUUUGCUUCCCACACGUGAAUCGGCAAAAGAUCAAUCAUUGUCGACCAUCUUGGAAAAAUACUUCUACUACGCUUGCGUAUCUCUCUUUCCUUGCGUUUGCGUUGGACGUGUGAACUCGCUUGCAUUUCUAUUUGCGUUUGCUUUAGCGUUUGCAUUUGCAACGCACGUGUGAACCAGUCUUCAGAACCUUCCAUGGAACGGCUCUUUUCCUCAUUUCAGUUCUCCGUCCCUAAGUAUACUUUGAAAGAACGCAAAAACUGAUGGCACAAAACCUUUUUUAGCGAUACAAAUACUCGCUGCCUGAACACAUCAAAUUCAAGCAUCCUUUCCAACCAUUUAUCCGAGUUAUUCUUAAGUUCCAAAGUGGCACAUCUUCUUGAGCCAGUAUUUGCGUUCGCUUCCCACACGUGUGAAUCGGCAAAAGCUCAAUCCUUGUCGGCCAUCUUCGAAAAAUACUUUUACUGCGCUUGUGUAUCUCUCUUUCCUUGCAUUACGUUGGACGUGUCAACUCGCUUCCAUUUCCAUUUGCGUUUGCGUUUGCAUUUGCAUCGCACGUGUGAACCAGUCUUCAGAACCUUCCAUGGAAUGACAUACUUACAAUUACAGAACUGAAUACGUUUUCAACUGAAAAUUGGCAAUGUUUUUUAUAUGAUAAGCCGUUUUGUCUUCAUUUCAUAAAAAAGGAUAAAUAAAAUAAAAUUUCGGCGUUUUGGGACUCUUUUGUUCUCACUGGUAGAUAAACUGAGAAUAUUACUCGGUGGCGAGAAGAUAUCUUGGUUUUCUCGUUCUCAUGUUGUUGGAGAAAUGCCGAUUUACAUCUUCGUCGCUUACCAUAAUGAAUCUUGCUGCCAAUUAAUAUUCCAAACCACAAACAAACCAAGUUCAUUCAGCAAAGUUUAAACAGGCCCGAAUCGUGUGGUCGUUGCUCAAUAUCACCACACCACGUGUUACAAAAUGAAAAUGAUUAUGCCUCUCGAUUCCUGGAUGUGGUGGUCGUACUAAUACCAUUAGUGUGGGCGUCAGUGUUUUAUUUCCCGGUAAAACACUCCCGUCCAUAUGAAAACUGUGGUUAUUCCAGAGGUUGUAAAUACGAUUUUGAAUUUUUUUACUCACACAUUUUUGCAUUGCUUUCCUUUGCGCAUAGUGCUUUUCAAUAAAACAAACAAAAAAUUUUUUUCCAUGUUCACACAGCCUCCUCAGUAUAUGUGGGUGAGGGAGGGGGUGGGCGAGUCCCUCUAAGUUAUUCAUCUCGGAUUUGUUAAAAUUUCAUAUUUAUUUUGAUUCAAGUCAAGCUGUUAUGCCAAUGAUCACAAUGUUGGGCCUAUAAAAAGUUGAUUAAACUGUUUCUAUUUAAAGGCAAAACUAUACUGUAUCAAAGACCUGUUCGUAUGCCACCAGCGUAUUUUUUUACAAGUGAUAAGAUUUUAAUGGAAACCAAAACAAAAAAUGGAAAUGCUAGUAGUUUUCUUACCUUUAAUCUACACUCUUCUAAGGUUACGAAGUGGUAGGUUUGCUGGGGCGUUAGAAAUGUCUGGGUUCCUGUAAACUAGCUGUAAUAAACCUUCUCUGAAUCCUGGCAUCCGAAGAGCGUAAAUUAUAGGAUUUACAAGUGAGUUAGCUAGAAAUAGAACUAACAUAACCAGAUAAAUAUGAAAAUUCGCGAAAGAAGAAAAGGAAAGGCCAACACAUGCUAAAUAUAUUAUCAAUGGUAGAAAACAAAGUAACGAUACAAGUGAGACGGUAAGCGCAGUACCCGUCAGUUUUCUUUCUCUUUUGGACCUGGAACGGAAUUGAGGAUGACGACUACAUCGUACUUUGAUGGUAAUGAGGAUGUAUGAUACACAGAUAACAAAUAACGAAACUGCAUAAAAUAGGAUAUACAAGUAAGUAUGAAUUACCUCAAAAUAACCAAUUUCCCAUAAGAAAAUUUGAGCGACCUCUCUAACAAUAGCUAUUAACCAAAUGACAAUAAUUAUGGCUCUAUAAACUCAUUUCCUCAUAGAGCGAUGCCUGAAUGGACAGAAUGUUGCGUGUAGCCGUUCUAAGGAAACGGCAAUAAGAUUUGUAAGGGAAGUGAACGAGAAUAAAUUUACAAAUGCAAAAGAUAAAUGAUAAGACCAACUAGUCAUUCGUCUGAUCUUCCAUAGAGGACAGAACCACGCUAUCCUUUCUUCAAUGUUUAGUGGCCCAGAGACUGCGCCUACUAAGAGAUCGACUAUCGCCAGAUGGAUGAUCAAAUAUGUACUCCGCCGCUGUAGCCGACACUUCUUCUUCACAAAAACAACAAUGGUGAUGAUAUUGAGGAUGACAAUGGCCAGACAUUCGAUGAUGAGGACCACAAGCCAUGGAAUGCACUCUGAAGCUGAGCAGAAAGGCUGCAUUUUCUCUGAGCUCUGUUAGCUGCUUUAAAAAUAACAGAAAACACUGCAAUUGGAGAUAAAAUGAAAUAAGAAUUCAAUAUUCUCGAAAAAGAAAUAUGUAAAUUAUUGCUUUUUAUGUUUUUUUAACAUGUUUUGACCAACUGAGCUUCGUCUGUUACUAAAACUGAUCCUCGUAUUUCUUUUUGCGACAUUCAUAUCCGGAAAUUUAAUCAUUCGGCUUAUUCAUUUUUUUUCUUUCGAAAAAGACGAAUAUAAUAAUAUAGAACUUUUUCGAUGUUCACUGAAUAAGCUAAAAACUUUGCCAUUAAUGAUCUCAAUUGUUUAAAGGAAAUUCAUAGCCUCCAAAGACAGAUGGCAACAAAAAAUUAACAGAUCUUCCGGAAAUAUAGUAGAAACACCUGCUCCUCUUCUCGGUGCCGCUAUUUGAAAUACGGUUAUUGUUACUACCGCCUUGAAAAUUUCAAAGACAAAUUAACCAUAGGUACGGUGAAAUAUAACGAACAUUUUUAAAACCAAAAACAUCUCUUAUGUUUUAUUUUCUACCCCCAGAAGUUUAGUCAUAGUCUUUUCUCGCUUCGGAUAAAUGUCUUCCCUUGUCAAUAUCAUAAGCAACGAGCUUUAGAAAGAUAUCUUUUUCGUCGCGUUACGAUUAUUAAGAUUAUCAAUGACUCAUUUCUCUCCAUAUUGAUUCAGUUUUCCUCAUCUCAUCGAAGGCAGAAUUUGCAAACGAAUCUUAAGAAUAUUUUGAACUUACCUCACUGAUAACGAAAGUGUUUCUAUCCUUUUAACGAGCUGAGCUUAAGUCAAAUGCGGAAAGGGCGUUUUUCAAAUAGAAAAGAAAGCAGCAUGCUGAGGAAGAAUGCAACGCAGACUAAACUUAUCAUUAUUAUAACUCCAAUUUUCUUUUUCUGCAUGAUUGACAGAUAACAGCUGAAAGGUAAACGACAUUUUUAGUGCAGCAAAACAAGAAUCACAGAUAGAAGCGUCCGCCUAAACUCCGCGAUUGUUAGUGUGAUUUAAGCCCUGUAUCGUAGCAAAUCCACAAACAAUACAGCUGAAAAUAGAGAAUCAACAUAAGCAGAGAUGAAUAGUUUGUAAAAUCCUUGAGUGGAGGUUUUUAAGCUUUUGGUUUUUACGGGAAAAGUUAUAUCAUUGAAGCAGGCAAGUUUACUGCCUUUGAACAAUUUGCUAGAAAUAAGAGGUCCAUUUGUUAUUUGUUUUUUCCUUUCAAAUGAGUUUGAAAACUUGGCUCCACUCUCAUGUUAACAAAGUGAUGAUAAGACACGUUGAUUGUCCUACUGGCGUCUUAUUAUCUUAUGAGGCAAAUAAAGUGAAUUUGGAUUGAACUUUAUAGCUUUUAAGAAAAAUUUUAAUUGCAAGGAUGACUGCCUAUAAUUGUUAGGACCUGAAAUUUCCAUGACAAUGGAAAUAAUAAUUAAAUAUACGAGAAGUUUAUUGCAGGUUAGUCUUUAAUUAGCUCAGUUGGAGUACUGCAUAUCCCCUGACAGUUCCACUGAUAAUUGAGACGUUUUUGGCUCCGGUGACGUCCUGUUACCUCACAGAAGGAUCGCUAGGAUAACAUACUCGUUUUCCUCCUUUCUUUCUAUUUUUAAUUCUCAUUUGUAGUUGUCUAGGUUUGUUUAUUCUUUGUUUCUGUUUUGUUUUGUUGUGCUUUUUUUUCUGUCUUCAUAAGUUGGUGGAUCGCUGAUGAAACGAAGUGAAUAUAUCAGUGAGUCAAUAAACACAGGAAAUUGAAAAGGUCACUCAUAGGAACUCUUAAGACCUGUAAUUUUCAAAAUGAAUAGGGAAACUUCAGUUAAUUAUGGUCCACAAAAUUUUCCCUUUUUCCUUUAAAAACUACUUUGGUCGAUUUUACUUAUUUUAUGUUUGCACUGAACUGGUCAUUUUCUUUAAAAAUAAUCUUUUCUUGAAAACCCAAUUCCUUAUUAUAUUCAGUUCAAGGAAUUGCCCAUCCUAAUUCAAGUUAUUAAUUACAGCUUUGGAUUAUAUUUCCAAUCAAGUAUUCGUAAGAUAACUGCGUAAAAGUUUUAUCAACAGAAAUCUUUAAAGCGAUGGUAAAGACCGUGCAUCUUUUAACAUUUAGUUAUAUAAAGACUGCGUUGUUGAAAGUUGGUAAUAAUUUCUUAAUUAAAGACUUUAUUUUCUUACAAGGUAGGCCAUAAGUAGAGCAAACAUACUGAACAAGAUCUCAAAAGAAUAAUCAUAAAUUAAUCAGUCUUAUUUUUUUUAUGUUAUAUCAUAUUUUAAGUUAAAAACUAUUUUCAUAAAUAAGACAUUAAUUGGCAGCCUUGCGUUUCACCGUCUCACAGGCGGGAUCGUAAAGGAUGUAAUUGGAGCAUGUUAAGUUGAGUGCAACUGAAACGAAAUUUUGGAUAGAAGCAUACACCUGUAUUGCGUUAAUUUGGACUAAGUCCUUUACUUUGUUAUAGUCAAACUGCAAAAUGCUAUCGGAGAUGAGCUAUUUCCUAGAUAAUAGAGUUGAAUUUUUUAAAAGGUGUCGGUUAGUAACUGAGAAUAUAAAACAUUAAAGGGGAAAAUGAUAGGUUAAUUUAGCCAUCAUCGUCGAUUAUUUUCCGUUCCACUCUAAGCCCAUUAACCGAAGCAACUGUAUCUUUGUUUAGUUUCUAGAAGCGACAAAAUGCAUUAAUUUCCAUUUUAAUCAUUUAGAUGUUUGUACCGUUUCUAUUCUCAGUCAACUCUCAUAUGAGUCUCCUCGUCUACACUCGGCCAGAAUUUCGAUGCCAGGAUUCAAAGACUGGUCAGAGUGUAUCAAGUGACCUAUCUGCAUAUCCAGAUCAUAUAAUAUCCAAAGUCAACACGCGUUAUUCAAAGCAUAGGGUUUUUAGGGGUUUUUGGCUCCCAUAGUCUUUGUUUUGUUUGAGAAUAUUUUGUCCUGGAGUUUUUGCGUUCAUUAACAUAAUUUACAUAGACGAAUCCAAACUUUUGAAGACUGUAUUUUCAACGUAUGGAAAUAUAUACAUAGGGGGGAGCAUGAUAAAAGGAGUUAUUUAAACUGGAGGUACUGUUUUAGGAGCACCUCUAUUAAAGGAUGAAAGAAUUGAACAAACAGGCAAAGGUAAACAGGUGGUGGAUCCAGAUCCUCACAAAAUAUACAGCCGUGGGAAGGAAAGGCAAGGGACGAGUUCUGAGCCUGACACUGACAGUAAUGAAUCAGCACAGUUUCCCAGCUCUGGAUGGAAAACUGUGGGGAAAAUGUUGUCUUUAUCGCAAUGCCCAAUUUAUAGUUCCAUCAAUCUAGGGAGAGAAGAGAUUUAUUUGUAGGCAACUCAUGGAUUAAAUAAUUAAUUCAUACCACACUUGAAUGUGAUCGUCACAUUAAUAUCAUGUCAGCCACAUCUGGUUUACAAUUCCCAUUCGAUGUAGUGGAACAGCUCUUUACCACAUGUGUAAAUUCUUAAUCUUGUGGAUGGCACGUUCAACAUGUAUCCAAAAGCUUGCGAUUUCCUAUGUUUUUCUACAUCUACACCCAUCUGUGUGGAAGAUGCUCCAAGAAAGGGUGGCAAAUUUAAAUUAACUCUCAAAGGCAACAAAUCCUGAAUUGUGAAUCCUUUAUUUGCCAUAAUGCAGUCUUGGUCAUCAAAUGGUAGAUUUAAAAAUCCACUCCUUUUGACAAUUUCUCGAUCAGAGAUAGAACCUGUAUAAAGUUCACUAGUAAAUGUCACUGCUCCACCUGGAGAAAUACCAACCAGACCUUUCAAAGUUGUGUGAUUUUUGUAGGUACUGAAAAGUUCUCCAUUCAACUGCAAGCUGCUUGGCAUUUAACAUCCAACCUUAACACGGUCAAUAUAAUGACUCGAGUAGAUUUGUACUUUCCUUUAAAAUAUUUGGGCAUUGUAUUAUCGAUUACUUUUCUGCUGGGCCAAUUGUUUAUUUGUCCAAACUUAAAGAUCAUAAAAUUGGCCCAUGCAACAAAUAUUCUUCUAACUGUGGAUGCUAAUACAUGAAACAAUGGAGCUAGAUGGUUCUCCAGGAAUCCUUGCCUUGGUCUACACAUGACCAUAAAAAUUCAUCGAGGGGCCUUAAAGAUCUAGCUUUCCCCUUUUUUUUCAAUAGUUCGUCCUCACUGUAAUCAGACUUAUUGUUGUUCUCAGUUUUUGAACGCCAAUAGUAAAUGUUCUUAACCUGUUUCCCCAGGAUCAAUAUGCUUAAAAACAGACAUUAAAGUGUCCUAGCUUUGAAAGCCAAUACAAAAAGCAGCAUUGAAAUCUUUUGACUUACAGUUUCAAAACAAUCUUUUAUCAGGAGCAUCACUUUGCCGCUGGGUAUCUUGCAGUUGGCGUUAAAGUUCCUCAAUUUGCUGUUCGAGUCUAUAAAUCUUCUUGUUAUUGUUGUCAAUAAUUUCCCUCGAGUCAGGUAGGCCUCCUGGUCGGUUAAAAGGGUUUGUGUUUCGUCUUCGACUUAUAAGCUACAAUCUGGUAGAUCUGGGACCAUUUCGUUUAAUUAUUCGUUUGAUGAUUCUUCAACAACAACGGCUGAAGACGAUUUCCGUGAUGCACUUUGUGAGACUUUCUUUUGCGAGGUGAUGUUCGAGUCCAUGGAAACACAGAAGGGACAACUUCAUUUCUUAAUUCAUUCUUGUCAACGAGACAUUUUUUAAUGUCACCUUCCCUGAAAUGCUGGGAGCAUAUCUUUGUAUUUUCAGUUACCUUGAAGUGCUUUCCUUCGUCUCUUCAUAUCGCGCAAAGAUAUUUCUUCCUCAUCGGAUUCUCGGUCUAAAAUUUAAAAUAAGACACUUUUGUCCCAUCGUCUUUACGGUAUCCUUUCUUCGCACAUUCUGGAACACGACAGUGAGUACACAUUUCCUCUUCUUGAAAAUAAUUCGGCCGAAUCGAGUCAAAAUGGAUGACCUACCCAACUUAAAUUGAUCUUUUGUUAACAGCUGUUAUCCUUAAGCAUAGCCUUUCUGACCUCGAUUUCAUAUUUAAGGUAUACCAGUCCCGCGCACCGUCAGCCAUUAUGAAAGUCGUGUAUAGGUUUAAAAAGGUUUCCGAAUGGCAAGAACAAUAUCUAAUGAGUGAGCGCAGCAAACGAGUGAGAUAUUACUCAAAUCACGAGAACAUCAAAUUCAUAUCUUUGAACAUGUAAUUUUCAUUUUAUCAUAUGAACAAUAAAUAUAUACGUGGUUGAGAUUGUAAACCUGGCUUUAAUACUAAUACUGGGUAUAAGUAGAAACAAACUUUCCCGUGUCUAAUUAUAAAAAGGUUUCAAAAUAACACUUUCAGUUAGGCCAAAAUACAUGUGAGCUGGUUUUAUAAGCUUAAUUAAAAUUCCAUCACUGACUCUGAAUAAAAUCAUCAGAUACUUCUAUUUUCAGCCUCUCCUCACUACAAACCUUUGAAGGCUGUUCAGUACGGACAGAUGAAAGAUUGACCUUUGAUUAGUGGCGGCUUUCGGAAAAUUCAAAUCUUGGCUUUCUCGUUCCCUUGUUGUUCGAGAAAUGCGUUUACAUCUUCGUCGCUUACCACAACGAAUCUUGCCGCCAAUUAAUAUUCCGAACGACAAACAAACAAUAUUCACUCCGCAAAGUUCAAAGAGACUCAAAUCCUGACAUCGUUGUUCAAUAUCACCAGGCCACGUAUUACAUACAAAAAGUACGCCACUCGGUUCCGGAUGUAGGGGUCGUAUUGAUAUUAGAGUGUACACGCUAGUGUUUCAGUUGCCGUUAAAACACUCCCGUCCAUAUGAUAGCUGUGGUUACCCAAGAGGUUAUAAAUACGAUUUCGACUUUUUUACUCGCGCACAUUUUUGCAUUGCCUUGCUUUGCGCAAAGUGCUUUUCACGUAGGCAGUAGAAGACUGUUUAAUGUUCACGCAGCCUCCUUAACAUUUGGGGGUGGGGGAGGAGGUGGAAGAGUCCCUCUAAGUUACUCAUCCCGGGCUUGUUAAGAGUCGCAUUUAUUUUGGUUCAGGUCAAGCUGUCAUGCAAAUGUAUCCUGUUUUUAUUCAAAGGAAAAACUAUACUGAAUCAAUUAUCUGCUCGUAUAUCACCUGUGUAGUUUUUCUUAUUCAUGUUAAGAUUUUAAUAGGAACCAUAACAUACGAUGGAAAUGCAUAUUUCUCGACUAAGAAACUAAAGUUAUUUAGAAGCAAACUUCAUCAACAGUUUUCCUACCAUUUAUCUACGCUCUCCCAAGGUUACGAAGUAGCAGGUUUGCUGGGGCGUCAGAAAGGUCUUGGACCCUGUAAAAUAGCUGUAAUAAACCUUCUCUGAGUCCUGGCAUGCGAAGAGCGUAAAUUAUAAGAUUUACAAGUGAAUUAGCUAAAAAGAGAACUAACACAGCUAUUUAAAUAUGAAAAUUUCUGAAACAAGUGAAGGAAACGCAAAAGACAUCAGACAUCAUGGUAGAAAACAAAGUAACGAUAUAGGUGAGGCGAUAAGCGCAGUACCCGUCAGUUUUCUUUCUCUUUUGGAUCUAGAAUGGAAUUGAUGAUGACGACUACAUCGUACUUUGAUGGUAAUGAGGAUGUAAGAUACACAGAUAAUAAAUAGAGAAACGGCAUAAAAUAGGAUAUACAAGUAAGUAUCAAUUACAGCUCGAUCUGCAAUUCCCUUUAAGAAAAUUUGAGCGACCUCUCUAACAAUAGCUAUUAACCAAAUGACAGCAAUUAUGGCUCUAUGAACCAUUCCCUCUCAAAGCGAUGCCUGAAUAGACAAAAUGUUGCGCGUAGCCGUUCAAAGGAAAUAGCCAUAAGAUUUGUUAGGGAAGUGAACGAGAAAAAAUAUACAAAUGCAAAAGAUAAAUGCUGAGACGAAAUAGUCUUUUGUCUGUAAUUCCAUAGAGUACAGAACUGCAACAUUUCUAUUUAAAUCUGUAGCGGCCCAGAGACUACGCCCACUAAGAGAUCGAAUAUCGCCAGAUGGAUGAUCAAAUAUGUGCUCUGCCACCAUAGCUGACGCUUCCUCUUCACAAAAACAACAAUGGUGAUGAUAUUAAGGAUGACUAUGGCCAGACACUCGAUAAUGAGGACCACAAGCCAUGGGAUACACUGCGAAGCUGAGUAGAGAUGCUGCAUUUUCUCUGAGCUCUGUUGGCUGCUAUGAAAGUAAUAGAAAACAGUUCAAUUAGAGAUAAAAUGAAAUAUGGAUUCAAUUUUCUCAAUAAAGAUAUAUGUCAAAUAUUGCUUUUUACAUUUUUUCAAUGUGUUUUGACCAACUAAGUUUCGUCCAUUGACUUAAACUGAUCCUCGUGUUUCUUUAUGCGAGAUUUAUGUCUAAAAAUUUAAUCAUUCAGCCUUCAAUAAAGGUGAAUUUAAUAAUAUAGAACUUUUUCGGAGUUCACUGAAUAAGUGGAAAGCUUUGUCACUAGUGAUCUUAAUUGCUUGAAGGAAAUGUAUGGCCUUCAAAACAAGAUAGCAACAAAAAAUUCUGAAACUGAUCUGCCAGAAUACAGUAGAUAGAGCUGCUCCUCUUCUCGGAGCUGUUAUUAGAAAUACGGUAGAUGUUGUUUCCGCUUUGAAAAUUUCAAACACAAAUUAACUGUUGGUAAGGUGAAACAUGACUAACAUUUUAAAAAAAAAACAUCUCUUAUGUUUUAUUUCCACACCCAGAAGUUUAAUCAUUGUCCUUUCUCGCUUCGGAUAAAUUUCUUCCUUUGUCAGUAUCAUAAGCAUCAAACUAGAGAAAGAUAUCUUUUUAGUCGCGUAUCGAUUAUUAAGAUUAUCAAUGACAUAUUUCUGUCCAUAUUGAUUCAGUUUUGCUCAUCUCACCAAAGGUAGAAUUUGCAAACAUAUCUUAAGAAUAUUUUGAACUUACCUCACUGAUAACGAAAGUGUUUCUAUCCCUUCACGAAUUGAGUUUGAGUCAAAAGCUGAAAGGGCGGUUUUCAAAUAGAAAAGAAAGCAGCAUGCUGAGGAAGAGUGCAAUGCAGACUAAACUUAUCACUUUUAGAACUCCAAUUUAGUUUUCCAAAUGAUUGACAAAUAGUAGCUUAAAGGAAAACGACAUUUUUAGUGCAGCUACACAAGAAUUACAGAUAAAAGCUUCUGCCUAAACUCCGCCACUGCCAGUGUGAUUAAGGUCCUGUAUCGUCGUAAGUUCACCCACUAAACAGCUGAAUAUAGAGAAUAAACAUAGGCACAUCAAACUAAAGAAAAGGAAUAGUUUCUAAAACCCCCGAAUGGAGGUUUGAAAGUUUUUAGUUUUCCUGGGAGAAGUUGCAUCAUUGAACCAAGCAAGUUAACUGGCUUUGUUAGAAAGAAGAGAUCCAUCUAAAUUGGCAAUUUUAUUUUCUUUUCAUAGGAGUUUAGGGAAACUCGAGAGAAGUCAUAAACUAUGGUGGCUCUUGUGGCAAGGUGUGUAACUUGAUUCGCACUGCGAAAGUCAGAUAUAGAAAUAGAGGUGACAAUUUUAUUGCGAUUAAUCACCAAUUAAGAUAGUCGGUGACCAUAGCAACAGAAUUAUAUUUUCUACCUUUUUCUUGUGCUUUGAUUCAUUUUCACGUUCCUUUUUUUGGUGUAAUACAUAUCCAUAAGUUUAAUAAUUCAGUCUCCCUCUUUCUUUUUGUAACAAAUUUCUCCUUUUUCUCACAGUAAAACAUUCUUUUCAUAUACUCUGAAUAACCAAAAGCCUUCAUACAAGAGAUCUCAAUGCUUAAAGGAACAUACUAAAAUUCCGAAAUUUUCCACAUCCAUGUAAAAGAUUGUAGAUGGGCGUGAAUAUGAUAACUAAGAUGGCGAGUGGGGAUCUCAGGCUUACAAAGGAUUUCCAUAACUUCUCUCCACCCAUUUUAACUCGCUUUACCUCAUCUUACCCAAGUUAGAGUUUGUAAGCGAAUCAAAUCUUACGGCCAUACCUCAAUGAUAACAAAGAACUUCGUAUCCUCUAAAAAACAAUCUAAAGUCAAAUUUGACGAAAGGUGUUUUUUCGAAUGAAUAAGAAAACAAUAAGCCAACGAAUAGAGGAAGAGAAUAAACACAGCACUAUCAAGACUCGAAAUUAGUUUUCCAAAUGUCUGACGUAUGAUAUCUAAAUGUCGAAAGACGUAAGCUUCGUCUGGGGAAUCAAUAUAAUAUCAAUAUAAUAUCAAAUAAAUGGAGAUGAAUAGUUUCUAGAAACCUGAAAUGGAGUUUUAAAAGCUUUUGACGUGUACAGGAGAAGUAACAUCACUGAAGAAGGCAAUUUAACUCGCCGAGAAACCAUUUCAAAAUUGAAAUACGAGACAUUUAUUUAAUGCUGUUUAUUACGAUGCACAUUUUUUUUCCUUAAAAAAAAUGUUCUUUAGUCAAUUUUAAUGAUAUAAUGAUAAUAUGUCUGCACUGAACUAGUAAUUUUCUUUUAAAGGUCCUAUGAACAGAAAUCUUUGUAGCGAUGGUAAAUACUGUGCAUCUUUUAACGUGUAGUUAUAUAGAGAUUGCGUCGUUAAAAGUUGGCAAUAAUUUUUUAAUUAAAGACUUUAUUUUCUUACAAGGUAGGUCAUAAGUAAAGCAAACGUACGGGACAGGGCCUCAAAAGAAUAAUCAUAAAUUAGACAGUCUUAUUUUUUGUUGUAAUAGCAUAUCUUAAAUUAAAAACUAUUUUCAUGAAUAAGGCAUUAUGAAGACAUGCGUUUCACUGUCCUACAGGCGGGAUUGUAAAGGAGGUAAUUGGAGCAUGUUAAGUUGAGUGCAACUGAAACGAAAUUUUGGAUAGAAGCAUACACCUGCAUUGCGUUAAUUUGGACUAAUUCCUUUACUUUAUCAUAAUAAAACAGUAAAAUGCUAUCGGAGAUGAGCUAUUUCCUAGAUCAUAGAGUUGAAUUUUUUAAAAACUGUCGGUCAGAGAAUAUCUAACAUCAAAGGGGAAAAAUUAUAGGUUAAUUCAGUCACCAUCUCCGAUUUUUUUUUGUUCCACUACAAGAGAAAUAAAACCCUUUGGGAGCCCAUUAACUGUCGCACUUGUAUCGUUGGUUAGAUUCUAUAAGCGACAAAAUGUAUUGCUUUUCAUUUUAGUCGCUUGCAUGUUUGUGCCGUUUCUAUUCUUAGUCAACUCUCAUAUGAGUCAUCUCGUCCACGCUCGGUCAGGAUUCAAUUCAGGGACUGGAGCGUAUCGCGUAACCAUUUUGCAUAUCCCAGAUCAAAUAAAAAACUUACAGUCAACAUGCGAUAUUCAAAGCAUAGGGUUUAAAGAUGUUUUUGGCUCCUACAGUCUUUGUUUAAGACCAUUUUGUCGCAGAGUUUUUUGCGUUCAUUUACAUAAUUUAUAUAAACGAAUCAAAACUUUUGAAGGCUGUAUUUUAAACGUGUGGAAAUGUAUACAUAAGGAGGCAAUUCAAGUGAAGAAUUAUUUUCAAAUCGCGUUACUUGCACUCGAAUGGGGUGGGGGUCAAUGAGAAUCUUCCAUACACAAUGUUGUCACAUGAUACUACGAUAGUUUUGAGAGUCACACAUUUAACUCACAUUCACUCUGCAAUCAGCUGAUUUAAUUAUUUCGUGUUGUGUUUCUGUUGUUUUAAAAUACAAAAUCAAUACUCGACAAAAAAAUUACCUUGGCUUCUCGCUCUCUAAACCAUUCCAGUAUUCUUUGAUCGAGCUCCGGAUACUUCGACGUAAAGCAUCCCAUCGUCUUCCGUUUCGCUGACAAUUUAAUCUCGUCAUUAAAAAGGUUCGCUUGAUCUUUCCUCCAGCGACGGACCAUGGACUCACUGAUGCCAUACUCUCUGGUGAUUUCAGAGUUAUUUUGAAAUGUUUCUGCUUCGACGACUAUUUUAAGUUAACACGAGGUUGUAUGACGUGCGACAAGCCUUGGGCAUGAUGACAGCUUAACUUGAAAUAAACGAUUGCAAACACAAGAUUGUUUGAUAGACACUACGGAAGUUAGGUACAAGUGAUGCCGUUCAACAACACAGUUAGUUUUAAAUUGAUAUUUUGGAUCACAUUACUUCAUCCGAGUUACGAUUCGUUACUUUUCAAUUGAAUAGUUAGUUACGGGUAAUAUUUAUUAAUUCGCGUGUGUUUUCUGAGAGAGACGUUUUUCUGUCCUUUGCAUAUUAAAUCACCAUUGUAUCCCUUGUACACGCGCGUGUGUGUUAUCGUCUAGGUUUCAUUUAUGACCAUGAAUGUAAUUUUUUCUAAGAAAAUGUUAAGUUUUCCCGUAGUUAACAAUUCAGUCUUGUAAUGAUGAAUGCGUCUCGGCUUAUGGCCGGGUGUUUUCGAUUUAUUUUUGGUUGUCGUUAUGCUGAGUCUUCACGCGUACAAAGUUUGGGGUCUGGGCUUAUAGUAGAAUAAAUACGGUGUGUGGACCUCGGGAAAAAGUCCCUUGUUGCUUUUGUAAAGUAUAUUUCUCAAAAAUACACGCGUGUUGGGAACGUCACAACCGUGUUUAGAUUGUAAACAUAGACUCUCAUCUAAACACUUUUAUUGAUCACGCACUUCAAUCUGAAAUAUUCUUACUUCUGUUUGCCAACUAGUCCGAAAUGUAGACAUCAUAAACCCAAUUGUCCAUGAAACGAAGCCUGGACGGAAUUUUUCUUGAAGCCUUUCUUGUGAAAUGUACAGAAAGACUUUAAUUUCGGCAAGAAAAUUUGCUCUUUUUAUCAACAUUGCUUUUCUUUACUCUCUCAGUGUUCAUAUCGAGGACUAGCGAAAACCUGGAUCAGAAAUCUAAUAAUAAGGGAAGCAACAAAGGUGUUUGCCACUACAAGUAAUUCUUUCACUUUUGCCCUCCAACAGUUUAUGUUUUGAAUGAGAUAUUUGCUUCGUUUUACGCUGCUUGUGAUUCAGCGUACGGUGAGGGAUUUAUUUAACUUUAUAAGCAAACAAACUAAACGUUAUAUUAAAUGUUUCGCUUCGUCGCGCAAAUGAAACUGCUACGGAUGCUACAUCGCUAAGUUUUUAAUUCGAUUCAUCGUUAUGGAUACUAGUGAUGUAUCUCAUCUAUAUUUCAGGAGUUUGUGCGUCAACUUCAGAAGUUAUUUAUUAUGGCGGCUUUUGCGGUCAGGUGUUACUUGAUUCGGAUUGGGCUAGUCAGCUUAGAUCAGUAUUGCAAUUUUUGUCACAAGCACUUAGUACCAGGAUUGUCAGUGGCGAUAACAACAGAGUUCAGUUUCCUCGGUUUGAAUAAAGUAACAGGGUAUUGUUUUAUGUAAGCUGAACCUUUUUGUUGCUGUUAUUGCGAAAAAGAAGCUUGGCCCUUUUCCUAGUUUCAGCUAUUCGUUCCUUGUUAUGAUUUAAAAGAACGCAAAAUCUGAUGGCACAAGCUCUUUUUUAGCAAAUUAAAUACUCGCUCCCUGAACGUAUUCAAAUUCAAGCUUCCUUCCUACUUUACAACCAUUUAUCCGAGAUGUUCUUAAGUUCCAAAGUGGCACAUCGACUUAGGCUAUUACACGAUUUGAAGUACGUGUAAUGUUUGUAGUAGGCCGACUUUGAAAAGUCGACUAUAAUUCCCUAAGAGUGUAAUAAGAUUAGUACCCACACCUCCCUCGGUCAAUCAAUAACACAAGGAGAACCUCAGCAAACGCAAACGCAAAUGCAAAUGCAAAGAAUUGCACGUGUGAACCACCCCAACGCUAAUGCAAAUGCAAACGCAAGCUUGAACGCUGGUAAUGAACAACUCUUCAUUUUCUUGAGCUUGCAUUUGCGUUUGCUUCCUACACGUGUGAAUCGGCAAAAGCUCAAUCGUUGUCGGCCAUCUUGAAAAAAUACUUCGACUGCGCUUCCGUAUCUCUCUUUCUUUGCGUUUGCGUUGGACGUGUGAACUCGCUUGCAUUUCCAUUUGCGUUUGCGUUUGCAUUUGCAUUGCAUGUAUGAACCAUGGAAUGACAUGAUUGUAAUUACAGAGCUGAAUACGUUUUCAAUCUGACAGUUGGCAAUAUUUCUUCUUUGUUGAGCCGUUCCGUUUUCAUUUUACGACAUUCUACCAUUCUCCAUAAAAAAUGGUAAGUAGAAUAAAAGGUCUGCAUUUUGGACUCUUUUGCUAACAAAAAAAUACCUUACCGAGAGUUUGCGACUAUGCUACGUGUUUCUCCCAACACUUCUUUCGUGCUCUAGCCGCUUCCUGCAUGCUUUACAACAGAACUGAGAACAGUCAGUUCUCUAUUUGUUACGUGGUUGAGAUUGUAAACCUGAGUAUUAAUAGAAACAAAAUUUCUGAUGCUUAAAUUAUAAAAAGGCUCAACAAUAACACCUUCAGUUAAACCAAGAUGUAUGUUCACUAGUCUUAUAAGCUUAAUGAAACUUCGAUUACUAACUCUGACUAAAAUCAUCCGAUACUUUUAUUUUCAGCCUCUUUUUAUUACGAACCUUUGAAGGCUGUUCAGCAAGGACACAUGAAAAGUUGACCUUCGUUUAGUAGCAACUUUCGACAAAUUCCUUGAAAAUCUUGGUUUUCUCGUUGCUCCAUAUCACCAUACCACGUGUUACAUACAAGAAAUACGCCACUCGGCUCCUGGACGUGGUAAUCGUAUUGAUACUACGAGUGUGUGCGUGACAGUUUAAGUUCCCGGUAAAACGCUCCCGUCCAUAUACCAGCUGUGGUUGUUCAAGCGGUUUAAUUCGCGCACAUUUUUGCUUUGCUUUGCGCAUAACGCUUUUCCAUAAAGCAAUAGAAAACUUUUUCCAUCUUCACGCAGUCUCAUCAACAUAUGGGGUGUUGAGGCAGGGGUAAGAAAGUCACUCUAAGUUAUUCAUCCAGGGUUUGUUAAAACUCGCGUUUAUUUUGGUAAAGUCAAGCUGUCAUGAAAAUGAUCACAACGUAGAGUAAGUUGAGUAAACUUUUUUUAUUCACAGGCAAAACUAUACUGUAUCGAUUAUCUGUUCGUAUAUCACCAGCGUAUUUUUUCGGACUCAUGUUAAGAAUUUAAUGGAAACCAAAAAAUGAAAUAGAAAUGCAUGUUACUCGGUUAAGAAGUUAAAGUUAUUUAAAGGACAAACUUCAUCAAUAGUUUUGCAUUUGUCUACGCUCUCUAAAGGUUACGAAGAGGCAGGUUUGUUGGGGCGAUACGAGAAAGGUUAGGGACCCUGUAAACUAGUUGUAAUAAACCUUCUCUGAAUCCUGGCAUCCGAAGAGAGUAAAUUAUAGGAUUUACAAGUGAAUUGCCUAAAAAUAAAACUAACACAGCCAUAUAAAUAUGAAAAUUCAUAAAACGAGUGAAGGAAAGGUGAAGACACGCUAGAUAUAUCAUUGCUGGUAGAAAACAAAGUAAAGAUACAAGUGAGACGAUAAGCGCAGUAACCGUCAGUUUUCUUUCUCUUUUGGACCUAGAAUGGAAUUGAGGAUGACGACUACAUCGUACUUUGAUAACAAUGAGAAUGUAAGAUACACAGAUAACAAUUAGAGAAACUGCAUAAAACAGGAUAUACAAGUAAAUAUCAAUUACCAUUAGAUCAACAAUUUCCAAUAAGAAAAUUUGAGCGGUUUCUCUAACAAUAGCUAUUAACCAAAUGAAAAUAAUUAUGGCUCUAUAAGCCCAUUUACUCACAAAGCGAUGCCUGAAUGGACAAAAUGUUGCGUGUAGCCGUUCUAUGGAAAUAGCCAUCAGAUUUGUAAGGGAAGUGAACAAGAAUAAAUGUGAAAAUGCAAAAGAUAAUCUAUGAGACCAAAUAGUCUUUCGUCUGUAUUUCCAUAGAGAACAGAACCUCCCAAUUACGAAUUCAAUCCGUAGUGGCCCAGACACUACGCCCACUAAGAGAUCCACUAUCGCCAGAUGGACGAUCAAAUAUGUACUCCGCCGCUGUAGCUGACGCUUCUCCUUCACAAAUACAACAAUGGUGAUGAUAUUAAAGAUGACAAUGGCCAGACAUUCGAUAAUGAAGACCACAAGCCAUGGAAUACACUGCGAAGCUGAGUAGAAAGGCUGCAUUUUCUCUGAGCUCUGUUAGCUGCUAUGAAAAUAACAGAAAACAUUUCACUUAGAGAUAAAAUGAAAUAUGAAAUCAAUAUCCUCAAUAAGAUAUAUGUCAAAUAUUGCUUUUUACAUUUUUCAAAGUGUUUUGACCGACUAAGUUCUAUUCGUCCACUUAAACUGAUCCUCUUGUUUCAUGCGAGAUUCAUAUCCGGAAAUUUAAUCAUUCCGUUUAUUCCUUAUUUUUUCUUUCGAUUAAGACGAAUCUAAUAAUAUUGAACUUUUUCGAUGUUCACUGAAUAAGCGGAAAGCUUUGCCACUAGUGAUCUCAAUUGCUUGAAGGAAAUUUAUAGACUCCAAAGACAGAUGGCAACAAAAAAUUUGGAGAUCUUCCGGAAAUAUAGUAGAAAGACUGAGUAUAGAAAGACCUGCUCUUCUUCUCGGUGUCGCUAUUAGAAAUACGGUUGUUGCUGUUACCGCCUUAAAAAUUUCAAAGACAAAUUAACUGUAGGCAUGGUGAGAUAUAACUAACAUUUUUAAAAGGAAAAAAAUAUCUUAUGUUUUAUAUUCUACACCCAGAAGUUUAGUCAUAGUUUUUACUCGCUUCGGAUAAAUUUCUUCCUUUGUCAGGCAACAAGUUAGAGUAAAAUACAUUAAUACAUUAAAAGUUCACACGGUAACCAGGUGGACAAUCAGACAUGGUUUGAUGCUUCACUGGUUUACAGAUUGGGCCUAACGUUUCGACACUCCUGUCUAGUGCCUUCAUCAGAGGUGAUCUAAACGCUGCAACAAGAGGCCCUUUUAUAUGAUCGCUAAUUAGCUGUCUUUUUUCUGACGAGGUGUAAAUAGGCGUCAGGAAGCAAGCCGCCAUCGUCACGAUUUAAAGGAGCGUGGGCGGAGUUGAUAUGCCAAGCCUCCAAACAAAGUAACGCCGAUUAGUAGCGUCGGUUUGUUGUCCUUUCGUGACAGGAUCCUUUGGUUUGGGGAAAUAUGCCCCGAAGUCUCUUACGCAUCUUUCGUACUCUCCAAACUUCCCGCGUGCUUCAUAUCUCGAUCAACGCACAGCGGACGUAUGAACCAAUUGUUUUAUAACAUUUUCAACCAGAUGGAAAAUAUUUUUUCUCGAGGGAUUUGUUUGCUGACGUCAUGAGCGUGCGCAAUAGGAAUAUGAAGCACGAUCGCGCCAUUGAAUUUGAUUAGACAAAGUUACUAGCUAUGUUAUAAUCCUUAUUAAUUCAGUCUUCCUCAUCCCAUCGAAGGCAGAAUUUUCAAGCGAAUCUUAAGAAUAUUUUGAACUUACCUCACCGAUUACGAAAGUGUUUCUAUCCUUUCAACGAAUUAAGUUUGAGUCAAAUGCGGAAGGGCAGUUUUCAAAUUGAAAGGAAAGUAGCAUGCUGAGGAAGAGUGCAAACUUCUCUCCACCCAUUUUAACUCACUUUACCACAUCUCACCAAAACUAGAGUUUGUAAACGAAUGAAAUCUUACGAACAUACCUCACUGAUAAGGAAGUACUUCGUAUCCUCUAAAAAAUAUAAGUCAAGUUGGGGGUUUUCUUAAUGAUAGCGAAUUAACACACCACUAUCAAGACUCGAAAUUAGUUUUGCAAAUGUCUGACAUAUGAUAUCUAGAUGUCGGAUGGCGUUCUGAAGCUGAACAGGAACAAUAGGCAAGCUGUUCUACACCUGUAUGUCGUUAAUUCAAAGAAAGUUCCGUAUCUACGUGUAAACAAAAGGCCGGCGAUUAAGUUUGAGUCAAAUGCGGAAAGGGCGGUUUUCAAAUAGAAAAGAAAGUAGCCUGCUGAGGAAGAGUGCAAAUUUCUCUCCACCCAUUUCAACUCGCUUUACCUCAUCUCACCAAAACUAGAGUUUAUAAACGAAUGAAAUCCUACGAACAUACCUCACUGAUAACGAAGUACUUCGUAUCCUCUAAAAAAGUGAAGUCGAAUUUGACCAAAGGUGGUUUUCCGAAUGAACCGAACCGAAAUUAUGGAUGGAAGCAAACACCUGAAUUGCGUUAAUUUGGACUAAGUCCUUUACUUUAUCAUAUUCAAACUGCAAAAUGCUACCAGAGAUGAGCUAUUUCCCAGAUCAAAGAGUUGAAUUUUUAAAAGCUGUUGGUUAGUACUAUAUAAGAAUAUAUAGUACUAUAUAGAAUAUAUAAUAUUAAACGGGAAAAAAUGAUCCAGCCGAGAAAACAAAAUAAAAUAAAAUAACACGAUGACAUUUAUUUCUUUAGAUCUGCCGCUGUGUUUGUAUUUAAUUUAACUCUAACUCUGGUGGAAAAAGGUAGUCUUCUCUCCUCAUGAUGAUUCCGGUUUCUUUGAUACUUGCCAUUUGAAAACUCGACGUUCUGCCUUUCCCCGUAGUAAUAAAAACAACAAAUAUUUAUAAUUUGGUUAUCGGCUACAUUCAAAGUGGUGAUUCUAAUACCUCUGAUGGUAAGCAGCUGCAGUUAUUUUUUUAUUUUUGAGACCCUAUCAUGUGUUCCCCAUUCUAUCCAAUUUCUCUCUUAGUUAUCUGUGCAGUUGCUGACGUUAGAGAUCGAUAAAAGGAGUUAUUUAAAACGGAAAUACAGAACUUUGGAGUACUCUCUCAGUGCACGAUCAUUCAACCUGGCCGGUUUCUAUGAAUUUUUACAAUAAAGUUCGGAUAUAAUAUCUGCUGUCAUUGGUUAAAAGAGCGUGCUCAAUGAGAGUAUAGAGCAUAGAACUGAGCUAAAGCUGUCACGCCAUCUGCCAAAUUGUACUAUGUCCGACGUUUUCCAGGACUUCUUUCUAGCUUUUCUCUCGUUAAUUGAAAGUGAAAUUUCGGAACAAGCGAGCAAAGGUUUGCAAAAACGCCAAGCGCAAUAAUUUACGAAACGUAGUACGUUACUUUAACGUGAGCAGAGACAAAAAUCCUCAAAGAUGAAACAAAAUGGACAGUCCGAGUUUUAAAGGUUUUCACGCUCAGUUAGAUUGCAAGUGUACGUACGGUAAUAAAAAUCAAACACAGCUAACACUUGUAUAGUAUAUAAAGUUUAGUGUUUGAAAAAAAAACAGAAAAAAAACAGGAAUGAUGAAAAAUAUAACCUGGCAUAGCUGUUAAAAUUCAUGACGGUGUUAUCAUGCUAAGGUCUAUCGCGGUUAGCUCAUCAUGGCGAUCUUCGGUCACCGCAGUGGAGUAAGCCUCAUGAACUAAAUCGACUACCCUUCGAGUGGAAAAAUAAGAGCUUGCUCUAAUAACCUUUCCAAUGCGUUGAGUGCAAGGCCACAUCAGUCACUGCAGCCGAGUUUUACGGCGCUGUCAUUCCGAGCGAUCUUCAUGUCCUGGUGAAUUCGGCUGUCGUUCACCCAUAAAACGCUCGCCUUGAACAGUUUGUUUUCGUCUUUUCAUAUGAAUUAACUUGCGUAUUUUUGUGAGCCACAAUUGGGCCUAAUUUCACUGAACAUUCCACUUUCAGAUUCUGUAUUAGAAACUAAAAAACUUCGGGCAAAAGUGUUAAAUUCGACAUGCCGAAUUAUUUUAGUUUGUUAAAUAUUGCAGAAUAUGAACUUCGAUGGUUUUUGAACUUUGAUGGUUUGAAAUUUUUGACAGCUUUAGUCUUGUACAACCAAUCAGAUUAUUUGAACCAUUCUAACAGGAAUUCUGAUUGGCUUAUUGUAGCAUGCUUUAUGAGAGUAUAGAACAUGCUGACGAUAUUGUUGUUCGCUUUGGAAAUAAAGUUUGUUUUGAAAAUUGAAAAUAAUUCUUGGGGAAUUUAACUGAUUCUUUAUUAUAAAACAAAUAGAGAAGCCUUGACUGUGCUCUGUUCUGUUGUAAAGCACUUAGGAAGCGGCUAGAGCACUCAAGAAGUAGGGACUACUUGACUACGUCUCGUGUUUCUCCCUACACUUCUUUCAUGCUCUAACCGCUUCCUGCGUGCUUUGAAACGCGGCAAAGAGUUCUCCAUUGCUUUUGUAAAGUAUAUUUCUUAAAAAUACAAGCGUGUUUGGAACGUCAAAACCGUGUUUAGACUAUAAACAUAGACGCUCAUUUAAACAGUUUUGUUGAUCACGCACUUCAAUUCUUUAAAACUGCAGGAGUCUUGCUGCUGUUUGCCAUUCAAUCCGAAACGAAGACAUCAUAAACCCAGUUGCCCAUAAAAAGAAGCCUAUGGAAGGAACGUUUCUUGAAGCCUUUCUUGUGAAAUGAACGGCGAGAUUUUAAUUUCGAAUUCGGCAAGAUAAUUUGCUCUUUUUAAAAACAUUUAUAUUCUUUGCACUGAAGUAGCUGAUCCAAUACACUGAACUAUAAGACUCGUACAUUGAUGGCUUUGCAAGAAAUUCCUCAUUUGAACCAAUCAGCCUUUUUGAAACUUAAGGCUCCCAAUUUGUGUGUAGUUGCAAUGGCUAAAUUUUUUGCCUCCUUUAAUGAUUUUUCCCUCUUGUUUUCUGCCAAACGCAAUAAAACCCAACGAUAAAGUGGUCGAGGAAAUUUUUUGACAUAAAAAGAGGAAAAACAGUUGUUAAAUGCAAACUUUAAAAUCAUCGUUUUGCUGCGGAAAUUAGUUGUCAGUAAGAAACACAAUUUGGUAAGAGGUCGUUUGCUCAUGCAGGAUAACUCGAAUAGCUGUGGAAUAAAACCUGCUUUAAAAAUAACCGUGACCUAAAAACCGCCGUAAAUAUUCCAACAGUUUAUGUUUUGGAUGAGAUAUUUGCUUCGUUUUAAACUACUUGUGAGUUAACCCACGGUGAUGGAUUUAUUUUGGUAAAGCGAAUGAAUUUUUUAUGAAAACUAGCAGUCUUUAAAAUUUCACACUACAUGUAAACAAACUAAACGUAAUUUUGAAUGUUUUACUUCGUCGCGCAAACGGAAGUGCAACAGCUGCCAUAUCGCUAAGUUCUUUGUUCACCUCAUUGUUAUGGAUACUAGCGAUGCAUUUAUUAUUGAGCUAACAACAGACUGGAUAACUAAUCCGCAGCGAUGUUAAGGCAUUUUACUCUUACUGAUAACGUUGAAAUAGUCAAACCAAACUAUAAAAUGUGGCAUGUUUUUGACCAGGCAAUAGGGACGUUUGUUUACUUUUUUUUGUGCGUAGUGAGAAUUUCUAAUAACAUAUCAAACUCAUGGGGUACAAAUAGUCUUAACAUGAAUGUAGUGACCACGCCCACUUCAACACCCCACUCAAAUCGAGUGUAAUUUUCGAAUGUUUUACCAUCGUGCGGAUUCUCUACGGAAAAAGCACUCAAUGUACCUCUGAAAUAUUAAACUAUAAUAUUGCGGCUUUCUAUUUCGCUAAUUUUCUAACUUGAAGGUAAAGUUUUUCCCUCGUCAUUUUUACCUUUUCUCCGAGCGGUUGCGUGAAAUUAACAAGGCGUUUUUGAUCAAAACACGACCGAGCGAAGGGUCUCGGGCGAUAUCUCUUUUACGCAGGCGCAAAUUAAAAAUGUACCGCCAGAACCAAAAAGAGGAACAAAUUUCCUUUGUUUUGAUAUGUAAAGUGUUGAACAAAAAGCAGAUUUACCUUCGUCAAAUGGCGUUUCAAAACAGCUGUAUCUUCCUCCUUUUGAUUUUUCCUGUUUUGUAAGCGUGAAAGCAGUAGGAGAGGGAUCGGGAAACUCAGAAAGCGCUUCGGGAAUUAAUCUGCCAUCGUUUACUUACAAGAUAAACAAGUAAGAUUUGUGAAGUUCGUUGAAGUAUGAAGUCUAAAUAAAUGCCUUUUUAAAGCUUGUUUGCUGGAUUUUUGUAAACUUCCCUGAUUAAUUUUUCGUUUCAGCUUACUAGUCUAUACUAUUUACUAUUUCAAAGAAAUGUCAAGACGAAGACGGAGAACCAUGAGUCGGUCCUUUCAACAAUCGUAGACAAAGUGUUUGAGCAAUCAGGUAUACGAGGUGUAAUAAUCAAUAACCGCAUAUCAGAAGUCUUCAUAAAGAAAGUAUUCUGUCUUCAGAAAGCUGUCAAGAAAGCUAAUAAUCGUGGCGGAAGGCAAUUAAACGGGCCCUCGGUAUCGAUUUAAUAUCAUAUUGAUCUCAAUAUCAUACAGUUUUGUAUCUUUCUUCCGUGGAUUCGCCUUUCUAACGAGGGUAUAUGUUGAGAAUUCAUUGCAAAAUCGCUUUGUUUUUUUAAUUUCCCUCUUUGACCUGUCCGCCAUUUUGAAAAUUCGUAACGGAGAGCAUGCGCAUUACGUGGGGUUAGUGGUUGCGUACACCUGGAACCGAGAAAAACAAAUGUUCGUCGCACUGGGGAAAGAGUUUGAUAUGCAUACCCGGAAAUUUAAUCAUUCAGCCUAUUCAUUUUUUUUUUCUUUCGAAAAAGACAAAUAUAAUAAUAUGAACUUUUUGGAUGUUCACUGAAUAAGCGGAAAGCUUUGCCACCAGUGAUCUCAGUUGCUUGAAUGAAAUUUAUAGCCUCCAAAGACAGAUGGCAACAAACAAUUUAGAGAUCUUCCGGAAAUAUAAAAGAAAGGCUGAGUAUAGAAAGACCUACUCCUCUUCUCGGUGCCGCUAUUCGAAAUACGGUUGUUGUUGUUACCGCCUCGAAAACUUCAAAGACAAAUUAAUUGUAGGUAAGGUGAAACAUAACGAACAUUCUUAAAAGCAAAAGCAUCUCUUAUGUUUUAUUUUCUACACCCAGAAGUUUAGUAAUAGUCUUUUCUCGCUUCGGAUAAAUUUCUUCCUUUGUCAAUAUCAUAAGCAACAAGCUGGAGAAAGAUAUCUUUUUCGACGCGUUACGAUUAUUAAGAUUAUCAAUAACACAUUUCCGUCCAUAUUGAUUCAGUUUUCCUCAUCUCACCGAAGGUAGAAUUUGCAAACCAAUCUUAAGAAUAUUUUGAACGUGCCUCACUGAUAACGAAAGUGUUUCUAUCCUUUAACGAAUUGAGUUAAAGUCAAAUGCAGAAAGGGCGGUUUUCACAAAGAAAAGAAAGCAGCAUGCUGAGGAAGAGUGCAAUGCAGACUAAACUUAUCACUAUUAGAACUCCAAUUUAGUUUUUCCGAAUGAUUGACAGAUAAUAGCUGAAAGGAAAACGACGUUUUUAGAGCAGCUAAACAGGCAUUACAGAUAAAAGUAUCCGCCUGAACUUCGCGAUUUUUAGUGUGUUUAAAGUCCUGUAUCGUCGUAAAUCCACCUACAAAACAGCUAAAUAUAGAGAAUCAACAUAAGCACAUCAAACGAGUGGAAAUAAAUAGUUUCCAAAAUCCUUGAAUGAUGGUUUGAAAGCUUUUGGUUUUUACGGGAAAAAUUAUGUCAUUGAAGCAGAAGUAAGGGAGGUAAGCAUCAUCAUUUAUAGGCAUCAAAAGAAACAAUCUAACAUUCUAAAAACUUUUCAAAUUUGUUUUACGAUAACUUUUUAGAGGGGAUCAAGUCCUCUCUUCAACAUGAUAAAUGUUAUACUCGGUAAUGAAACAGGAAGAUCUUUUCAUCGUCUCGUCAUGAACGUGUAACAAAGGAACAAGCUUUUCGCAAGGUCUGAAAAUCCUCAACCGUUUCAUAAGCAUUAAAAGAAGGAAACAAAACCAAAAUUCUAAAAUUUUCCACAGGCUUACAGAGGAUUUUCCAUAACUUCCCUCCACCCAUUUUAACUCGCUUUACCUCCUCUUCCGAAAACAAAAGUUUGUAAACGAAUUAAAUUUUAUUAACAUACCUCACUAAUAACGAAGUACCUCGAUCCUCUAAAAAUUUGACCAAAGGCGCUUUUCAGAAUGAAUAAGAAAACAACAAGCCAAGGAAUAGAGAUAGAGAAUAAACACACCACUAUCAAGACUCGAAAUUAGCUUUCCAAAUGUGUGACAUAUGAUAUCUGUAGAUGUCGUAAGACGUUUUGACUGCAACUGAACAGGAACAACAAGUAAGCUACACUACACCUGUACGUCGUUAAUUCAAAGAAAGUUCCGUAUCUAUGUGAACCCAAAUCGCCGGCAAAACAGCUUCUUCUGGAGAAUCAAUAUCUGAAUAUCAAAUAAAUGAAGAUGAAUAGUUUCUAGAAACCUUGAAUGCAGUUUUGAAAGCUUUUGGUGUUUAUAGGAGAAGUUAUAUCACUAAAGAAGGAAAUUUAACUGGCUUAGAAAACAUUUCAAAAUUGAAAUACGAGGCAUAUUUUAAAUUUUUUUUAAUUUCGGUUCACAAUAUUUUCUUUUUUUCCUUAAAAAACUUCUUGAGUCGAUUUUUCAUUUGGUGAUAAUUUUUUCUUUGAUUUUAAGUUGAAAAGUUGUGGCAGCGUGAUCUAAGGUGUUAAGACACUCAUCAGAACAAAGAGUGCGACAUUGUGGAGAAUCAUGUAAAUGUCUGAAAUGUGAGAGGUCCUAUCAAGUGCUCUUGUACGCGUGUGGAUAAAUGUCGAGGGGUUUCGCCGACAUAUCAGGCGUUAGAGCCCUCACAUAAAAACUUGUAAACCACACACGUACGGAGCCCACGAGGGAUAGGGUCUUUCACCCCAAACAUAUCGCCUAUUUUAAAAGAUGAAAAAGCUAACUUUACAUCGAUGUUGUUACAAUAACACUUAGCAAAUUGGCGAACCCUUUUUUGCGUGACAAAAGAAAAAGAGCCAAUGUAAGGUAAUUUAAAAUAAAAGUUUGUAGUAGCGUCUGAAACGGAGACCGAGGAAUCGCACUCAUCACGGUGAGCGUGAGGUGUCGAUUGACAACCCUUGAACCAGAUUGGCUGGAAAAAAAUUCUUUUUUAGGGAUUUCAGUGAGUUUCUAGAUGUCUUCGUGGAAACCCAACCAUGUGUUGUUGAUCUUGUAGGCUCUAUCAACAAGAGUGCGAAUGAGACCCAGUUUGUAGGGAUAAGGUAUAAAGCUAAAAUAAUUAGUCAACAGGCCCGUAAAGGUUUUCUUACAGUCAACACUUAAUCACCAACUUUAUCAUGUUAAUGAAAUAAUUUCUUAAUUAUUAAAUUAAUUAAAUUAAAUUAAUCUCAUAUCUUAAGUUAAAAAUAUUCUCAUGAAUAAGACAUUUAUUGACAGCCUCACGUUCACUGUCUCACAGGCGGGAUCAUAAAGGAAGUAAUUAGGGUAUGUUAAUUUGACUGCAGCUAAGCCGAAUUUUGUAUGGAAGCAUACACCUGAUUUGCGUUAAUUUGGACCAAGUCCGUUACUCUAUCGUGGUCAAACUGCAAAAUACUAUCAGAGAUGAGCUAUAUCCUUGAUCAUAGAGUUUAAUUUUUUAAAAGCUGUUGCUUAGUACCUAAGAAUAUAUAAUAUUAAACGGGAAAAAUGAUCCAGCCGACAAAACUUUAGAAAAUAAAAUAACACGGCGACGUUUAUUUCUUUUGAUCUACCGCUGCAUUUGUAUUUAAUUUAACUCCAACUCCGGUUGAUAAAGGUAGUCUUCUCUCCUCAUGAUGAUUCCGAUUUUUGAUACUUGCCAUUUGAAAAGUCGACAUUCUGCCUUUCCCUGUAGCAAUAAAACCCACCAAUAUUUAUAAUUUGGUUAUCGACUACAUUCAAAGUGGUGGUUCUUAUACCUCUGAUGGCAAGCAGCUGCAGUUAUGUGUUUAUUUUUGAGACCCUAUAGAGUGUUCCCCAUUCUAUCUAAUUUCCCUCUUAGUGAUCUGUGCAGUUGCUGGUUAGGGUAUCUCAGUCAUCAUCCUCGAUUAUUUUUUUUUUUCACUCAGAGAGAAAGUAAACUGAAUGGAAGCUCGCUAAGCGUUGCACCUGUAUCGCUAUUGAGUUUUCUAAAAGCGACAAAAUGCAUUGCUUUUCAUUCUAGUCGUUUAGAUGUUUCUACCGUUUCUAUCGUUAGUCAAUUGCAACUCUUAUAUGAGUCUACUCGUCUACGUUCAGCCAGAACUCGAUUCGGAGACUGGAGCGUAUCGCCUAACCAUAUUGCAGAUCCCAGAUCAUAUAAAAUCCAAAGACAGUACGCGAUAUUCAAAGCGUAGUGCCUGGAGGUGUUUUUGGCUCCUACAGUCUUUGUUUUGUUUGUUCCGGAGUUUUUGUGUUUAUUUACAUAAUUUACAUAAACGAAUCCAAACUUUUGAAGGCUGUAUUUUAAACGUAUGGAAAUAUAUAUAUAAUGAGGCAAUUCAAGUGAGGAAUUAUGAUUAUAUUGCCUUACUUUCUCUAGAAUGGGGGUGGGGGAGCAUGAUAAAUAGAGAAUAAUACAUGGGGUGGGGGGUUGGGAGCACAAUAAAUAGAGAAUAAUACAUGGGCGCGCGUAGAUAUGGAAUUUCUCUUCGAGUUGAAGAGAAAUUCCAUAUUUACAAGCAACCAUGUUUUAUUUUGUUUAUCAUAUAAACACAAUAGCUCUUUACUAGGAAGAAAAGCCGACUUCAUUAAUGAAUGAAAAUAAGUGAAUCAACAAUCCUCGAAUAACAAUCGUAGAGUGCGUUGGCGCUAACUCUUAACAUGGAAAAAUGCAAUGAAUCAUGAUUUCAAAAACAACAAUGGUCGUAAUUUUCAAUUUACAAAAUUCUCAUAUAUUGACUUUCUCCGACAGAAGAAGUCUUUCAGGUAAACGGCCAAAAUCGGCCAGUGGCAAAUCUUCCAGUUGUCGAUUUUCAUUCUCAGCCGAGAGAAAUGCUGACACCAAAGCCACUGAAUACGCAACUUUCGGUUUUUCUUUUAGUGUAUUGGUUUUCUUCCCCUUCUAGGAAAGUUUGAACCUCAUUGUCUGUCAGCGAUACGGAUUUUUUAGUGUUUUAGCCACCAUAAAGGAGUUAUUUAAGCCGGAAAUGCAGAACUUUGGAGUACUCUCUCAAUGCACGAUCGCUCACCCUGGCCGGUUUCGAUGAACUUGUGGAAACCUAGGAAAAAGUCCUCUAUUGCUUUUGUAAAAUAUAUUUCUUAACAAUACACACGUGAAUAUAACAACACAACCGUUUUUAGACUGUAAACAUAAACUCUCAUCUAAACACUUUUAUUGAUCUCGCACUUCAAUUCUUUAAAAUUGCAGGAGUCUUACUUCUGUUUUCCAAACAAUCCGAAACGUAGACAUCAUAAACCCAGUUGUCCAUAAAACGAAGCCUAUGGACGGAAUGUUUCUUGAAGCCUUUCUUGUGAAAUGUACAGUAAGAUUUUAAUUUCGGCAAGAUAAUUUGCUCUUUUUUAACAACAUUGAUAUUCUUUGCUCUGAAUUACCUGAUCUAAUACACUGAACUAUAAGACUCGUAUAUUGAUGGUUUUGUUAGAAAUUUCUUUUUUGAACUAAUCAGCCUUUUUGAACUUAAGACUCCCUAUUUAUAUACGUGAUUACAAUGGCAACAUUUUUUGCCUCAUUUAAUGAUUUUUCCCUCCUGUUUCCGCCAAACGCAAUACAACGCAACGAUAAAGUGGUCGAGGAAAUCUUUUGACAACAUACGAUGAAAAACGCUCGUAAAAUGCAAAUUUUAAAAAUAUCGGUUAACUAGUUAGUUGUCCGUAAUAAAACAAUUUGAUAAGAAGUCGUCCACCCAGCAGGAUAACCCGAAUAGCAUCGGCAUGAAAUCUGCAUAAAAAUAAUCCUGACAUAAAAACUACCGUCAAUGUCAUACCCCUUGGAACCGUAAUAGCGAGUUAAUGAUAAUGUUAUUAGCAGUUUUGCCAUUCGUCUUCCUCUCAAGCUUUUGCGAAGCUCAACUCCAAUGUUCUAGAUCCCCAAUGCAACGUAGAGAGGCCUGUAAGGGCCUUUGUGCCUUUUCAUGGGCCGAAUAUCAGACCUGGAGCAUAAAAAUGAAAUUAGACAUACGAAGAUUAAUUACUUUCAAUAUCACAACAAUCUCAGAAAUUCACUUGCCUAUACCGAAAAGUCUCAUCGAAGAUUCAAUACUUAGCUGAGGUUUCUUUCGUUGAUAUAAAUAUACAUAUAUUUCUCUAGUAUGACAAAUGCCGACUACAUAAUAUAUCAGUGAAAAGAAGAAAAGGAAAUUCCAAAGCUAUAAGGCUCACGAAGAUAUUUGUAGUGGUUUUAUGUUUACGUCGUUAGUGUUCUUGACCAACAGCAUGCACUAACCAAAUAAAUGUAAUUACAAACUUCUAACGAGUCUAGGACUGAGGUGAUAUCCUUUCGAUAAGAAUAUCAGGGCUUUUAUCACAGAGCUGCGCACUGAUAUCUCAAAUCCUUCUAUUUUUACGCUCAUAAAUGUUAGAAAUGGUCUGUAAGAGUUAAGUGCUUCAUCAAACUUUCCUGAUGGACCGAUACAGCCUUUCGUUACCAGUCUUCCUCGGAGUGUUUUGAUAUUGCGGGGCGGAAGACACUAUGUUGUUGUUGAAUCUGAGGGGUUAAGGAGAUGAAAUGUUUACUCAUACACCGUUGUGGAAGACGACUUUUCACAGGUAAAUAUAAGCAUAACUUAGUUGAUGUUCGUUCCAUAAUUUUUCUUACUGUUCAUAUCGAAGAAUAGCGAAAACCUCGAUCAGAAAUCUAAUUCGAAAGGAAGCAACGAAAGUGGUUGUCGCGACCGGUUAUUUCUUUCAUUCUUGCCUUCCAACAGUUUAUGUUUUAAAUGAGAUAUUAACUCCGUCAUUACGCUGCUUGUGAUUCAGCCCACAGUGAGGGGUUUAUUUCUGUAAAGUGAAUGAAUUUCGAUGAAAAAUUGCCGUCUUUAAAAUUUCACGCUAUAAGUAAACAAACUAAACGUCAUAUUAAAUGUUUCACUUCGUCGCGCAAAUGAAAGUGCUACUGAUGCCAUAUCGCUACGCUGUUUAUUCGAUUCAUUGUUAUGGAUACCAGCGAUGUAUUUGGUAUCGAACUAUCAACAGACUGGAUAACUGAUCCACAGCAAUGUUAAGGCAUUUUAUUCUUACUGAUCGAUAAAGUUGAUAUAGUUCCGCAAUCUUCAUUCUGCAUGAUCAAUUGCUUUUUUAUUGUUAAUCAAGUAUUUCAUCAUGCGAUCUAUGUAAGGAUAGCGAUGGUUCGAAAGUUUGAUCAAUGCUUGAUAAUUACCUUCCCAAACCCCUACAAUACAUUAACCGAGACAUUAUGACUACACAUCUUUUAUGACAAACCCUACCCCCGCCUCUUAAACAGUUUUGAGAUCUGACAAAUUUGCCUAUGGCCUAACCGGUUCUACUCUCUCUGAGAAUGGACAGGCAGUCAGUGGUCACGCUCCAGCAAGGACUGCCGUAGGAAGUACGUAAAUUUUGUGUCUAAUGCUAGCGCUGCAAAUGAGUAACGACAUUCUCUCUGGCACAUCUUUGAUCGUGAAAACGCGCGCGCAAGAGAUCCGUCACUCGCUUGCGCGAACCACGGGGCGAAUACUUUCAGUUUCUAUGUAAACUUUUCUGGCAAUUACGAGUUUACCUGUUUGGGCCUGAUCUCGAUAACUGCUGAGUACCGCUUUUUCGUUGACAAGAUACGCGUCGCAUGAAACACGCAUAGCCGUCUUUCCAUGCUUUUGAUGGGAAAGUUACGCUGAAAACAAGUGACAGAGCAGUUUUUGAAAGCUACCUAAACAUUCAUUUGAUCCGAAGGGAAAAUAUUUAGUGCAUGAUUAAAAUUCUGUUUUUAUUUCCGUUGUGUCGAUGUUUCAGGGAUUUAAUUAUCGACCAUUUCUCCCGUCCAUUGCCAAAAAUAAAGUGACACCUUCUUAGAACUUUUCGAAAAGCUCGCGAUCGCGAUUGUCAAAUGCACGAUGGACCCACGUGCUCUCCGCGACCCUGAAAACAUGUAUCUGUUUUUGUAUGAUCAAUAUUAUCUAUUGAUUUUUUAAAAUUUUUUUUUGACGUAUGACCCUCUUCCAUUUCGUCAAUUGUCCGAGCUUGAGUUUCAAUUAUUGAGUGAUUUUGCAAAGGUGAAAGUCUGGGCAACGGAAAAAGUACGGAGCGGUUCGUCAAAAAAAUUGAUAAAAACUCGAUAUUACUCUUUAUUUGAUCCUUUUCAACUACAUAUCACACUUGUCUGAACUGGAAUUUUACUUUCUGUGUGACUGUACAAACCAAAAGCGGAAAACUAUUGAGCGGUGCGUGAAAGAAAGGUUAGAACAGGUUGUCCGAGUUCAGUUAUUUUUUAUUUCAUGAGACAAAAGAAAAUGUUGAGAGCUUUGGCUGAGACCGGCCCUCCUAUAAGCAUGUCCUAAAUUUUUGGCAGGAUUUUAGAACACGAGAGUGCUCUCGUGUCAUAAUUCAAAUGUUCCAUGCUGAUUAUCUUAAGCAUCUGAAAGAUUAGAAGAGAUUAACCUUCCGUCGGAUGUGAGAUUAGAUCUUUCCCAACCAAAGGAUAGAAACCUGCUAUUGUGUAAUGAGUGGAGGUAUGCCCGAAAGGUGAACGAAACAGAAAGUGUAAUGUAUACGCAAACCUCGCUCUCCUGAAAGGUUCUUUCGACCAAUUCCUAAACUCGAUUUUAAGGUAUAAGACUCCAAAAAUGCCUAAUUUUCAUCGUAGUCACUAUGGAAGGGCUAAAGCAACCCAACAAUCCCAAAUUUUGAGGCGUUGUAUUAAAACAUAUUAUGAAUAAACAACAGUAGUGAAGUUUUUCGUCGGACGCCGAAGCUUGAUUGGUUUUGUUCGUGAGGAUCAUGUGCCUCGCUCCCACGCUUGCGAGACACUGGUACCAAUAUAUUCACAACAAAACAGCUGAGUUCUGAUCGCCUCGCGGAUCAAAGAAAUAGGUAUCUUUUUGUCGUUCGCCAAUUCAUUAUUAAACUCGCGACAAAAAUGCCAGUUUCUGAUUCUCUAGAAGCCCAAAUAUUCAAUCUCUGUAAGACGUUUUGGAGAGAAUCGACAACGUCCCUCUAAAACGGAAAAUUCGAGAGCUCGUGAAUCGCAUAGAGGGUAAGUAGAAAACUUCGAGUUUUUAUGCCUCUAAAAUACAUUGAAUGUUAUAAUUUGUACCCAUGUCGAAUUAUGAAGUAAAAAUUAUAUUUCUUGUAAUUUCUGUUCGAGAAGAAAUUAUCAACGUCUAUCCAAUAGGACUUGUACUUUUCGUAAAAAUUGCAGUUAGCGCAGAAACGCAAGCAUGAACGUAUUUGUAUGUCUAGGAUGAUAACACAAAAUCGACUUACAUGAUUGUGAAAUUUUUGUGACAGAUAGCGAAUUAUAAACAACUUAGACGCCGCAAAAUUCUGAACAUUAUUGUUGUAGUGGCUUUCAAAUGAUAUUUUUCAUUGAAACUUUUGCUGCUAUUGUCCUAAGUCGGGCACGUUCGCAAAUCGUGUUAGUACAGUGGCAGGUACUGUUGGAGAAAUUUGAAAAAGGCUUGAAUCCCGCAUUUCAAAUUUAAAAUCUACCAUGAGACAAGUUAAGCUACUAUCUUUUGGAAAACAGAUUAUUUUUUAUUUGGUAAAGCCACAAUAGAGGAAUGGUCGGUUAAAUUGGAUUUAUGAAAUAAAUUUCAGGCGCCAAAACUUUGAUUUGUGAUACACGCCGUGACAGAGUGUUCCUGAAGGCAUCGUGUUGCAAAAAUUUUAUGGCGUAGUUUAUAUUUUUCAACGUUAAAUAUUGCUGUAGGUAUUUGUAUCCAAACUCUUAAUUUCAUAACAACGAAACCAGACGACAUUUUCGAGCUAGGAAGACUGGUUUAGAUAAAAAGUCUAUUCGUCGAUAAGCCACGCCAUUUGGACUUUGCUUGGUAUGCGCAUAAAGAGCAGUGUUGACUCCUCCAUUUCACUGCAUUUUGUCCGUGAACUAUUUAUUUAUUCAGUGGAAGACGAAAGUGAAUUUAAUUUUCAAUGUUUUCUUAAAGAACGUCGUAAAAUUAUGGUUAUUGUUAGCUUGAUGUUCGUUUCAGUUGUUCGAUUAUCUGAUGUCAAUUUCACUGAUGACUGAAACCAUGAAAAUUCUUGGAAUAAAUGUAUUUUGCUGCGCUGUACAUUCGCCGGCUAAAUACGAUCGUAUCUUAUUUGCAUGUUGUUGUGGUGUAAAUCUAAAUUAAAUAGACUUCCUGCCUCUCGAGAAAAAUAAAAUGGAUGUAAACAACGAACUGUUUUAAUUUAACAGAGUGAAUGUGCUAAAGUUAGAGUUAUAUUAGAACACAGACAUUUUUACAUCGAAGUAUACAUGUGCGUUACGUUGAAUUCUUCAAAAAAAUGCGGCUGCGGUUAAUGGGAUGUUUGAAUAUCUUCCCCCUAUGAUUUUUGAAAUUAUUUGCGUUUUAUGUUGAAGAUGCCAAUAUACUCUAAUGAUGUAAAUAUUUCUGUGUUCCAAGAUAAUUUGUUUUGAGGAACUAACACUCAUCUUCAAGUACUGUGACAUUUGUUAUUUCAAGAUGCUAUCAAAAUUUGGCUGUAAUCGAUACUUAAUUUGCACCACUAAGUAAGUAAUGUCUAAUUCAGUCACAGACUUAAAAAUAAAUAUUUCAUUUUCCAAAUAGUAGAAAACAUUGGGACAUGAAAAUAAUUAUGAUAUUACUGUAAAAGUGUAAUUCAAACCUAAAUUUGUCACAUGAGAAGAAUUUUAAAAAUAGUUUGUUUUUUUUUUUUUUUGGAGGAAUGCAAUAUUGUUUAAGAAAUAUUAUGGUAGACAAUUGUAUGUUGGUAUCCAUGCAUGGAUAAUCUUUGUCAUGUAAUCAGAUAACUGUUUGUCAAAAUUUAAAUUUUUUCUCACAGUCCCUUUACAAUCCAUCAUUAAAAUUCUGUGACCUAGGAAAAAAAUAGUUUUAUCCCCUGGACAGAACUGGCUUCUUGUUAGAUCAAAACUAGUCCUGGCUUGACAAAUGACUCGCUGAUUGCCAAAAAUUUUCUGGAGGUUUGCUACAAUGUAGCAGUUUUGUUGUUGUUUUUUUAAAGAAAUUUAGAUUGAGGAGUUAAAUUGAUGGGAGAAUAAUCUCAACCAUUCAUCAAAUAUUAACCAGAACCCUCUUGUAUCCUCCUCUCACUUUCAAUUCCAACCUACUGAUCAUCCGAGAAAGACAGAGCAAAGAAUCGUUUCCCCCAAAAUGAAGUAAACUAACCCAAGAUUAUGUGAUGAUUUGAUCCUCAUAGGUAAACUGCAAUUGAUAAAUGAUUAAAGCUUCCCAACCUCCUCCUAAAAAAUUAAAUAAAGGAGAGUACUUUUACAAACUAAACUGUGUUCCUAUGUAGCAGCAUCCGAUGCUUGUCUAAGACUAUUAAUUAUGAUUGCUGAUUGUCUUUUUUUUCCUGUUUAGAAUCAUUCCUCAACAGCCCUGAGUUUACAACACUAAGAGUGGACAGUAGCAGUGAACUAAGACUGGUGAGCCCAGGAUGAUUAACUAGCUUUUUCUUUUUAUAAUCUGCUGUACAGAUGUUGUGGAGAUUACAUGGAACUGGUAGAUGGUGAAAAUAUUUAUCUCAUUUGUGUUUUGAGAGACUCAUCUCAUUCUUACAUAAAGUUGGGGAAAUAAGUAACUACAAAGUGGAAGUCAAAAUGUGCCAUAGCCAUCCCUGCUUCUAUUAUUUAGAUCUCUGGAAACAUCUUGAUGACUUUCUAGAUGCAAUUAAAAGAUUACUGGUGACUUAUGAAACAGAGAAUUACUCCUAUUUCUAUGAGAUUUUUUGAUUUUAUCAGUUUUUUUUAUUUUCCUUACCUAAUGUAUCAUUUUUAUUGUACUCUUCACACCUCCAAAAUAUCAAUUUUACCCAAGGUCAUUUGCAAGGAAAGCAGUUCUCAUUAGUUUGGCUUGCUAAGAGCAUUCAGAUGUGGAAAACUUGCCUUGCUUCAUUCUCAUGGCAUUUGUGUUUUAAGAAGUAGAAAAUCUCUAUUUAUCUUAGGAGACCAUUGUUUACUAAAGAUAACUUGUCACACUUGUGAUGCUGGCAGAUCGUUUUCUUCUAGCCUCCUGUACAUCUGAUUAUACAGUUAUUACUUCACUAUGAUAAGUGAUAAGUAUUUGAAAUCACUCAUAUUUCUUUCACAGGGCAUUGUUGGCAGCUCUGUUUCAGGAAAAUCUGACUUAUUGCACAGAUAUCUGACUGGUGAAUAUGCCAAAGUAGAUUCCUUUACCGGACGUCACAAGAAGGAAGUGUGUUAUGAAGGACAGAGUCACCUUUUGUUGAUAAGAAAUGAGACUGGACCUCCUGAUGUACAGGUACUGUGUCAAAGAUGAGCAGUUUGUUAUUGAAUGUUGCUUGAAAGUGCUUCGGGAAAAGUGAAAAGAAUGCUAUUGGCUACUUCUUAAACGGUAAUAAAGGGUAUUUUGUUCUAUAUACACCUCCAUGGUUGCAUGAGGAGAGAGACUUAGUUUUUAUUUUUAUUCAGACAUGGAGAACAUAUGCUGUUACUUUAGACCAUUUUCCUGUUGCUAUGUUUUAUACAUGUCUCAUGACUGAUAAGCAUAGCAGGAAUGAAUAUUGCUGAGAAACUUUUGCUAUGGUCUUGGUUUGCAAAGGACUUUAAACUCCUGAUAUGGGUCAUGGAAAGUCUGGGGGAAUGAUUUGAGAGAAGCAAAGACAAAAAGCCUUUAUUAUAGAGUGGGCAUCAUUUUGGAAAGGCAAACAAAAAUCUUAAAAGGAUUAGUAAUUUACCUUACAACUACGUUUUCAGGGCUCAAAGUUAACUUUUUAGUCCACUUGCCAAGUUUUGCGAGUAAGAUUUUUCUCACCAGCAAACUGGUGAGACCACUAGCAAAUUCUCUCCCUUUGAAAUGUCAGUGACCAUAUCUGAUACAGAGAUGUUUCUCAAAGCUAUUAAUGAGCUGAAAAGUUUAAUAAAAAAGGUAUUAUAUAUUUGGUCUCCUUUGUCAUUGUCCUGACAGCCACCACCUAUUUAUUGCAUGUUUGGAAGACAUGGAUGAUUGUAACUAACAAAUGUUUGCUGGUGGAUAUUUUUCUCACUGGCAGCCUAUCAAAAUCACUAGCAAUUUGCAAGUUUGCGAGCAUUGAUUUCAAGCCCUGCAUUUGUCAGUUGUCAGCAUCUUGGCUUGUCUUUGCAAACUGAGAGUUCAGAACAGGCUAAAAAGAAAGGGUGAUGAUAUCAAAAAGUUUUAGAAUCUUAUGACCACAAAAAGGUGGGAACCCUGUUGGUGAGGCAGCUUUCUCUCUCAACAAAUUCCUACACUUUUUUAAAAUUUUUUUGCUUUCCUUCUCUUCUACAGUUUACUCAGUGGGUGGAAGCAGUCAUAUUUGUAUUCAGCUUGGACGAUGAGCUGAGCUUCAGUGUUUUAUCAGGGUAUUACGCCAAAAUGGCCCAGUACAGAAAAUACAUCUCUGAUGUUCCUGUGGUUUUGGUCACCCUAACUGGUAAGCAUAUUUGGCAAAUACACCAUCGUCUUAUUGCUGCGGAAAACAAACCAAAGCAUUUUGAGUAUUGAAACUUAGAGAAAAUCAUUCAUUGUAAAAUUACAGCCAUAGUGUAUACCAAUACAGUGCAGAAACAGGGCUCUAUUAUGUGUUAUAUAUAUAUAUGUAUGGAUUUAAAGAGAAAUCUGUCAUGUUUGCAUUCAAUUAAGCACUCCUCAGGCCAAAAAUGGAUGCAGUUGAGGCUAAAUGUUCUUAUAUGAAUUACAGUUAGUGGCAAAACUAGUUUGCACGCCUUGCCUUAUAGAAGGUUGGUUGAAAACCUUCCAUUCGACAUAAUUAACACAAAUAUUUUAAUUCUUCUCCAACAAGUUAUUAGAAGCCCCCCCCCCAUUUCGCUUCAAACAAUGUUGCUGGAAAUCAGUGCAUUUUUGUAGCUUCAGGAAACAUGGAUUUGGGAGGGGAGGGAGGGGGGAGGAUAGAAGGAGAUAAAUGAAAGUUAUAGUAGAAAAAUAAUUAACUUAAGUUGUUAGAAAGUUCCCCCUUUCCCUCCAAAUAUUGUUGCCUGGGGGAUAAGGGAAGAUACACGAAAGUUGUUGAAAAAGUUCAAAAGUAGACUAGUAGAUCGUGACAACCUUUUUCACUGAUCGCUUUGAAACAGAUGGUGUUACAAGCAUCGAACAACCAGGCAUUGUUUCCACGAAUCGAAUAAAGAAGCUUAUCUCGGACCUUAAGCAGUGUGUCUAUCUGGAGGCUUCAGCCCUGACGGGAGACAAUGUGGAUCGCGUUUUCACUACAGGUUAGUUCAGUUAUAAGUAGCUUAUUUCCUGGAGGAGUGGCGGCGAAAAUAUGGGGCAGGGGUAGGCGAAGGUUCCCACGUGUACGGUAAGAAGAUCAUAGAGGGUAUGUGAACGAGUAAUUCAUUCAUACAAUUUAGAGUCAUCAGUGACUUUUUGACGGCCUGAAGACUGACGAUAAACUUGACGCCACACUCUUUUAUUACAGAAGGAAUUUGUACCGAUUAGAAACAUUGACCGCCCAUUAUGUUUAAAUGGAACCAUUCAGUAUUUAUGAGGAACUGACCAACCCAUUAACAUUUAAGUUUUGUGAGUGGUUUUAUCAUCUAUUCGUGCAGGAAAGCCAUUUAAAUAAAUCCAGAAUGGCGUCUUAGGGCGUUGUAGUUCUGCAUGCAUGUCAACCACGCCUCUGCUGCACAGAGGCGCAGGUCAAAAUUUGACCGCUCCAGUUGAAAAUCAACCCCAACUUUUACAGACUCGGUGUCUAAAUUUUCGUUCGUCGAAACUGGUUACCUUAAAUGGAAAACCUGAACGCACGGAUUUUCAACCGGUAGGGAACUCGUCUCGAACCUUGGGAACGAAGCUUUAGUUUCCUCCAAACGCUGAACGUGGAACUAACGUGAAGCACUCCCCAGUUAAGAAAGUAGGGUGCAGCAAGAUAUCGUUGACAUGUUCUCGUGGGUGAACAAACUUUAUUUCUGAAACUAGGGAAGGAUAUCGCUUUCAAUCACUCCGUACUUUUAAAGCUCAGGUAGUUGGGAAAGAUGUUUUUAACAAGUAAGAGGAGCGAGUUGAGUUCUCUCCCUGGAUCUGUCUUUCUGUAUCGAAAAAGGCUUUCUCUGAAGCAUUAGUAAACAAUUCUCAAUCUGAUAAGUCGUGACCUUGAGGACAUUUCGGGCUAACGCUAUAAAAUAGUAGGUUCUUGGUAAUACUUAGGUGUUUGGUAUUUAGAAUAUUUGCCGCUGUCGUUGGUAAUUUAUGCCUUGCUGCGCACAUUACCGUACAGAAACCGUCUCUGUGAGGCCGCGCCGUAUUAAGUAAUGGUUUCAUUUGCUUUUCUAAAUUGUUAUUGAAGUUCAUGCUUGCUCACGAGUGUUGCUUCAAUAGAUUUCUUUUUUUAAUGAACAAAGAGUUUAUGCGAUAAACAUCUCAUGGCGACAAAAGUCUAAUCUGGAAAGCUUUAUCUACUCUUCAUUAGUGUUGCAAACCCAAAAUCUUCAUUAAGUGCCCCACUUUUUAAUCUUUAAUUUGAAGUUGCAGUUACUCACUUUUGUUCUCUUAAUUUUUUCAUCGGCGGGUACUUUAACUUAGCCAUAUUUCAUAUUGAAUUUUUGAAGAGGGCUUUGUUCGUCACUUAGUUAGAGACAUAAUAAUGUAUAUAUAUUAUUGCACUGAAAGGUUCCUUCAGAGUAUUUGUCCAUCAUUUCACACGAACUACGAUAACAGUUUGUUAGAACUUCGUGAGAAAGAAAUGUGCGCAUGUGAGUAGCGCGAAACGUGAAAAGGUUACGAGUCGUGUUCUCUGUUCUCCUUAAAAAUCCCACAAGAUACACAAAUGAACUAGUGACGUUCUUGGGUAUAUUUCUUGGCCAUUGAUCAUGAAGGGUUUCCAUACAGAUUUUCAUAUUCCACCGAUCAACUCGGUGCUACUUAUGCUAGUGUAUUGGGAGUCAGGAAUGAUCUGUCUAAAAUAUAACGGUACAAGAGAUUUACGGCAAAAUUUAAUUGGUCUUAAAUUCUCUUCCGCAUGAAAACUAUUGACUCACAUGGGGCUUGAAUUUUUUUAGGAUGGACAAAACGUGACGUCGGUUGUUUUAAAGGGUCAUUAAAUAAAAGUUGUUAAAUCGUCAUACCGUGAAGGUCAACUGUAUUAAAGACUUUUUCAAAUGAGUUUAUUUAGAGCAUGGAACUGUCACACUACUUCUGCUGUAACGAAAACUUUUUCUGCUAGACUUGGAACAUUAAACCAUCAAAGUUCGAUUACAUUAUUACAUGACUUUAUUGGUUUUUGGUCCCUAAAAGCUAACAAAAAAGGCAAAACUGAUUGAAAAAAAAUUCAAGCAAAGCUUUUUUGAGAUUUGUUUCGCAUUUGGGUCUAUUAAUUUUCACUAAGUGUCAGAUUCAAUAAUUUUAGAGCACUUAGGUUCUUAGCUUCAUGUGAUUCCAUGUCUUAAUUACUGGACUUUUAGAUGAUUGAAUUAUGAACACGAGAUGCUUGAAGGAUUUGAUGGAAACGUUUUUCAACCCCAGAUGGCUCACUCCCAAUAAGACAAUAAAAUAUUUAUGAGUUGUUUUAUUUUUUUUUAUGGGAAAUUCGUUGUGUGAUCUCCGAAUGAAGAGGAUAAAUUUGAUAAAAUAGGUUGCGUUGUGCGAGAAGGAACAAAUAUUUGUCACCGACUGGAAUAUUCCAUGACAAAAUGGUUUGAAUUUUUACCGUUUUUGUCAUUCUUUUCGCCGGAAGCCUCAAAUUGUAAGAAAUCUGUUUUAAAAUGGAAGAGCCUGUGGAUAAAUCGGCAAAUUGACCGGAAGUGUUCGCGCUUGUCUUCUGCCUUAACCGGAAAUGAUAUCCAUAUUGUAAUAAGUAAAUAUAGUAUGGCAGUUUUCAUUAACUUAACCUUACUUUUUCAGGCUUCUGUAAACGUGUCAAAUACAACUGCAAAUUUUAUUAAAUUCGUAUCAUGUCAAUUUUCAGGGCGCAAUUUUUCUUGUUUAGCAUAAUUUGCCAUUGUAAUUGUGAUCUCAGGCCUGUACAAAUAUUUAAGUAAUCCGAAACGCGAAAAUGAAAUGUUGUUGCUAAAGUGGGAGCCGCUGACCAAGAAUCAUGCCUUAGUCGACUGAAAUCGACCGAUUGAUGGGAAGAAAUCUGUGUGAUAUUUUUUCAGAGUUAAAUCACAGAAAAAGUCCUUUAUGAGGAAAUAUUUUGGAUAUUCUGACGGUACAACGCGUUGGAAAGAAGCAGUAGGUUCUAGCCUGUACGUGUACAAGGCGGGCACAUUGAAAAUACAUCCAACGAACGACUCCGCCGGAGAUCGGAACAAUACACGAAUUAUUCUUUUGUGUGUCAAAGAAGUAUAGUUUGGAAUUUUCUCCACAGUACAGACAUCUGUUAUCUGAGGAAAUUACUCAAUCAAGCCUUUGUACCUUGUACGAUUUAUGUUGAAUCUUUUUCAAGCUUUAUAGAGCGCGAAUCUGCUCGGCUAGGUAACUACCAAGUCGUGGUCGUAAAAAAUUUGAUGGAAGUAGUUUACAUGUAUAAACUACGCUUGACAUUGUGAAGAUGAUGCGGAGAAGUUUCCAGCUUUCUGGAUCAUACGAUGUCAUCAAGGACGUAACAGAUUUGGAAAGUAAGUGUGUGUGUGUGUUUUUUUUCUCGACGAUCAUACCGGUAAUAUUUGAAAAAGAGUACAUUUCAUGGUGGUGGCAUGAUAAAUAGAGCAGCUUUCGAUUCAAGUGCAAAGUACCAGCUCAGAACGUGCGAAGUAUUUGAGGGUAUUUCGGUUUGUUUUUAUCUCAGUACGUGAGCAGGAAGACUGAUAGGUAUCGUCGUUUAACCGUAAAAUUAAUUUGGAGUACAAAAGGGGGGAAUUUACGGCGAUAUUUGUAUCAGCAAAUUGUUGUUUACAUUCAACUGCGAAUGAAGUGCAUGCGGAAUAUUAAAAUUUUGAAUCCCUUCAGUUUUGAGCUUUGAUUGAGGUCAUCUAGUUUUGUACCCUUUUUUCUAGCCAGUUUCCCGUGAAGUUUAUUUUUAUAUAUCGUGCGUUCAUGCCUGUUAAUUUCCCUUAAAUUUAUCUUUAAUAACUGUACACUUGCUAAUAGACGUGACUCAUUUUCUUCGAUAUUGAUAUAAAUAAGUUUAAGUGCGCGCGUGUGUUUCAACAUAAUAUUGGUAACUGUAAGUCGAUUUUGUUCGUGUGCAGACAGUAUAUUAUAUUUCAAAUACUAGAAAAAAGCCCCCUUACUUAGUCCUGUAUAAAAUCAUUCAAAUUAUUUCGUAGAAGCACUCUCGUAAAGAAACGAAAUUUGUUUUUGUGAAAGCGAAGUAAACAUUUUGAUGAACUGUGGCUGGUUGCAAUCUUAGGUCUACGACUUAUCAUGUUAAUAACUGUAUGUUGACAGCAUAUUCCAGCGCUUCAGUAGUCAUUUUUGGUUUUAAUAGGUUUAUUAUUGUGAUAAUUUUGCGAUGAAAAUAGCCCUACAUGUGUGACUAUCGAUCAAAUUCCACCACAUCUUGUACAUGUGAUGUGAUCUACAUUAAAGGCGUGUUUUUCGUAUCCUGAGGAAAUGGCUUUUUAUUGUUGAUCGCCUUCGCAGUUCUAAGGCAAAUUUCAGUGAUCUGUCAUCGAGUAAUUUCCCUUUCUGUCUCUCUUCAGCGUAGAUAUAAUACGACAAACUUUGUCACGGUUUCAGCUUUUCAUGCCAUGGAAGUGCAAUUUUUGUGUUUACCUUUCUCCUACGGUGAUGGCGGUCUUGAUGUUGUAUAACUUUAUUGGGUAAUGUUAACCCACGUGUUUCGUAAAGGUUUCGCUUAAUUAUUGGCGUGGUGUGGCCAAAAACGGCCAUGUUUUCACUGUAGUUUUUUCAGACUCUCAAUUUGAUGGAAAAUAUGUUUUUAGCCAGCUUCAGAAGCAGAUUAAACUACAACUUUCCCUAAAUUUGAACUGAUAUUCAAUCGCAACAACACCCACCACUGACCAGCAGGAAAUUCGAUUAGCGAUUUGUAUUGGAUGUCCUAUGAAUUUAAUUGCGGGUCAAUUCUGUUUGCUUUGCCAUUGAAAUAAUAAUCCCAUUUGUCUGGUAUCAAGAGUGUGUUUCAUUUUGAAUUUUUCAAACCUGUUCAACAUCAUGUUUCUUUGCCUUAUUUCCUAAAUCAAAAGAAAAAAAUCUAACGUGUCAUCAAGGAAAUGUUGCAGUUAGAUGGCACAGAAGGAACAAUACUGAUUUGCUUGAUGUUUAAAUCAUGAACUGAUCUGUUGUUUGAACAGAGAAUUUUCUGUUUUCUGAUUUUCCCAAGUUUUAAACUUCGGAAAGAUUGCAGUACUCUCUUGUACUUGAAAUUUGAAAUGCUUCUUAUUAGGAUGUUUAGUUAAAAAUGAGACGUACAAAUAGUAUAAUGGUCAAAAAACAACUGAGAACCAACAAAGGAAAAUAAAAAUUUAAAUACAUUAAGAAAAGGAGCUGACUGAAAGUCACAUGUUGCUUCCUUAUGCUUAUCACAUUAUCAACAGGUAAAUAUCUAAGAUUAUGAGAUUCUUAUCAAUACUGGGAAUUUAUUUGAUUUAUUUACUUUCCAUAUCUUGUUGUCAGCCUGAGACACCUGUUGACACAUUUAUGUAAGAAAGCAUCAGGUGUUGCUUCUCAGUCUUAAACUUUCCUUGACGUCUCCAUUUCAACUAGAAAAAAAAACUGAUUUGCUUGCUGUGGAUGACUUAUGACGUUAAGUGUAACUAAACCAAGCAUGUUUGGUUCACUUAUCGGACAGAUUAGAAAUGGUAUGGGUGUAAGGUCAUGUCUCAAAGUAAAAUUAUGUGCUGUCCUUUAGAGAAUAUGAAAUCGAAAGUAUUUUUCUAACUAAGAAAUUGUUGUAUCUAAGUUAUGGUGGGUAAAGCUAACUAUUUUAUGAUUGAUGCCUUACAAUGUGAAAGGUCAAAGCCAUUUCUACCUUCAUUUCCAACUCUUUAGAGCUUAAAAUUUCAGAUUUGAAAACUGUUUCAUUUUUUAUACUGUUUUGUGUACAUUUAUUACAUUAUGGACAAGAGAAUUUGCUUCAACUAUUAUGAGCUUCAUUAGUUGGUGAUCAUUUGCUUUUUUUCUGUGACCACAUUGUUUAAUUCUUCAGUUAUACUUGCUUUUUUGGAUAAGUUAGAAGCUAGUUACUCCAAAGAGUAAAAAGGGUCUCUAUAAUUCUAUAUAGGAAGAAUUUGAGCAAGAGCUAAGAGGCCCUUAGCAUUAGAGCUUAUCCCUGUUAAUGUAACCUGAAGUCAAAAGAAAUAUUGCUACUCCCCUUUGUGCACCAAAGGUUCUCCCCUGGUAUAUUUCAGGGCUCCCUAAUAGUUCCCUGACACCCAUGUAUGCUCCUGUUUGGUGAGAUAGGCUGUGAAGGUUGGUGCCUUGCCUAAGGGCACAAAGCAACUUCCUAAACCAGGGAGCAAACUUAGACCCCUUGAUGUGGAGUCCUGUGUAGUAACAACUGGACAACCAUGUCUACCAUGACUGGUAAUUACAAACUGAAUUUUUUCUUUUUACAGCAAUUGAAAAGUUGAUUCAAGCCAGAGGUGAGACAAGUCCAGUUCUGACAUCAUUUGACCCAGUCCACUCACCCACAACAAGGGACCCUCCUGAUCAUUAUUCUUCAAAUGCCUUGUCAUACAGUCCCAUCCACAGCAGCACCAACAGUGCAACAUCAACACCAUCGUCAUCCACAAAACGCUCUACAAGACGAAGGACAAUGCUUUUCAGUUCAUCGGUGUGUACCAUAGUGUACCAUAGUGUCCCUUUUUUUUUAUGUCACGAUUUUCACUCUUGGUUAGAAUCAAAUAAAGAUGUUAUCUACAGGAUGUUGUUAUUACUCAUAAAAAGAUGAAAUAUGUUUUUGGUAAAUCAAGUACUGGAGUUUGUGGUCUUGAAAUUAGAAAGUUUUGGACAGUGAUUUCAUGAUCUGCUAAAAUUUUGUCUAAAAUUUUGCUUAUUUCAGGCUUCCAAUCAAUGUUAUACAUUUUACUCAAAAAUAAUUUCAGUUCACUAUGUAUACUCAAAGUGUGGGCAUUUUGUGAGAGAGUAAUGUUUGAGUUAUGUUUUUAAGUCAAAGUAACAGUCACGAACAAAUUACUGAAAUUGUUUUGACCUUUUUGAUGCAGGGUGCAUAUCUUCUGUUGGUUUUAUGCAGUUUUUAUGUUUCAUCUCUGAUACAUGUUUUUUUAAGAAAAUGAAAAGAAAAGUUUAAGAGCUGCUAAAUCAUACAUGGUUACACCAACUUUCACUAUGUUCAGAAAAGAACUUGCAACCUGAAAACAAAAAACAAAUAUACUUUUGCAGAAAGAGAAGAAGGAGAAAGACACCAUCAUAGACACAGAUGUGGGGAGUGGACGAUCAAUCCCCAUUAGACAGGUAUGGCACAACUUGAGUUCAAUUUUGAAACUCUUCUUGAUUGAAGCAUCUUCUGACACAGAAAUCUUCUAAUAGCUUGACUCAGUAUGAUUCUUUAAAGAGCUGUUACAUAUGGAAAUGUAAAGUUUUGACAAUCCAAGUGGGUCAUUAUCAGAGUCAACUGAUUUCUGCCUUGGGUAUUAAAAUUUCAGACCCUUACUUUUAUAGGCAAACCUUCAGUCAGACAUUGACAGCAAAUGAUACCUCAAUUGAACAAUCAUUUUUACAUAUUGAAACCAACAUUUUGACUAUAGUUUAUGGAAAGCAUCAAAACAAUUUCCAGAAAGGGUGUUGGAAAGUCAUUGAAUUGUAAUAUAAUGAGUUUGAAAAAGAAGAAAUCCUAAACUUGUUUAAGUUAGAGUAAAUUGCUAAAUGAAAUUGAAUUGCAUUUUAGGUUCUAGCAUGGGUGGAUUACUCUAUAUAAAGCAUUUUCAUGCUUUCCUUACUCCCUAAGAGCAACAGGAGCUAGCUAUAGUCAAGAUGUAUCAAAGUGACUCUAUUUCAGUCAUACUGAAAGUUAUUAUUCAUUGCUUUUUAGGGUUAUCUUCUAAAGAGAAGCUCCAGCUCUAUCAACAAAGAAUGGAAGAAAAAAUAUGUUACACUUUUAGAAGAUGGCGUCCUUGCAUAUUACCCAAAUCUCCAUGUAAGGGUUGCUAAUCUUUUUUUCAGCAGUUAAAUUUUCUUUCCAUAUAUUUUUCUUUGGCAAUUUGUCCAAGCUCAAAGUAGAAUAAUCAGAAAAGGUGAAGUAAGCAUGACUAACUUGUAUGGCUGUUGAAGCUUGUGUGUAGGCUACUGUAAUGCAAAGAAAUUAGAACUACUGUGAUUUCUCCUAAAGGAAUGUUCUAUGGAGUCCCCUGAAUCGAGAGAGAUGCUGGUAGGGUAAAUUGUUUUGGCCAAGGAGCCUUAACAUCAACUACCUUUGAAGAAGAGUCCUCCCUAAUAAGUAGUAGCUCAUAGGCUAAUGCAUUUCAUUGAAGAGGAUGAUUUAUUGGUCUGCAUUUCAUUGCGCUUAGGAUUAUAUGGAUGAUGUUCAUGUGAAGAGAAUUUUAUUAAAACAUACUACUGUUAAAGUUCCCGGGAAACGGCCACCAAAAGCAACGACUUCUUCUCAAGGUAGGACAUCCUCUUGAAAUUACAGUAUGUUAUGGAAAGAGUUAAGGUUGAAAGAUGUAAUUUAGUGAAAUACACUGGCAUACUUGGGAAAAAAAAACUCUUAGUGCUCCCAAUGUGCACAGUUUAUUUGUAAGGGGCAGUUGCUUGAAAAGGGAAUCUUUUAAAAAAAGAGUUAGAAUAAUUUGAAGGAAAUGCCAUGUGUGUGUAGAGUCUGGGAGUGGUUUUCCGGUGUAUGUCACAGAAUUUGGCUAAAGGGAAUCUUUUACCAGAUGAGGCAGAAUGAUGCAAAGGAAAGACUCUGUAUUUAAGGACCCAGUGCAUGGUUUUCUUGUUGUAAUAAAGAGAAAGAUACCCAUGGGCUUAGCACACUAAAUACUUUGGAAUAUACAUCAGCUGUGUUUCUAACCCGUAGGUCAAACUUCUGCCACAAUGGACAAGUGCAUAAAACCUGCCUGUCUAACCCUAGGUUUUAGCACCCGCAUUUCUCAUUUCAGUAUGGAUUAUCACUCAAACGCAAACUUCUGUCCCAUUUAAGUGUACUUUCAGCAUUAUAUGAGGGCGGAGAGGGAUAGAAUGUGUGGAGAUAACUUUUCUAAGACCUUUGACCAAGGUUGUGGGUGCAAAUGAAACUUGGAACCCGUGUUGGUAAUGCAGGGCAAGGCUUGCCUAUACUCAAAAUUGCGAUUUUUCUCUGUUUUUUUUUUUUUUCUUCUUUUUAGGCGAUUCAAGACCAACAACUCCAGUGGAGUCAGAUAAUAAUAACAGCGGCGCAGAAAACGCCGGAACGAAUAGCAUAGACAGUACACAAAAUGGAAUUGACUCUUACAGUGGUUACAACUCGCUUCCCUCACAACACGACAUUGACAACGCCUUGGCCAGUAUCGGUAAUCAAGUCAUUACACCUGUAUCAACAAAUGCAGGAGCGAACGCGACAAAAUUGGAGUCAUCGAGUGUCAUAAAGAAAAAGAAUAAAAGAAGUAAACACACAAAAUCUUGUGAAAUAGACUAUGAUGAGCUGGAGAAAGCUCUCGCCAUAGCUGCAGCCAAUGCAGUGGUUCCGGCAGGUUCAAGGGUAGAUCCGAUGCAAGUAGGAACAGGAAGCACUAAAAAGAAGGGUCACAGGCGUGUCAAAAGCGGCAGUGGGCCUAAAGUUGAUUUAGAUCCAGGUAAUAUUAUCAUUACAGUCGAACCUGUAUUAGGCGGGAAUGGCGCUUAACACAGGGUGACCGCUCAAGCAGGUUCCAUUGAGUAGAGUUGUUAUGAAAAACGCCAUUUUGUUCCCAUAAUUGACCUCUUUACGUACAUUAACUCUCUCUAAAAUACUACUAACAUUGACUUCGUGGGAUGAACACGGAUCAAAUUUUGAAAGAUUUUUCUUAGUUUCAUUUAAGUGGUUCUGCGUGAAGUGAUCGUUCAAUACAGUUAGAAGAAAUUAGAAACAGACCGUUGAGACCCACUCAAAGGUGACCACCGCUUAAAAGAGGUGAAAAUUAUAGUAACUAAGGGGAAAUUAAGAAUUUUUCAUUUUCUUAAAAUUAUAGUAACUACGUCUAACCCUCGACGUAUCAGAAGUGUUUAGCACGACGUGCCCUAUUUGCUAAAAUUGAAGGCAGAGUUUGGUGAAGUGUGAGCCUUAGAGGAGGUUGCGGCUUAUGGCCGAGACUUUUUGGGAAAAAAAAAUGUAUUUCAACGCAUUGGAUCGGUACUAAGCUAACAUUUUCCAACACUGUUACAGAAAUGACAGACUGGGAGUUCACUAUUGUGUCACUAGAAGCAAAGUCGUGGCAGUUUGUAGCAGCAACACAAGAGGUAUUUACUUAAAUAAGGAAUCGAAACAGCAUAUAUGUGGAUAAAGUUUAGUCUACAAUAAACCAACCGAUCUGAUGUAAGGCGUAGGAAAGUGACGUUAUCAUCUCUACGUUCACGAGAAACAAGCCAUUAAGUGUGCGUGAAAAACGGCGCCGUUGCUGGUCAGGCGAAGGCCUCGUUUUUCGCUCAUCCGCUCUCUUGUUCGAACCGAUCGACCGUGAGCCUAGAUCAGAAUAUUUUAAGUUUGGGUUAUAUUUCUUUAUAUAUUUGUUUUAGGUUGGCAACUUUCAGUUAGUGAUAAAAUGUUUUCCGUUUAGGAAAGAGAUGCUUGGGUACAGUUAAUCGAACAACAGAUUUUGUCCUGUUUGCAGUCAAAUGAAAGCGGGAGAGAAAAGGUACAAUUAUAGAGAGAAAAUUAAUGUUUUUUCAUUCAGCUUCAAUCUUUAAAUCUGCUGCAGUAUGUUAUAUUUUAAGCUCGCUUUUUACAUGUGAUAUUUGCUUCUUUUGCGUGUUUCUGUUUUAGUCACGUGGUAAUAGUAGUUCUUCAACAAAUGGCCAGGACAUGCAAUCGAUAAGGAACAUGGAGGGGAACGAAGUUUGUGUUGACUGUGGUGCACCGAGUAAGUUGGUAUUUUUGUUUUGCUCUUACUGUUUCACGGUAAAUAAGCCGUAUUUGGAAGCUCAAAGACUUAAUGCAUCUUACCUCCCUGGAGGUAACUUAGUCAAUUCAGUCUGAGUUUUACCUAUGGUUUCUGGCACUAGAGCAAGUUUGGGAAUUUUAAACUGAACAUUUCUGCGGACAAGCCCAGUCAAGAGUUUGAUUCCUUUCCGCAGACCAGAAAUAGGAAGAGCUAGGCAAUUAAUGCACAGGUUUCUUUGGAGUCGUAACUCAGAUCUCGUUGUUUUCAUUUAGCACACCGUUCUUCAGGCGAAGUUGUGGUAUUCCAAUUGAGAAUCCGAAUAUGCAAAGCACUAGGUUGGUUUUGCGUUACCGCGGGGUCUGUCACCUUUCUUACUAAAUUGUCGAACGCAGCAUUGGUGGUAGACACGUAUAGUAUAGUUAACCACCGCGAUCUCUGCAAAAAUGGCUCGAUUUUAGAGGCCCUUAGGGGGAUUUAAAUACUUUCCUAUUCCAUGGUCGUGACAAAUGAUAUUUUAACUUCCCAUAUCAGAUCCUGACUGGGUAUCGCUGAACAUCGGGGCCCUGAUGUGCAUAGAAUGUUCCGGAAUCCAUAGGAACCUAGGAACUCAUGUGUCUAGAGUACGGUCAUUGGACUUGGAUGAUUGGCCGUAAGUAUUACAAACAGACCAACUUUUUAACCCUUUACCCCCUAAUAUCAGUAUCAAUAUUCUCCAUACUAUUCACUAUACAUUUCCUAAGGUGCUAACAAAGAGAAUUUGUUUAAUAAUCAAUACAGCUGCUUUAGUAGGUGAUCAUUUCCUCUAUUCCUUUGAUCUUAAUGUUUGAUUUAAGGGUGAUAUUGUAAGGAGAAAUUAGAUGCUAGUCACUCCUAGGGGUUAAAGGGUUAAAAAAAUUUUCAAUUUCUUGUGGAAAGUGAUCCGGAAUUUCAUUGGUUUUACUUCGCAACGCUUCGCGACUUGUCUAGAAAACUUACACUACCUUCUUAACCAAUCAGAUGCAAAACUAGAAACCAAUCGUGAUCUGGUCACGUGUUUUUAUCGCACCCAAUAGGAUAGCUUGUUUCCGAGUUUUCAUAGGUACCUUGAACUAAUUGCCUAUUAUCUGUUUUGCAACGCAAUAGGUUUUAAUUUAUUUCUGCGACGCUCAGUCAAAUUGCGCACUGACAUGUUAUUUUUUCAUGUAAAGGUAGACUUUUAUAAAGUCAUUAAAGUUUUGGCACUUGGUAAUUUUAUGUAAAUCUAUUUCGUUGCAGAUCGGAGCUUACUGCUGUCAUUAGUGCGAUCGGUAACACUCUUGCUAACAGCGUGUGGGAAGGAAGAAUACAAAACAAAACUAAACCAACAGCUUCGUCACCAAGGUUUGAACUACAUCUUAUUACACUUUAGGUCAAGGUUACGUGAAGUGGCUUCAACAAGGUCACAUCACGGAUACAUAUAUCACGGUAAAUCACGUUUGUUCGCUUGAGGUAACGAAGGGCAACGUCACUUCAAAUUGCGCAAAGUCGUGUUUUGUUACACAAUGACCGUAUGGCACAAUAAAUAACUAUAGUCCUGUGCUCGCUUCUUUUUUUAUUCAGUUUUCUGACCUCCACGUAAUUAUACAAUGAGAGAGAAAGUGAUAAAUGGUUCAAAAUUGGUUUUAAUUUGUUUUCAUCCUCAGAGAAGAGAAAGAAAAAUGGGUCCGGGCGAAGUAUGAGACAAAAGAAUUUAUUUGUGAGCUUCCGCCAAACGAUUUCUCUCUGGGAGAAGUAAGUGCAUUUACAUUUUAUUGGAAUUGAAGUUAUUUAGGUCGCACCACCUUAAUAUUGGCUGGUGUCUCGGAGUGAUUGCUUCCUCAACUGUCACAGUUCCUCUCAACUCGGCCAAGCAUCUCUUUCAGGGGCAUUCUAGCCUGCGAAUAGGGCUAUCGCUAACCACUUCAGCCCAAUGGUUGGUUGGGCUAGCGAAUACCCGCCUUCUUCCUCUUAUCAUUUAAAAUCAAGUAAACCAAAUUUAUCGCGUUUGAAGAUUGUGUGCAGAAGCUCAACUGUUUCAAAUGCUCUGUAUAACUACAAGGCACAACCUUAGGAUGAUCUCAGAUAUAGAGGAGGCUUUUUGUUAAAAAAAAAAAAAAAGUGACAACCGCCGAUUAAGUUAAGUCACUUCGAGUUAUAGAGACACUCAGCAGAUACACAUCGCGACCGUAAGGUUAACACAGUCACAUAUGGAUUUUUUUCACGUCAAUCAAUCAACUUUAAAGCCCUUGUUUUAGCAUUUUUAAGGAAACAGUACAGGGGAAAGAACUCUCGAUUUCCGUCUUUCAUCUGCGUCCCAAAAAGUGCUUAUGCCGGCUUAAAUUUUUUUCUUUAUUUUUGACAGCAACUCUUGGAGGCUGUAGUGAAAGAGGACCUACCUCAGUGCAUUCUUUUGUUGGCUCACUGUUCUCCGGAGGAUCUCAACAUCGUUAAUGAAGACAAAGAGGGCUGCAACGCACUUCAUAUAAGCUGCUCGUUAGGAAACAUUGUUAUAACGCAGCUUCUUAUAUGGGUGAGUCCAAGUUAAAAACCCUUCAGAAAAAGUAAGCCAAAGAAAACCGAAUAGGUUGGGUGUGGGGGCCCUUCCCUCAAGAAAAUCAGAAAAAGGCGUCGUCGGUGAUUUCGAUUUUUUUGUGAGAGGAGGGAGCGGUUGUACACAGGUUGGAACUUCGCGUAAAUUCUAAGCUAUCAGCUAUGAACCUUUUUCCCGAAAUGUAGACCCAAAAUGGUGACCCAAAUUUGAAAUUGUAAAAUACGAUAGUCUAAAUGUAGAUUUCCUAUAUUUUCUUCCCAGUAUUUUGCUGAUGUGCGGAUUCUCGACGGCCAGGGUCGAUCAGCUCUGUGGCACGCAAAGAGUGCUGGGAGUAAAGAGUGUGCCGAUAUAUUACGUCACAAUGGCUGUAAUGAUCUCGGUACCAUGAUUCCUCAGGGAAGUGACGUGUUUUGCUAACGAUGGCGAAUUACGUGGACUUGUUGACUCGUCAGGGAUU